GAGCUGCACUCGCUGGAAGAUGGCGGACUGCAGCACAUUGCUGGAUGAAGAUCUUGAGUCUUUCGUGUUUAACUAUCUGACUGACAGCCCGGUAAGGAGCAGCCUCCCGGGGGGCACUGGGUUGGCACACAUGCUUUUUUUGGAGACUUGUUGGUGAUGGUCUGACUGUAGCCUUUUCAGCUUUUUGAACUGACAGCUUGGGCAUCUGCAGUGACAGAUGGGGUGCAUGCACCCCCUUUUUGUAUUCCACACCCCAAUAUUACAGCACCCCAAUAUUACAGCAACCCCAUUUGCAAUGUAUAUAUUUUUAUUUAAACUCAUUGUCCCCAUUCAUUAUUAUUGUGGUGCUGGGUGCAUUAACCCCUGGGUUCCCAUGCAGGAAGCUUUUAGUAUCACACGUGUUGGUCACACUGCAGGGGUGUACCCCUGAUUUAAACAUUACUGGUAUUCAUCCUAUAAGCCCUAAAUCUCCUGAUCUCCCCAUGCGGGAGUACAUCCUGCUCUCUCACGUGUCUCACCCCCUCCCCAUGCAUUGAAUUGCACCCUCACACCAUUUUUAAUGUGUGUUUAUUUUUAUUUAUUUUUAUAAAAUCCCCAACAUUACUGUGAUUCUAAAAACCCUGGGGUUCUAGUCUGCGCCAAUUAUUAUUCCUAAUGGUAUCGGCUCUGCGUUUUACCACUUCCACUUUCAGCACCAUUUCACGUGGACUUGACUUGAUACUUCUUCUGCUAAGACCGGCUUGUCCCACAGCUCGCACACCUCGUGGGUACCGACCCCUUGUUUGCCCCUAGCAACCUGCUUCGCUGAGCGUUCCAUUCAUUGCACACUUUGCACUCUGCCCCACACUUCGGAUCUGACACGUGGAGCCAUCAGGAUGGGUGGGUGCGUGAUAAGAGCUUGAGGAUCUUACACCCCUGACAUGGGAAAAAAAACCUCUGCGCCCAGAAAUUAUAGGGGUACAGGCAGUCUCGUAUUAAGAGGGCUAUGCGUGGAGGGGUUAGUUGCUGGCAUUUGUUGAUUAAGAGGUGCCUAGAUACCCCUUUUGUGCAAGGCACCCAGCAGGAUGUUCUAAGCUGAGCUGGGUUAAGGGGCGUGAAGCAAGGUUUGAUCUUUCUUCCUAUGAGAAGACAGAUUUCCAGAUGAAACGCUGUAUGAUGAUAUAACUUUCACAACUACACAUUCAGUCUCUGUAAAUGUAGUCUGCUGUCUGUGCAGGCCUUAGUGCUCUUGCAGCAAUAAAAUAAAGCCAUAUUAUGUAUUGGUGAACUCGAACUCUCAUCACCUUAAGCCAAUUUAGCGUUCAUGGAUGUGGUUUGACGUUGUUCCAACGUGCCCUACAAAAUGCAUUAUGUUGUGUAAUGAAGGGGGGGGAGGGGGGGGGGGACUUAUCUAAUUACAUAACACACUGAAAAAAAAAACUGUUUUAGGGAGCUGUUAACCCUUUACAUUUAUUGUGUUUGACAACAGUUGUUGCCCUUUCUGGCAGACAGAAAGUUAAUUUCUCUUCUGUGUAACUAGGCAUGGGAAUUUUUAAGGGUAAUUUGGUAUGUGCUGAAUUAUUAAGCUGGUGAGCAGGUCUAGAUGCGAUUGUAACUACAGAAAUAUCUAUGUAUUCUGUAUCUAUGAAGUGUUGAUAAGAAAACCAAAAUAGCAUCAUCUGAGUCUCUCCAGACUGGAGUAUAGCAUUAUAAUCAAAUAUUGUCCGUAGAAUAAACUUUUAUAUUCUAGAUCAAUAUUUUCAAUAUCAUCUAUGUGGUGUGUAAAUCACUGGCUUAUAUACAUUGGACACCGUGGCACCUUUUAAUAAACAUUUAAAUGUAAUACGAAACCUUUUAUACAUAUUUGUGUUUUCUCCCUCUGAUUGUUCCAUCCUUAGUCCUUGCAUAGUUAGAUAUAACAUUUAUUUUCUAUGGAGGAUGUGUGUAGAUCUUUGUAAAUAGCCCCAUAUACAACACACCCUUCUGCAGCAGCUGAAUGAAUCCCUAGCUAUAUGGAUGUGUGUCUCUGGCCAGUGCAUGUGAUUGUAAAGAAACAAUUUGGUUCCUGUAAGAUAUAUCUGGUUCUGUUUCAGGAAUCCCAUCUCUGUUGAUGUUGUAAAUAUGAAGGCUCCACUUGUGGAUGCUAUUCUGAGCUGUCAGUUUGAUAACCGCAGACUAGUGGUUACAAAACAGGAGUAUUCUGGUGCUUGUGUAAGAUGUAGAUUGCCAGAGGCUAUAGCUGUGAGAGAACCCUUUUUAUUUAUUGAUGUUAGGAAUGGAUACAGGUUCUUUUGUAUGAAUCACCACCUCCAUCGAGAUUGUAGUGGCAGGAUCCAGAUGUAAUCUAGGGUCCAAUUGUUCUAAUUCAAAUGUUUUUUUUUUUUUUUUUAUGGAAUCUACCCAAAUAAACAAUACUUUUUGGGAAAAUAUCCUUUGCACAAUUCAAUCUGGUUAUACAAGAUCCCUUAGUAUAGGUACCCUGUGAAUCCAACGCAAAUGGAAAUGUCAAGCUAUUUCCUGAUUCUAAAGUCUAAUCUCCAAAUUUAGAAACACUCAAUAACAUCUUUCACACCAGUAUCAUCACAGCUUCAGAAAAAUGCUUGCGUAGGUCAUCUAUGCAUCCAUCAAAAAUUGUGCAUCUGAUGUCGAGCACUGAGGCUUAGUGGUGGGUGCCUAUUGGUGCCUGUUACUGUAAAUAUAUAUAUAUAUAUAUACACAUACAAUGCCUGACUUUUUUUUAAAGCAUGUUAUAUAGACAUCUGUGGGCUUACUUUUUUUCUGACAUAAAAAAAAGCCUAGUGGCUUCUAAAUCUGUGUCUGACUCCUUAUUCUAUAAACAUCUGAUAAUCCAUGUUGGAACUGUUUGCGGGUCAACUAAACAUUCCAUUGCGACAUCUUGUGUACUGAAAUAGUUAAACUAGUUUUAAAUGACCAAAUUCACCUCAAUGAAAUAGUCAUUUGGUUUAUAAUGAUUUCAUCUCUGGGGAAUAACCUGCACACCCCUUUCCUCCCUUGUGUCUUGUGGCACAGGAAGCAUUUUGGAGCAAUAAUUAACAGCGAUCAUUUAUUAUUGCUGUGCAAAUGUGUUUCUAUAAAGGAAGAUAAUUAAGCCUUUUUUUUUUUUUUAAAGUAAGCGAGUAUUCUCACUCAUUGAUUUGCCAUUACCAUUAGGGGUGUAGGAAGAAUGGACUGUUGCUUAAUAGGGGUUAGUGAGCAGUGAUUAGGUUAAGUGUUUUAAAUCAUGACCACCUUUCAAGUGACAUUGGUUUAAACUUUGACUAGCCUUUACUGGGUGACGAUAGUGGAUGAUGUUUGUUAUAAAUUAACCUCUUGAGCAGAAUGCACAAAAUAACAGGUAGAAUGGUCCCUGGCCUUUUUAUUUUUUUUUUAAGUCCUUUUGGUCGUUACUCUCUGUGGAAUAGUUGCCACAGUAACUAAGACAUAGAAUUAAAACUGACAUGAAUACAAUGCAUAGUAGAUGUCUAAUGACCUUCAUUUUGUGUUUGGAAGGAUAGGUAGGAAUAUGGUAAAUUAAUAUUCUUUAAACUCAUUUAAAGUGAGGUAUGAAUUGGCAUUUUCAAACUAGGCAAAUUAUUCCCGUCGACGCCAAAUAAACUGUGUUGGGACACAAGACAAUGAUUGAUCUCAGUAUAUGUCUUUUAUUAGCCCGAGUUCCCGUAAUAUUGUAUUGGAAACUAUACCUUUGAUAAAUCUUCCAAUAAACACAGCAACCGUAGCUGUGAGUGACUUGCUGUUUCUUGUGGAUAGCAAGGUAAAGCACUGUUAAUGUUGUUUUUCAUGAUAUGGUGCGCUUGGUAACAUUUUGUUUCCACAUUACAAAAGGUUUUUUUUUUUUUAUUAUUAACGAGUUUAGAUGUAAUCAAGUAACCUAGAGAAUACAAUACAAGACCCAAACCAAGAAAAUUAAAGUAGCCAAAAUGAGACACUGGAAUAUAUGCAUUUUUGUACCAGGCACAGAGAUUUUAAACAGCUGUUAUCUCACAAAUUAUAUCAGUUGACAAGGUGUCACUCCACAUUAGGCAGUGAAGGUUAAAGGUCACAUUAACAGUUUGAGUGCCAGUGGGUAAUCUCCUAACAUAUGCCUCUGGGAAUUAAGGGUAUUUUUUAAAAGCUGUUUGUUAAAAACACUUGUUAAUCAAAUAAAGGCUUGAAUGUAUUCUCUUAAGAUGCCAUUAAAUCUGGUUGUCAAGCUUUCUUUCCCUUACGUUCACAUCCUGUCAAUUGGCAGAAGUGGCACACAUGGGACCAUUGAAUGGUAUUAGAAUUAUUUAAUUGCCAAGUUUAUCAACUCUUAUUUCAUGUAAAUUUUAGGUGAUGAAUGAUCUUUCAAUCUACCGUUUGUCAUUGAUCUGUGCUUUUUUGUUUUUUUGUUAAUAGGAGACAUUGCUUAUACAAAUAGUUAUCCAUUCAAUGUAUUAUAUGAUUGCUUUUACGGUUAACACAAUACCCCCCACCUCCCCCCCUCUCUUUAUUCAAACAUACCAGCAUACAGCUCUUAAAGAUAAUAUUGGAUGAAGGUCAUGGAGUACAUUGAGAAGUUAUAAAUCCUAGGCUGGUAACCUAUAGAUAUCAAUGUCAUGAAAAAAUCUUUAAGAAAGUGGAUUAGAUUACAUUACUCUAGGGCAGUUAUCUCAGCCAUAGAAAGCAAGGUUUUAAUCUUUGACACAAAGUCCAAAUGGAGCCUCUAAUAGUUCAAUGUACAGAACUAGGCCUGAUUUAAAAUGCUGAAGCCUUAGCCUUUGUUAUACAAUAUGUGUUAUAAUGAUACUAGCCAAGUAGUAGUGUGCACACACAAUAUAUAAUGCCCUAAAAUGUACACGAGACAGAAACAUGUAAUUGAAGAAUUUUGUUUCUCAUUACUGUGUGACACUUCAUUUGAAUCUGAGAAUAAGAGCUAAAGAAACUGUUACAAAAGUCUGGCCUGGUACAAAAUUUACUAAGUAACAGUUACACUAAGUGAAAGUGUGUUCAUUAUAUAAACAAGCAUAAGAGUGGUAUUUUUUUUUAGUUUUUUUUAGGAAUCAUAGGAAGAGACUCAUGACUAGAAUCCUAUUUAGAACACUCCAAAAAUGAAUAAACUGUUAACAUUGUUUACUAUUGAACAAGGAAAUGAGGAGGAAAUUAAAGGACCACUACAGUGCCAGGAAAACAUACUAGUUUUCCUGGCACUACAGGGUCUCUAGGUCCCCCCCACCCUCUGGGUCCCCCUCCCGCCGGCUCUAGGGGAUGGAAGGGGUUAAUCCCUUACCUUUUUCCCCCGCCGGGCUCCCUCUGUGUGGGGGACUCUCGUCCUCCUUUUUAUGGUCAUCGGCUGAAUGCGCAUGCGCGGCAAGAGCCGUGCGCGCAUUCAGCCAGUCCAUAGGAAAGCAUUCUCAAUGCUUUCCUAUGGACGCUGGCAUCUUCUCACUGUGAAAAUCACAGUGAGAAGCGCGGAAGCGCCUCUAGCGGCUGUCAAUGAGACAGCCACUAGAGGCUGGAUUAACCCACAGGUAAACAUAGCAGUUUCUCUGAAACUGCUAUGUUUACAGCAAAAAGGGUUAAACCUAGCUGGACCUGGCACCCAGACCACUUCAUUAAGCUGAAGUGGUCUGGGUGCCUAUAGUGGUCCUUUAACAAAACUUCUACUGAAUGGGAUAUUACUUCCAAUAUGGUGCUCCAAAUAUUGCAAGUGUGUUCUCACGUUACCACAAUUUGCUAUCUCAUAGAUAAACCCCACUGAGCAGCAACAGCCUACAGAGGUUUGUUUUUCUUCAACUGUCUUUUUUAGUUGCAGUUAAAAAAAACAUUAAAAAAUAAAUAAAUUAAUUAUAAUAGUAAUUUAACUCUUUCAGGUCCAAGGGACUUGCUUAAAACUAGUCUUGAAGGGGUUAAUGCCGUUACUGCUAUGGGUGUAUUAAAUCCAGAUUUGACUGUCACCCUGUGUCUGACUGUCUUAUGACAUGACGAGACUGGCAUUGUAAGAGAGCACGCUUUCCUAUGUUGGAUCUGGAUGUAUGUUCUCUACUCUGAUGCAAUUGCGUGUAAGGCUUCCAACUGCAGUCACAUGCUUUGCUGUUGUAAAUUAUAAAUGGGAGGCGUAUCCCAUGACAGCUGCUGACGUCUCUUCUUACUACCUAACCAGCCCUCAACACUCCCCCUUCUGCGUACAAUCCGCUCUGAUAUCUGAAUGGAGACUCCAGGCUGCUGGAGCAAAGUGUGCUUGGCUCAUAGUCUCACUCAGUGACAUAAAGGGCAUAAUGCUGCUCUUAGCAGCUUUAUCCCUGCAAACUAAUCCAGGAAAUGUCUGCUUCUUCUACACAUUACCCUCCUCCUCCCUCCCAUGAUAUGCUCUUUUCUGUCAAGGAGCAUUGUGGGUGGUUAAUAUACAGUAGUUGAAUAAUCUGUAUAACCCCCCCAGCCCUUGCAGAACUACAACACCCAUGAUGUUUUUUUACCACUGGCAAUGCAUCAUGAAAAUUAUAGUUCAGCAACAGAUGAGGGGUUAUCUUGUGGCCACCAGUGCUGUAAAAUGUAUAAAUAUAGGCCCUGGUACAGGUGGUGCAGUAGUGUCAGGCAAGUCAAUCAUAUCAAUUAGGGGGUUCAUUAUCUGUUGCAAUAACCAAAUUUGUUCAAAGUAUAAUUUGACUGCUAUUCAAUAUUUCUUGAAUACUUUUUCAGUACCUCCCCGCUGUUAUUGUCUAGAUAAAUAACAAUAAGUAGCAAUGUUACCGUUUAGAAUGUAUAUGUAUCUCCAAUUAGAGGUAUGUCACCUUUAAACUUUAAGGAGACUGUUAAAUCUUUUAUUGAAAUUGCAAGUGUAAUAAUUUUUCUGUAGUUCCUUGUUAAUAUAGUCAUGGUAACUGCGUUGUUGGGUUUUAUAUUUCUUCUAUUGUACUUUUAUUAUUAACGUAUGGACGUUUAACCUAAAUAGGUUUACAAAUUGCUGUAUUGAAAGGUUUCUGUUUUGCAAGAAGGCUUCCUUGUGUGCUCAAUUUUUCUUUAAAGUAUGCUUUAUUUGUGAUUUUUCUUACCUCUUCUUUUUCUUUUAUGCAGUUUGCAUGUCUACAAACAGAAUGCAAUGGUCUGGUUAAAUUUGAUUUAGAUUUGGAUGAUAGGAGUUGUUGUCUUACCACCACAUAUUCAUAUUUUAUUUAAAGUGAAAGACUUCAUCAAGAACUGAUUAACCAGUGCUUAUAAAGAUAGUCAAUAGCAGACUGACAUAAUUAUCUGUUAAUGAUAGCACAGGUGGACAUUUUUUUCGCUAUCUCAAAUUAUUCUUUGUGUAGACAUGAGUGUAAGGAGUUCUUCCAUCACCAUUUUGGUUGUAAUAUUUGCCAAAGUCACUGCUGCAGUAAGUUCAAGGUACAAGUACUUGUAUGGCUUGUAGGCACAAUGCAUGCACAAGUCCUCACAGUCUAUCAUUUCUAUGAGGGAGCACAUGAAAAAAGGCCUCACAUUAACUCAGCCCCCUCUUGCUCCUUCAUAAGAAAAAAAUAGACUGGAGCUAUUCAGCAAGCUGACAGAAGUUGAGCCCUAGACCCAGAGAAAACAGGAAAAUUAGGGUUGUCUUUAGGGUAAAAAAAAAACCUCAAAACAUUUCUGCAUUAGACUUGUGCACAAAUGCUUUUCAGCUGGUACGAAUGCCCGAACAAAUCAACCUCUUCUGGAUUUACCUGUGGAGUUUGAUUCAAUAAAUAACACAAGUUCAUUGAAUAGGACUCCACAGUUAAAUCCCUAACAGAUUGAAUAAGUCGGGCGUGGAUUAAAAGAAAUUGACUCUUUCGUACUAGUACAAAAGCAUUUGUGUCUAUUCUGCAUUAAACGUCAAUUAAAGUUCAAUAGAAAACAAACUGCACAUUUAAUAUGCUAUUUGAAAGCAUCUGUGUAUUAAAGUGAGGGGGACUCAGAAUAACAAAAUUCCCAGAAUAUCCUAGGAAGCAGAGACAGGAGCAAACAUUUUGUCACCUUCGUACAACUUCCUGUAUCCACCAACAACACAUUGAGUAAAAUUGCCUUUCCAAUUGUUGGACUAUUAUGCACAUUAUUCUCAGUCUGCAUAUUGCUGCUCUUGGAUGAUGAGUCCAAACCAUCUGGAGAGGAACUCUUUUUCUACAGUCUUGUUUUAAACAGUGAGUGCCUGACCACAUGUCACUUGGCCAUUGUAAAAUAUUAAUUCUAAGCAAAUUCUGCUUUCCUGUGGGCCAAAAAAAAAAAUGCUUAUCGACAUGAUCAUGUGACCUCUAACCAGACUGUAUUAACAGCUUUAACAUUUUUUUUUUUUUACAGUAUUCUUAUAGUGGCAACGUGUUCAUAGCAAUCUGCAGGCUGUAUCGGGUUUACCAAAUGUCAUGCAAAGCAUCCUAGGAGUUGUAGUACAUACAACAAAUGAGGAGCAACCUUUUUGACCAUCCCUGCAUGUAUGCUUUGCAUACAUUUUUUAAACAAAUCAUUCACCUUUUACUUAUAGAUGAAGUAGAAAAACAAACUUUUCACAGCAUAUCCUGGAAAAGAAAUCGCUUCUGGUUAUUAAACCCAACGAUGACAAUCAUGCGAUUUUACAGAUUAACGUGUGGAUUAUUAGCGUAAGCAACCUUUUUCUGUACUACGCCCUCUAGUAUAUAAGUAGUAUCCCAUAAAUUGACUAUAAAACACGUGCCUUAGGCUAAUAGUACAAAGCUCACAGGGACAAUUACUGUAACUCUUUCACAUUACAGCUGGCAAGAUGGAAUGUUAGCAUUACACAAUAACCAUUAUUUAUGCCUGCUACUUGCUACAGAUGUACUUAUUAUAAAAUGUAACUUGAUAGUUGAACCCGUUUAACAAAUGCCCACUUUGGAAAUCAUUUUCCAGUGUCGUCUGGCCAGAGACAUUCCAGCAAGCUGCUUCAUGCAUGGAGAUCCAGAAAUGGUGCCAAGGUCAUGGAAAAUACCACUUCAUUUUAAAGGAGGGUGGAUAAAACAUGCCAAGCAUCCCUUGAACAGAUAAUACGGAAAAUGAGCCAUAAAAAGAAACAUAGUAGCACUUUAUGAAAUAAUACACAGAUCUAAUAGAAAUACAGACUUUCCUAGUUAUUCCUUGCCUCUUUCGGGUUGGCAUUGACGCUGCUUGAUGUCUUUACCCUAACGAGCUCUGGUUAAUUACAUCAACUGAUGACAUCCAAGGGAGUAAUGGGGUGAUUACCCAAGUAGCACGUCUCAGCGAAAUGCUGCCUUGAUCUUUUUAUCAAUUAUGCUGUGAAGUAAAUCAUGAUUUGCUUCAGUGAUCCAAUUCCUUUUAUUCCUGUUGCUUCUAUCCCUUUACUUUACUAUCUACAAGCAAGUACCUUUCAAGCUUUUUUACUUUUUUGUAUUUAUUUUUUUAACCUUUUUUUUUUUUCUUUACCUAUAGUUGUCAGGUGAAAUACAAGGUCAUACUCCUUUCUCCCAGUGAAUGCGUAGACAACCGAAUAAAAAGCUACAUGUCGCUGCUUAUUCAGGUUAUGUUAUAAAUGCUCUGUAAGAUGUACCAAAACAUAGUCUUAUACAUGGAAAAAUACGGUAUAUAUGGUGUUACUAUGUCCAAAAUGAUGUAUUUGUACAGUAGCUGUCGAAGAUAACAGUCAAUGUGCUUGACCACCUUUCUGGUUUUCGGUGUAUACCUGUUUAGUAAUGAAUAGGAGGGCUUGUGAACACAAGUUGCACAUAAUUCGUACAAAUACAGAGCACAGUACUGCAGCUUGCACACCGCAAUAAUUUCAGUAUAUAUUUCUGGUUGCUGCAAUGACUCAAAUCUGCUGCUCCCCUCCCCUAAAACACCGCUGUAGGGCUGAUCUGCCAAUGACAACUGAUAUGAUUCAUUUGUCAUGUAUUUUUUUUGCAGUGCAAGCUUGGUGUGGAUUAUUUGGGCCUUCACUCAUCUUGGAAAAUGCAAAUCUUUAUGUAAAAAUAAACAGUGAAAUGUGAAUAAAACCAAAACUGAAACAGCAUUAACCACGCCAUAUAUACAAUAAAUAUCCACACACCUCUUGAGCUGGCUGAGGAUCAUGGGGAAUGUAUUUCACAAAUAUCUGCAGUGCCAAAGUUAGCAAUUUGUAUCCUAAGGCAUCGCGACAUGGACGUUUAUAUACAAUAAUGAUUUGGUGUCUUUUAGUCUUACAACAAUUCCCCAAGCACUCUUCUAAUGCAAGCGGUUCUAGCGCUCGUGAGCAGUUCUGUUUUCUAAUUAAUUGUGUGUUCGUUGGAGGAUUGCUGCUUAGGCUUACAGUUUAUUCUUAUCCCUCAAUAGUCUCUGGCAUGUCACUGGCAAAAUAUAUACUGCAGGGUGAGACCAUUUCUGUAAGUUAAUGUAGCUUGUUAUAAACACAGCAAAACAGAGACCACAGCAGCCUACGAAGCGGAAUGUUGCUAUAGCAUACAGUUCUGAAACACUAACAUGUCUCAGCCCCUUCCCUAGUUAUUACUAUUUUAGUACAUAUGUAUGGAAACAUCAUUUCAUCAUAGAUUUUGUUAGUAUAUUUAAAAUGCUCAUACUGUAAAUAAGACUGGCUGCACAGAUAUUUCAGUGUAUAAUUUUGUGAGUUUAGUCACAAAAUAUGUUUUUAUAUGUUUCACGUAUAUAUACCACGGUAGCUGGGUUGGCACUGCGAUGCCAUGUCUUUUUCAUCAGUGUAUAUUUUUAUUGGCUUUUAUAACAACUAUAAAAAAGGUCAACUGAGACCUUCAUUGUGAUCUGGCAUUAGUAACCGAUCAAUAGUAUCUUAUGAAUUUUGGCCUGUAUAAUGACAGUCAUCACAAUCCAAAUUUCACAAACCCUUUUUCUAUCCAUAAUGCUGCCAAAUGCGGUUGUUUGCAAGAAAACAAGAUUGUAAUCCACACCCUAAAAUGGGGGAAUACUUCCUGCAGGGUGAUCCAAAAACGGAGGGACAAUCCCUGGAGACAUCAAGUGAAAGAAAAGAUAAAUAUCCAGGCACACACAAGGUUUCUUCUAAAAGGCAUUCUUUCAUUAGGAACAACAAAGUGGAGACAACGUUUCUGCUCCCCUCUGAGCCUUUAUCAAGUCCUUAUUACUUUGAUACAUUGAGAUACCUUGAGACUUGAUAAAGGUUUAGAGAGGAGCCCAAACGUUGUCUCCACUUUAUUGUUCCUAAUAAAAGACUGCCUUUUAGAAGAAACCUUUUUUUUGUCAAGAAAAAUAAAAAUACAUUGUAUUAAAACCAUACCUACUCUGGUACUCUGGCAAUGUUAGGCGUGAUAGGCUGAUAUCGUGUCCUUUUUUAUUAUUUAUUUAUUUAUUAUUAUAUCACAGUUUGAAAGUUUGCAGGUAAGUAGAUUAAUGGUUUUCAUAGAUGACAGAUGUCUAAUUUAAUCAUUAUGUUUCAUGGACAUUGUAGCGUGUGUGUUUCCUUAAGGUAAGUCUAAAUGGACAUUUCAAAUAUUGUGCUAACAUGUAUUUGUUAUAGAUUUUGCUAUAUCCUUUAUUGGUCAAAUUGAUUGAAGAUGAAUUAUUAGUUAGUGUUUAAACAUGUAGAAUUAUUUUGCGGUAUUGGUUAACUGCUACAAAAGUUCUCUUAGGUCCUUUGAGACUUUGAAUUCACUGAGUGUCUGCUGUUAGUGUUGCUAAUUCCUCUUCAGCAGAAUUGUUAUUAAGACACUUGAGCUUUUUAAAGGACCACUUAUAGUCAAAUUUUCACCCAGACCACUUCAUCGCAAUGAAGUGGUCUGGGUGCAGUGGUCCUAUAGUAUUAACCCUGCAAUAUAAAAUAUUUCCAUUUAGUAGAUGAAGCAAUGCUUACAUUUCAGAAUUAAAUAUGCCUCUGGUGGCUUUCUUGUUGCUCUUUAGCUGUCUCUAUGAGAAGCCUAGGAUUGGACAAGCAACAUUGUUGGUGGAGGGAGGCAAAUGGAGCAGCUGCCCGCACUGGAUCUUUGUAAAACACUUUUUUCCAUUUGUUACAUUUAGAAUUGAGUGGUGACCUAAAACUAAAAGCCACAGGAAAAUAUUAUAGCAUUAGCAAUACAGGUUUUAAAAUGGUAAAAGUGGUGUUUGAAAUUUAUUGGAACUGUGAGAUUGUGAUUGCUUUGACAUUAUUAUUCUCACAUCGGCUGUCGUUAACUUCCCUGUGAGUUGGACUCAAAAAGAUUUCAUUUGCACAUAUGGACAAAUAGAACCCAUUCUGUUGUAGAUUUCUAUGUCCUGUGUAUGAAGAUCUUUCAAUCUAGUUGUUUAUUAUAAGGUUUCCGUUGGCAAAGGCACUAAAAGUACAAACUGCUGAUUUUUGUUUCUUCUUUUUUUUUUCCUUCAACAUUGUGUUUGAGAUGUUUUGACGGCCCCAAAGUUUAAGGCUGCUUAAUGAACACAAUAGAGAACCACUAUAUAUAUAUAAAGAUGGCAAUGUAGUGUGUUUGCUUGAUUCUUCUGGAGCCUCAAGGGCCUUUUGAUUUAAUGUAUCCACUUUGGCUGAAAGAGGCUGCUUUAAUACUUUGCAAAUAAAUAUACUUCCCCAAAGUACAGCACUGCAGAAUCUGUUUGAACAUAAUGAAUAAAUAAAUAAAUAAAUAAUAAUAGCAGGCUGCCCGAAGUGUAAAUGGAAUAUACAGACAUCAGAUGUGUUGCAUUCUAUAUUAUAACUAUUUAUUUAUGAAGGGUCGCUGCAUCCAGGAAAGCUGUACAGUCUGUACAUUUAAUCUUUAAGUUAGUUUGCCUUCUAAGCCCCUGCAACAUCAUGUGAUGGCCCAAAAUAAAAUGUGAGUGGUUGGAGGGCCUGUACAGAUUCUUUCUUCCUUUUUUUGCUAUUCUCUAUUGUUGGGAAAAUAUGGGCAUCUCUCUACCCCCCACAGUAGGGGAGUGGUGGGAUUUUUAACUUAUUAUUUUUUACAUUCUCUACCUGGACUGUGAAAAUGCCCAAGUCUAUAUACAUUGUGAAAUCCAACCUGAAAUCUGAUGUGCACCCCCAUCCAGAUUCAGUUUUCAUAAGUUGGCUGCAACUUGGAGCUUAGUAAAAGGUAUACAUCCCUCCCCCCCAUCUCAAGUUGGCUAAUUAACCACCACUUUAUUGCAUAUAUACUGAAAUUUGUUGGAUAUACACCUUGUGUAUGUGUCGUGCAAUAAUUACAAAUACCAGUUUCCCUGAGUCUAGGCUGUAGGAGUCUUUAAUAAGUAGAGCCAAAUAGUGGAAGGGGGGUGAGAGUAUAGGAUAAGUUAGUACUGGUGGGGUUCUCUUUAAGAGCCAUGUGAGAUGAUACUCCGUUCUUCUGAUGUUUGGGCUGGAAAUUCCAUAGAUGCCCUUCCUGCAACAAUAGUAUGUCCUCUACCAUCAUCUACCGAGCAAUAGGUGAUGGAAAGUGUUGCCUAUGCCAGUGGGUUCCUUCCAAGUCGUCGAGGCACACCAUCUAGCCACGAUUUGUCUGUAUCACCAUCAGAACAGACUUGCAAAAUGCAGAAAUCCUGCACAAUUUUUGUGUCAUGAGGAUUGGGUUUAAAAUCUCUAUUGUUUAUUCUAGCAGACGGAACACAGCUUCUUUACUGCUCUCCUUGUGAUCACUGACGUGGCUUGUAUAAGGGACGUAAAAGAUCAGAAUAGAUCUAAGUCUGUGUGGGAAAACGUAGUUAUUGCACACACCGCUUAUCUAAAAUGAGAUCUCAUAAAAGCCAGGGUCAAACCUGCUUCUCUACCUUAUAAAUCUCAUAUCAGCCUUCUAUAUGAUGUGAACAAGGCCGCAGGCCAACAGAGCUAAUAAUCUAUCACAAUUUAUCCUUAACUCCCAGACCCUUAAUGGCUACAGGCUCUGGAAACGACCUUGUUUAAAUAAAAACCAAGUUAUUCAUUGAAAGUGCCAGGGCGGCCAUGCAUUUAACUAGACCAGUUCUCUGCCUCCCCACAGGAGACCCUACUAGCUGUUAAUUUCCUGCAGAUCAUUAACAAAGAGGAGACAGGUCUUUACAGGUGAGUGUGCAGGUUGUAAUUGAGAGUGUGCAGUGUUAGCCAACAUUAGGCUGGCUGCUUUGCCUGUAGGGACGAAUUGGUAAUAAAUAGAAUAUACAAUAUGUAAAAGAGAUUUCCUCACUGACUGCAUUGUGGAGGAAGUUCUUCAGCACGUACUACAUUUUCCUCUUAUUUCUUUAUUUUUUUUACAUUGUCUUAAGUUAAACGUAGACAUUACCAAAAAAACCACACUGAGCCUCUGCAGCAUCCUUUUGUUAAUUUAACAGUUCUGUAGUGGUAAUACUAACCUAUACAUUAUGCGUCACAUGACCGAUCCCAUCCUACACACAGAAUGUAACAGCUGCAGCCUGUGUUUUAAUGAGAAGAGAUUCUUGGCCGCUUUCUGGUAAAAAGUGUUGUUUUGACUUAGUCCCCUUUUUAUAGGUCUCAUCAUUGCUCUACUGCAAUAAACAACAUGUGCUAGAAUUAUUCGCCAUCUUUAGAUUGACAGCUCAUCUGCCCAUUUGUGUACAGCUUUCGUUUUAGUGCUGCAGCAAAUUCUCUUUUGUCUUUAUAAAUGAAUGAUAUUGACAAUGCAAACAAAUCCUUCUCCUUAUUUCGUAGAACAUUGUGUGACCAUUGGAUUUCUUCAUAUAAUAAUUAAAAAAAAAAAUUUAAUAUUUUUUGUUAUCCUUUUUGGAAUAGGAUGGCAAAGGACUCAGAAGUGUGCCAUCUGCUGGAUGAUUGUUAAAGCAAAUGUAGCAUGUAAACCAUUUGCACAUGCAAACGUUAACUAGUAAAACCACCCAGGCAUGUAACUUUUGAAAAAUGUACCUCUGUCAUCACAUUUCAUAUGUGGGACCUAAUAUUAAUAAUACCAAGGAAUGGCGUAUUGUUAAUUGCAGUGUAGUGUUCUCAUGAAUUAUUAUUGUUAUUACUACCACUAAUAUUAUUACAUGGUUUAUAUUUUAUAGAAAAUGGACCCCUUUAUUAACACAUGGCCACUUUGUAAGACAAAUAAAAGGCACAUGUUAUAAGUAGAUAUUAAGUAAGUUUGAAAGUGCCUAGUCUUAUCUAUAUGCAUUUAAAAAUGUGUGUCGGCAGUAGCAAUUGUAUUCAUGUAAUUGUUUGACUUAUGUUGAAGCUGAUCUUAUAAAAAGAAUUGGUUCAAGGUUAGGAGGUUUUCUAAAUUGGGAGUGGAUGAGAACUGAAAAUGGAUAUUUUAGGCUAAAUAUAUCACAUGGAAAAUAAGUUAGAUUAAAGGACUACUAUAGUGCCAGGAAAACAUACUCGUUUUCCUGGCACUAUAGUGCCCUGAGGGUGCCCCCACCCUCAGGGACCACCUCCCGCCCAGCUCUGGAAAGGGGAAAGGGUUAAAAACUUACCUUUUUCCAGCACUGGGCGGGGAGCUCUCCUCUUCCGAUCCUCCUCCUGCCCAUUCGGCUGAAUGCGCACGCGCGGCAUUUACAAUUCUUUCCUAUGGACGCUUGCGUGCUCUCACUGUGAUUUUCACAGUGAGAAUCACGCAAGCGCCUCUAGCGGCUGUCAAUGAGACAGCCACUAGAGGAUUUGGAGUAAGGAUUAACCCGUUUAUAAACAUAGCAGUUUCUCUGAAACUGCUAUGUUUAUAAAAAAAUGGGUUAACCCUAGCUGGACCUGGCACCCAGACCACUUCAUUAAGCUGAAGUGGUCUGGGUGCCUAGAGUGGUCCUUUAAGAGGUUCUCCAGCUUGACUGUCAUGACUUAAAAUCUAUCUAUCUAUCUAUCCAUCCAUCCAUCCAUCCAUCCCUAAUGAUUCAAUAGAAGGACAUUUGUGACUGUAUGUACUUAUUAGGUGCACUUGCCUUUUUAAAAUUUCAACAGCAUUAUGUCUAGAAUUUGGCACCAAGUCAGAUAUACGCAAUUCGUUCCUGUGUUGCAAAUCAGAAUCCAUCAGAAAAUUUCAGAAUAGAGAACAAAGCAUCAGACAAGAUCUCCUUUAAAACAGAAAAAAAAAUGUUCCAGCACAGGAAUCUCAGUAAAUUAAGGGGUGUGAGCGAUUGUUUCCUUGUAUGUGGUUUCCAAGAGAGCAGAGCCAGGCUUUCCAGAUUUAGAUUGCGUUCCAAUGCUGGUUAAAGUGCUGUGUGACAAGUCUUGUGACUCUGUAUCACACUGGAAUGCAUGAGAGGGGCUGUAAGGCAGUGCUUCUGUGCAACUCUGUUCUGCUGGGAGAAUCUUCUUUUCUCCCUUUAUUUCCUUUUAAAGGCAUGCUGAAAACCUCCUCGUGUCUCCAAUGAGUUUGAGGGAGACCUUUUGCAGCCCUUUAAGCUCAUUUUGCAGGGAGAUUGCCAUUUAACUUGUUCAGGGCUUCAAUGCAUGCUUCUCUGCGACACUAAAUGGAGAACAAGUCUUAGUGGGCACUGCAAUAUGUUGCAUUUCAAUGUAGAGAGUCUUAUGCAGCUCACUGCAGAAACAUGUUAGUAAGCAAUGUAGGGCUGCAUUGACGUCAGUGGGAGCCAGUAGAGUGCAUUGUUGUGCAGGGCAAUGAACAUGUGCCAUGCAUGCAGUAUUAGGUUCUCAAACAACGCUUUACGUAACAGAAAGGAAUGAUGCCUUAGUGUAGAGAGUCAUUAAAAUAUGUUGCAAGGUUCUAAUUGUGUUUUAGGUUUUAGUACAAGCACAUCUGAUAAUUGCAAAGCCUAUGCGAAAUUGCAAGUGCAAUUGCGUUUUAAUAUAUUAAAAUUAGGAUUCUUUGCCAGUCUUGUUGUAACACCAUGAUAUAUAUGUAUCCAAGAAAAAUGUAUUAAGCAAGACUGUAAACAGGAUUUAUAGUGUCAAAUAAAGCAUUGAAGAAGGUCACUCAUAUUUUGUAAGGAAGUAGACACUCUCAUCCCCACCUUCCAUGUCUCUGAAGACUAUGUUGUCUUUCUAAAAUAGCUAAUAUUUAUCUUUUUUUUGUGGGGGAGGAAGGAGUUAUGCUUUGCAUGAUAUAGUUUGCAUUGUUACAUUUUAACUGGCUGUCAUUUUGGAUUUGUUCCAGGCAUCUAGCCUUUUUGCUUACUUAUAUAUGUCUGCACUCCUUGAACUAAACACAUUACUUUGAAUGUUUUAAUGUGAUGGGCUUCCCGACAGUUCUAACAAACGUGCAUUACAGACAAAGCCAUACCAAGUGCUGAAUAUUAACAUAUUUCACUCAUAUACAUAUACGUGUUAUGGAGCUCGGGUAACGUGAUUGCAUUACAGAUGAAUCAGUCUGGCAUAAUCACUGUAGAUGCACAAUCCUGCUAAUGUGAUUGCUCUAAGGGAUUGUUGGCUAAACAGUAUUUGUUGUGAGCUGAUGGUCAAAUUGCAACGUGGGCAUUUCCGAAAACAAAGGCUUCUUUAUUGUUCAAAAAGAUCAAGUUUCGUGAUUUAAGAAGUUGUUAAGGACCACUAUAGUGCCAGGAAAACAUACCAGUUUUCCUGGUGCUAUAGGGUCAUUGGGUCCCCCUCACCCUCAGGGCCCCCAUCCUACCAACCUCUAGGGUGUGGAAGGGGUUAAUUCCUUACCUUUUUUUUUCUGCGCCGGGCUCCCUCGGCGCUGGGGACUCUCCUCCUCCGCGCCUUCUCACUGUGAAAAUCACAGUGAGAAGCACGGAAGCGCCUCUAGCGGCUGUCAAUGAGACAGCCACUAGAGGCUGGAUUAACCCUCAGUGAAACAUAGCAGUUUCUUUGAAACUGCUAUGUUUACAACAGAAAGGGUUAAUCCUAGCUGGACCUGGCACCCAGACCACUUUAUUAAGCUAAAGUGGUCUGGGUGCCUAUAGUGGUCCUUUAAAGGUUGUAGAAGGCAAUAACCAUUUGUAUGUACUUGUAGGUUCCACAAGCGUCCAUAGUGGUUUCAUCACUUUCUGAUCAUGACUCUUUCAUAAGUCUCCCCAGAUGCGGGUAUUCGUCCAGAGAAAUAGUAGAGCAAGUCCUAAAUGUAUAGCAAUCAGCAAGAAUGUUCCAUUGGUUACCACAGUGAUUACUCUACUUUUAGAACUUUGCCCCACGAUGCCUCUCUAUAAAAAAUCCAGUGUAUUCUUUUUUUUAAAUCAAGAUUUUUAGCAGGCAAUGGUAUUUACUGCAUAAAGCUUUUUAAUAUAUAUUUUAUUUCAGAUUUUGUUUUCUUGCACUUCGCACCAUUAAUGAGAAUGGUAGUCUGUGAAUGAAUUGACCGUAUUUCCUGCAAGCAUGCUACAUUAAUGGAAAGUAACAAGUAGCUGGUUUUAAUUAGCUCUCCAACUGCUUCAUGCUAUGAUGUGCUAUGGGAAAGCUCAUCUUCAUAAAUAUUGGCCCAUAGCCAGAUGCUAAGAAUUUGCUUGCUGUGUUUUUACUUUCUAACAUUCUAACAUCAGAGUCCAUUGACAGAAAAAGAUUGGCUGCUUUUUUUUUUUUUUAUUGCAGAUCUUAAUUUGCAAUUUUUUUUUUUUAGCCUUUGGUUCUGUGGACAACAUUGAGUAUUUGCAAAGUAAAUCGAAAGUACAAAAGGCUUUGUACGUUUGAGCUCUAGGAAGGCAUGUUUUAUUGCAAUGCAGUGCCAAUGAUUAGCCUAGUGAGUAAUAGUCAAAUAUAUAUUAACUCUUUCAUGACUUCGGGUUAGGUUAAUACAAAUACAUACUUGACAUUGGUCAUAAAGGGGUUAAAGCGCAGCCAAUUAAGCCUGUUAUGGAAAAAAAACUAUUUAUUGAUGACUUGUUUAUUAAUUGCUUUUUUUCCUCUCAAUCCCUUUUCCCUGACAUAGGCCUACAAACCUCUUUUAGAGACUAAACGUGCCUUUUUGCCCUUAGAGUGCCCACUGGGAGACGUUUCCUUAAUUAGGCCACUAGUGGCAUUUCACUGGUGGUACAAUUAACAAUUUGCCUUUUAAUACUGACUGGAUUCAUGCUCCUAGACCAGACCAGGUUAAUUAAUGGAACUUUUCAUCUGUCAUGAGACAAGUGGGAUUGCAAAAAAGUGGACUACGAAGGGGAAGUUUUCAUACUACACACAUCAGAUCACUGUCUGCUUUCAGUUCCAGGAGAACAAAACAGAUGAAUUAUUUGUUUGAUAAAAGUCUAGGAAAAAAUCUGGUAAACGUGCAUUUAAUGAACGAUCGUGUUCUAACUACAAAAUAAGUGAUCAUAGUUCACAUGUUGUUCCUACGAACUGCUUACUAAGCACAGUUUACUUUUGGAAUGUUCAGAAUUAGCAGGCAAUUAACCUAUUAACUUUGUUCUUUGAAAAUUGUUGAGGUGUGUAUGUUUCCAAGUGUUAGUCUUUCUUAGUAACUGGAGAGGCUAACAAACCCCUAACUGUCAUAUGGAACACAAAGGCAAGAUUUGGGGUUUUAAUCACUCAUCAAAUAAAUUAUGGUAAUUUACUAAAUGAUUUACACAAUUUAGUCGAGAGUAAUCAAGUUAAAAAAAAAGAUGGUUUGGCUAGUUUAAAAUGUAUUUUUGUUCAAAUAUAGGAUUGCCAGUUUACUAUAAUUUAGUCAAUAGAUCCCUUGUUUAACAAGCUGUACAGAGAGAAAUUAUGUAAAAAUACAUUUUAAACAUCUUAAUAUCCAAUUAUUGAUUGUUGCAUUGGAACAGAACUAAACCCUCAUGCACUUUAUUAGUGAUACAAAUCCAUCCAUUCUUUAAUGUACCAAGUUAAGAGCACAUCACAGCUUCUGCUUCGCUGGUCAGUAAAAUGAUAUGUGAAUCCCAUUCCUCAGAAAAUGAGAUCAGCUCAAACUGCUUUAUUCUCUCGUCCUUUCAUCUUCAUUUACCCAGUGCUCUGCUGUGAUCUGCUUUCAGGGUAUUUUUGGCCUAUCAGUCUGUUAUGCAGAUGGAGGAUUCAUGAUACGGUUGAAGGGGGAGAAUAACUUUUAAAGGCUAUCACAAAUUGGUUUUGAAAUUCGCAAAUGUUUUGAGUGUUCUUAAGUGCUGUGGAUGAGAUAACCAGUAGAUUUGUUGUGGUAUUUUACCUAGAAGGAUACUUAGAGAUGUAUCUACUUUUUAUGUGAAUUUGGCUCAUUUUAUUGAAUUUGGAAGGAUGAUAGGCUGCCCUCACAAGAGGAUGUCCUUAAGAAAUUGUCUUUACAAUUUUAACCAACCAUUUUAAAACAAGAAAUGUAGGACUCCAUUUACUGUAAUUCGAACAUGUACAGCAAAAUGGCUGAUGUCAUGACAGACAAUAUAGGAUGUAUCAGUUUAAAAAAAUAGACAAUGUCUUCUUUGGGUAUUUAUUUAUUUUUGUAUUCAGUGUGUGUAAGGCAAAAAGUGAUGAUUCUCUCCAUUUAACUCUAUUCUCUAUUUCCCCCCCUUGCUUUAAAUCGUUACUCCAAGCGUCAUAACCACUACAGCCUGCUGUAGUGGUUAUGAUGUGAGGAACAUCCUGGUUUGUUCCCCGGUAAUGGGGCAAACCAGUUUAAAUUACUCUGCCCUUUUACCACUUUCUAUUUUUUUCAUUUUCAUUGACAAUUCCUCAAGUUGUGCCUAUGUCUCGUGCAUAGCAAACUCUUACAAAAUUAGGCGUCACUAUGGACUUCCAAGUCCACACCUUCUUGAGUGUUCGAGGCUCCUACUAAUGCUGCUUUCCGUGGCUUGGUGAGAUCAGGCACGAGGAUUGGACUUAAAGUUAUUGAUUUCUGCAACUACGGUAACUGCUCAAAUAGCAGUGAACGUCCUGCAAAACUGAUGAAGAGUUGGUGGCCAAAUUCCAAUGACCCUCUUCUCCCACAUAAGAAAAUACUAUAAGGGACUUAACCCACUGUCCUUUGUACCAAUAGCAGUUUUUUCCAUCCAGAAGAAAUGAUAAACAUGGAAUGUGUUUCAUUAUAUAAAUAAUGGAAGAUUUACUUUUACCAUUCUUCUCAAAUUACUCUGUAAAAUCCAAUUCUUUAUCGUAUCUAUCUCAUUCCACUUCCCUAUAGCUGCCAGGCAUUGCCAUGGAGACAAGACGGUGUGAAUCAGCACUAUUUACUCUAAAACAAUUAAGGCAGCAAUCCUUAAGAAGGGGAAUCCCUCCUAACCCUUCAGACAAUAAAACACAAAUAUAGGAAACAAAGGCUGCGCUAAGAAUAAAAUUAACAGUAUGUAUACUAGCCCCCAAAAUAGUCCUUAGAACAUAAAUAUAUACCUCUGUUUUUAGAGGUAGGUGUUCUUUAUAACAGGGGCUGUCUUCUUGGUUCCUUUGGAAGACAAAAAAAAUAGAAGGAAAUCCAAUGGUACAGUAUAUCUGGCAGGAUAAGUGCAAUGAGAUAAAUAAUAAAAUUCCCACUCACAAUUUGUAGAGCCUAAGCCAGCUCUAGCAUGUAGCACCUGGAGUGGUUCAAUCCCUACUCAAGGAUAUAACAUGAGUGUUCCUCGAUUAGGAAAUGGUGUCUGGAGCUCAGUGGGAAAAAUAUAAAAAGGCAACAAUAGUGCUCUAGGUAAAAUCCACAGAUAAUUAAAAAAAACUAAGAUAAAAUAUACUCACAAAGGUGGAGCAGGCAAACUGCUCCUUGGUAACAGCGUUGGUGGAAUAAUCCCCACCUUGGAUUUUUUUUUUUUUGGAGUAAGGAUGUUAAAAUAGAUUUAUCGCCAGGGAGUAGUUAAUAAGAUAAUAAUAAAUGUAAUUGGCACAAAUAUAACUGUCAAAAAUUACAAUCCUUUAUUAAAUAAAAUCAAUUAAUAUCCAUAACGCAGGGAUACCUCCUCGCAUAAAGGGUGUGUGUUAGGCUAUCUGUUUAUCGCGACCAUAUUUUGUAGGGCAAGUAGGAUGCUCAGUGGCCAUAUUGUGUAGGGCAAUUAUGCAAUAUAUCGGGGCACCUAGUGGAAGACAAGUCUAAUGCUAAUUAGCCCUAAUAUAAGUGACGAAGUGUGUAUAUAAAGGAGCUAAUUAAUAUAAGGUUUUUUUUUUUGGUUUUUUUUAAAGAGUCAAAUAAAGAAAGAAAAAAAAAAAAGGGUAGGGGGGAUUCUUGUGUGAGACACAACUAGUAGUCAAAGAGUACAUAUUUCAAAGUACUGUGACUCAGUAAUGUUGAUAAUAAUAAAAACAUAAAAACUGAGUGGAAUAGAUGGAUAUGGUUAUAAAAUCAAAAUUAAUACAGUAGACAAUAAAAGUAGAAUAGAAGAAAAACAAUACAACAAGGCUAAUACAUAUGACGUAAAAACCUUAUGUAAAAAUAAAUAAAUCAAAAUCAGCAUUAAGCCCAUAAAGUGUUAGGGUUUGGAGAUUAAAUACCCAUUCCAUCUCUAUUUUCCUAAGGAUAUUCUUAAUAUCUCCACCUCUUUAGGGAAUCACACAUUUUUUUAUUGCUAUACAUUUUAACAGUUUUGUAUCUUUAUUAUGCAUGAUAAUGUGUUUUGAUACAGAAUGCUUUAAAGGACCACUCUAGUCACCCAGACCACUUCAGCUCAAUGGUUUGAAUGCUCGCGCGGCUCUGGCCGUGCAUGCGCAUUCGGCUCCACUUGGGAGCUGACGUCGACAGGGGAGGAAAGGUCACUAACGCUGAGGGAGGAUUAAGGUUAGUGACUGAAGGCGUUUUAUCCUCUUCAGCUCAGCGGGAUGGGGCCCUGAGGGUGCGGGGGACCUAAGGACUAUAUAGUACCUGGAAAAUUAGUUUGUUUUCCUGGCACUAUAGUGGUCCUUUAAAUAGUCCUUAGCGAUGUUUCUGCAAUGUUCACUAAGUCUAGUUUUUAAGCUCCUUGUGGUCAUUCCUACAUAGUUUCUCAAUUAUGAAUCCUGCUCUCAUUUACUGAGAAAUUAUUCAAUUAAAUUCAGGAAGUAUUACAUAUUUUGGGUGUUCUUUAUACUGACACGUAUUUAAAAAAAAUCUGUUGAUGCAAAGGUUUGGUUGUUUGUUUCUAUAAAAGAUGGCACAGCUUUUUGUUUCAACUGCCUGAAUUCAACAAAACUUCUGCAGAUAUUAAAGGGACACUAUAGUCACCAAAACAACUUUAGCGUAGUGAAGCAGUUUUUGAGUUUAGAUCAUGCACCUGCAGUUUCACUGCUCAAUUCUCUACCAUUUAGGAGUCAAAUCAUGUUUGUUUCUGUCUAUGAAGAUAUAGCCACACCUUCCGGGCUGUGACUGACAGCCUGCUUGAAAAAAAAAUGGUUUCAUUUUAAAUCACAUGUUAACUUGCUUUAUAAGUUUUUAUCUCCUGCUCUGUAAAUUGAACUUUAAUCACACACAGGAGGCUCAUGCGGGGUCUAGCAAGCUAUUAACAGUGCAGGAGAUAAGAACAUCUUAAUUAAACAGAACUUGCAAUGAAGGAAGUGUAAACAUUAGAUAACUCUUUACAGGAAGUGUUCAGAAAGUUUGUGUAAGUCGCAUGCAGUAAGGUGUGACUAUGGCUGCAUAAACAAAGUGAUUUUACUCCUAAAUGGCAGAGACUUGAGCAUUAAGACUGCAGUGACAUGAUCUAUAUACCGAAACGACUUCAAUAACCUAAAGAUGCUUUGGUGACUAUAGUGUCCCUUUAAGUAACAAAUCCAAAAGUGCCUAGACCCGUUUCCUUUUGUCCUUUCCUUAUUUAAUUCCCCUUUCUUAUGUGGUUCGCUGCUCAGUUUCCCCAUUAAAGUAUACCUGAGUGAAUGUCAAGUUGGCAAUCAGGUAGGUAGGUAUUCAGUGUAUUUAUUUUUCUGGCGAAUUGCCAAAAAUGAAUGAAUCGAUUAAUAGAAAUCCUUACCUUUGUCUCAAUCACCAUGGAUUUCUGAAAUGGAGUGAGUAGCUGAACGCAAAGCCGCCAUAACCUCAAUGACGCAAGUGCCAUCCCACAUUUAUUAGCAUGUCUAGCUUAGAAGUGGGUGGUUGCGCUUGCAAUAAAGAAAAUCUGUAUUAAUGACAUAAAACUACAUUGCCACCAGUUUCUCUAGAACUGUGUAUAGGUGAAAUGUUAUUCCCUCUAAAGAACCCCAAAACCACCCAGAUUUAAAUAUAACACAUUAUCACCUUAGCAGGCCAUUGAAAUUUUCCAGAUGUACAAAAGCGAAAGAGCCUCCACUUGCUGUAGGCUUUGUCUGAGAAUGUUUGUACCGUAUAACAGGUGCUGCCAGUAAGGUGGAACGCACGUGCUGGAACAGAUCUGUGCUACGUGCUGCUGGUAAAUGCAAGGUAAGAAUGACUAGGUGAAAUCUAUGCUAAUAACCUGAUGUACAUACUAGUUUCACAAUUUACUAAAUUCUUGAACCCUUGCCAAAAAUAUGUGUAUAUUUUAAAAAGGAAAUUAUUGUCCUGAAAAUAACCAAAAGCUUUGCUUCUCCAAUCAAGUGCUGCCUCGGAGUAGCAUUUGGUUGCAGGAUCGAGUACGACUCGGUUCUAGAGAAGGAAUUGCCUCUAGUGGUUGUCAGGAAGACACGAUGUAAGCAUUGCAAUGUCUCCAAAACGGCAAUCAGUGUUUCACAUUAUAGGGUUAAAAUUACAGGGCCACUGCGCCUUUUAGAUGAAGUGGUCUGUAUGACUUUAGUGUCCUUUUAUAUAAAUCUAUAAACAUAAAUAGGUUGAUGCUCCAUUAACUGCAGCUCUAUUAUGUAACUUAUCUUAUGAUAGAAUAUCAGUAGGUUUCAUCUGUAAUGGCUACCAUAAUAUGGUGUCCCUUUAAAAGAACAUACAUUUUGAUCUAUAAAUUGUCCCAACGUGCCAGUAAAUGUAAAGAUGAAAAGUUUUAUUUUGACCUUACUGGGCUUUAAUGCUAUUUUGUUGACAAAGCAGUAAAAAACGCAUCUGUGAGUUUUGGGCAGCUGUGUGAGCAGCUUCCUCACCCCCAAAAAAUGUCUGGUGCCUUCCCACAGCUCCUAGUGUGCACUUGCUCAUGUAGCGUUGGAUGGAGCAGCUGCAUGUGUUUGGAGGUAUGGCAAGGUUUUUUUUUUCUUUUUCUAAUCUAUAGAUUUGCUGGUGAUUUCACCAGCACAGAGGAUGGAUUAUAUCCAUAUCUACCUUAAUGUGAACUCUGUGGAAUUAAAGUCCCAGUUUGCUUAAUUUAACACAAACACAGCUGUAUUGAGCUUCACCAUGUGAAUUAUAAGCUGUUCUGUUAAAUAAACAUUUUGUGUUACAUCAUUGUCACAGUUUGUGUUGUUUAAGGGGCGCUCUUUUGUUUAUUUUUAGUGUUUGGCACUUGGCAGUUGACUACAAAGUUAGGCUAUUACGCACGGCUGUUAACAUAUUCUGAAUAGCAUUGCAGAACAUUUUCUGCCCAUGCAUUGACUAGCUCUCUGUUUUUGUUAUUCCUAAGUACAGGUCUGCCACAAGUCCUUGGCUAUCAUCAGGUCCAGUAUGACUGAACAUGUAGAGAAUUGGACUGUUGGAUUGAAAAAGAUGAAACAUUUCUCAAACUCAUCAAGGCAUAUUAUUUUACUAUACAAUAUAAAUAAAAAUAUCAAUAAUAUUAUAGUUAAUAAUAUGAUUAUUUGUGUUAAAGAAUAAGCCCUCCCAAAUGCCCAUUUCAUCGGAUAGUCUCUAUUUCAGGGUUUUGUCCUUCCAUCCCAACUUUGUUACUUCGGUUCCAUAUUUUAAUGUCCAAAUUGACCCCAGAAAGUAUAGCGCCAGUGCUACAUUAGAUGCUCUUGUGGUACUCUCAGGCACUAGAACCAUGCAGAGAGAACUGAAAUAGUGUUCAAUGUCUGGUGUGCCCUUAGUGUGCCAACCACCUGCUGUGAUUGGCAGUCAACCUGCCGUGCAUUCACGCCAGGCUGACCUGCCUAUUCCUAGAGUGGAUACGCACACUAUCUGUAACUACCCCCUUAUGGUGGAGCAAGGAAGUAAUGCACUCCCCUGUUUCACAGUUUAUUGGGCAGACUAGAUGUGCUGAAUGGUUCUUAUCUGCCGUCCCAUUCUAUGUCUACAUCCUGCGCUAUGGGACUCCAAUGCCUAAAUAAUAGGAACAAUGGGCCUACAAAAGCACUUAUAUAAAUACAUAAAACAGAUACAGAAGCAUACAGUAGUAACAAUAACAAAACAAGGGAAUGACAUACAUGGUAUGGUACACAAAACAAACGACAGACGUGAAGCCCUUCAUUUGUUGAACCUUAUUGAAAAUGCUGAAUAAAAAAUGUGCAAAAUUCUGAAAUAUCAAACAAAUACUGUCACAAAGAAACUCGUUGCUCCCCUGCAUUUUUGAACGAAUUUUGAAUGAACUUUGUUUUGCUUCCAGAUUGCUGCACCAGUCGAAUGUUGUUUGUUUGUUUAAGGUUUGGCAAAACUGCAAUGAAAUUGUAUUUAUUAUUUUUAGCCACAGCAUUGAUGUUUAUAGGUUAAUACACAUAAGAGCUUAUGAGACAUACGACUUUGUGCAUCUUAAUCUGUAGCCAUAGCAAACUUAUAUCUAGCAUCAAUAAUGAAAUAGAUGUAAUCUUCCCCACCCCCAUAAUAAAGAAAUAAAAAUGUGUUUUGCGAAUCCUAAACUCAUCAAUGGGAUUACAGGUGGAGUGCGCACAUAAAUAUAAAAUAAACAGUACUUUAAGUUAUACUUAAUUAUACAUUUUCAUAAAAUAGUAGAUCACACUGUGAAAAGUUUAAACCCCUUUACUCAAACGGUCAUCAAGCUGGAUACAUUAUUUAAGUACAUGCGUUCCAUUGUUAUGAAAUAUUAUUAAUCAGAUUAUUAUCCAUCAUAUAAUAAGACAUAUUUAGUCUUUUUUUCUUUCUUUCUUUCUUUCUUUCUUUCUUUCUUUCUUUCUUUCUUUCUUUCUUUCUCAUGGUCUGUUUAUUUCCAAACCAGAGCCAAACGGGAUGUAUAAAGCUCUGUGGGAAGACGCCAGACCAGUAGUGCUAAGACAGUGUUAUGUUGGGAUUGCCUGUGCCAUCUAAGUAGUUAUGCGUGAUUAGAUUAAAAUAUAAGCUAUUUAUUGUUGGAACAAAUGUCCUUAAAGUAAACUAAUGUGACAUAAGCUCGAUCUUUCAUCAGUAGGAUAUGCAGUACUCCCUGGCACAUUUUUUUGCUGGCACACGACGGCAGUGAUGCCUUUCACGUAGGUGAAAAAGCCUGGUUGGCCAACGGAAGGCAUUCUGCUUUUUUAGAAGGACUGCAAUCAAGACUGUGAGCAAUAGAGCUUAGAGUUCAAAUUGAAAUAGCAGAAUUAGCAUUCCUUCUGGAUCCAUGAUUGCCUGAAUAUUAGCAUACUGCAGUUUAAAAUGUGCUUCAGUGAUUUUCCUUUCCCUCUUACAGCGCUGGGAAGUUAUAAAACUGAUAAUGAAGCAAUCGUGGCUGGGUGAUCACAGUGUCCAUACUUCUAACUGCUAUAUAUUAGUUUUCAUAAAAUCUUUGUUAUAUAGCUUCAUACAGUAAUGUGAAUUCUGUGCAGAUGUAUUGAGGGUUUUUUUUUUUUAGAUUUUAAGUCUGCAAGCAGGUAUUUUAAGUUUGUUUAUUUGUGCGUUUGCAAGUUACGUUUUGUUCUUUUCCUUAAUGUAACCAGAUUUAUGGAACUUGCUGGUGAUACAAAAAUAAAUCACAGUAAGAAUACUUUAUUUCUGCCCUGUGAAAUCAUGCCCUAUUUAGGAUUUUGUUUACAUUGCCCCCAUUGGUUGUACAUAAAAUUGCCAUAAUUGUUACGUUGACUCAUAAUGAUCCCAUGUAGGCUCCAGAGAACUUCAGUGUAGUAAAUCAAUAUCAUUCAUAAAUUGAGCAGUCAUGUGGAUAUUUAGUACGGCUCACCGAUCUAAUACUAAUUUACACCUCUAAAAAUUGUGACUGAAAUUGAUUGGACUUGCAUGAUUGUACUGACCACAUUACAGUAAAUAUUUACCAUCUUCUUAUUACAUAGUUACUAUUGUGUCUACUAAAUCUACUUUUACACACACUCAUUCUACAUUGGAAUGUAACUGGCUAAAAUCAAACUCCAACUUAUUCCAAACAUAUUAAAUGCCACUCGUGUAUAGAUGUAAAAUAAAUCAUUUGGCUUCUAUCCUCUGAAAAUCCCUGGCCAUCUGUUCCCUGCUGGUGAACUGUGCUAUUUCCAUCAGUGGAUCUCAUCGAGACCAUUUGAUUGGUGCAACGCUGCGUUUUGCCAUGCAUGCACACUAGCCUCCCAAUGAUUUCCAAUAGGAAAGCAUUGGAUUGGCUGAGAUAAUCUUAAUUGAUAAUCUUAGCCAGUGAGUCAGUCAUUCACAGAGAGAGCACUGCGUUGAGGUGGCGCUUAAGCAGAGAGCAGGGCACUAGUGUUAAGAAUGCAUGCUUGUAUUCAUAAUGGUAUAGUGUUCCUUUAAUGCAUGGAUCCUUUCUUUACAUAGUCUACUCUGUCAUAUACAUAACACUCUAACUCAAAACUUACAACAAAAGCUCAUUCUUUUCUAAGUGUCCAGACUUGGUUAAAAUUUUUGACAGUUUAUCUUUGAAUGGUGCCAGGGGACUUCUGGCACCAUAACCACUUUGUGCACCAUAGUGAUUAUGAUGCUUAAAACAUUCAUUUAAACUUAUUAGAAUGGUAAUAUAGUUGCACCCACUUAACUCUGCAAUCGUGUUUUAUAAUACUCCUGACCUAUUUGUAUUUAAUUAAAAGCCAUAACACACACAUGCUUUAGAACCAAAUUAAUAUUUACAUUUACAGAUGGAUAAACAAUUCAGAUGGAGAACCUUGAUCACCAAUUCUUUCAUCCUUCUGUGUUUGGUUUAGGUCAAAUGUACUUGAGUUAUAUAAAGAUGCAGAUGCACUGUGACUGUAUUUCUCGUUCUGCCAGUUUUGUUGCAGUUUGGGGUUUUCGUAUUGAUAAAACAGGAUAUGCUGGCAAGCUCAUUCAGGCCGCUGCUAGGCAAAAUCAGCUUUUGUAUACAUGCAAACACACUCCUUAGAGCUGUGAUACCGGUUCUACUGAGACAAUGGACCAAACAUGAAAAAGAGCAUUGUCUCUUAUUUUUCAGUUGGUUUCUUGGCUCCAUCAGACACAAAGAAAGGCAGGGCGUAAAUAUUAGGUUAUAAGUCAUGGGUUCUAGGAGCAAGCGUAAAUCUUAUAUCGCUUUUUAAAAGUGACAUUACUCUUUAGCUUCUUUAAGGUGUUACUGUCGCUUAUCAGGACUUUCUAUUUUUUUUGCUACUUACGCUUGUGUGUAGCACUUGACAGAGAAACACAGACACAAAUGUCUUCUAACUCAUAACAUCAUAUUUCAUUUUCCAACUCCUUGAGAUGACGCCACCAGAAGCAAUGUUAAUUUUGUACUAUAAUAUUAGGUUUAGGGAAGACCGCAGGAUCCUCCAUGUAUAAGCAGACAAUAUUGUCAGUCUUUAAAAUGGAUGUGAAGGUUGAAGUGCUUGGCUAAUUGUUCCAUACCUGCCAAGGGGAUUGGCCAAUGUCUCAAAUCAUGUCACUCACACUGGCCAAAGUACCGUAAAAUCUGGACUGUGCCACCUAAAUCAGGAUGCUUGGGACGUAUGACAAUACUCUCCAAACAUAUUUUUGACCUAAAUUAAAAUGGAUUAAAUUGAAUAUUUCUAACAAUAAUCAUAUUCUAUAUGUCUACUCUUUUCCAUUCAAUCCUUUAAUGCCCUUUCCCCUUGUGGUUUAUUCUGUUGCAAACACAAUGGUGGCUGUAAAAUGGAAAAUCGUAUGAGGAUUUAUUAAACAAGCUCCAAGACCUAGAAUCAAUUCUAUAUAUAAAUGUCUCCCAACAGCCAGUUUCAGGGUUCUGUUCCAGCAGUCCAUCUUUGUUCCCCUUGUGGGGCAGCCAGGAAACUUAGACACACUUGCAUUGGCGUAAGCACACAAUUGCGCUAGACUCACUGCAUUAGAAGUUAUGCCAUAACUUCAAUUUAAUAACCCCUCCACACACACCAAACACCUCCCCCACUCCCCCCCCCCCAAAAAAAAUAAAUAAAUAAAACACUACUAAUCAAGCCUUGUUAGAACAGCCAUUUUAAGAAUAACAUAAGGGGCCUGGCAUUGUUAAUGUGCCCUCUGGGACUGGGUUAUUUAGACAUCUAAUGAAAAACACAUGCUUAAUGUUGCAUUUUAUAUGGUAAUUUAGGAGCAAUAUAGCUUUUGUGUAGGAGAUAAUUGAUAAAUCUAAACUUAAAUGCAGGCACAAGGACAGACGUUACAGAAGGCAAAAAUGAUAUGUUGCUGCAUGUUAAAAAUUAUUUCUGGUAGAAGAUUAUUGGGGAUGUUAAAUUAUAACUUUACCAAAGUCAUGUUACAUUCUGAAUACAUCUACCAGACAUCUACUUAUUUAUUAACUCCUGCAUUAACCUAUGGCUAGCAUUUUUAGAAGAAGCUUGCAGUUUUUCUAUUUCUUAAUUACAUAUUCAGGCUAAGCUUGUAUAAUUGCAACAAAAACAAAAAAUAUGCGAACUGUGAGAAUGGGCAAAAUCUUAGAGAAAGUCUGUAGCUUCCCCUUCUGUUAGUCCUCGCUGAGGUCUCAACAUGUUUUUGCCCAUUACAAUGGGAACCUAUAGUAUUUGCAUAUCAGGCUGAUCCCACGCAUAACGGCGGUCCAGAACCAAAAUGUUGGCAGGUUCUCUCUGCACAAGAGAUACAGCAACCCUGGACGAUCGUUUCAGCCUUCUUUGGGCCUUAUCAGUGAGGUGUAGCUGAUACCUCUCUAGGCACAGUGAGCACGGAGUCCACGUCUAGAAUACCCUUUUAGCUUAAGGAGAGCUCAAGCAAAUGCAUUGCAGCAAAACAGAGAAUAUGAGAUCUCUAAAAACGGGCAAAAGCUUAGAGAAGCUCAUUUAAUUGAUUUCACCCACAACGGCAGUCCAGAACCGAAGUGCUGGCAAGUUCCCUCUGCACAAGCGAUAGAGCAACCCUGCCUUUCGGUUCUGGACUGCCCUUGUGGGUGUGAUCAGUCUGAUAUGUAAAUGGUAUAAGUUCCCUAAUAUUCUUAUAUUAACCCUUAUAUUAUUCCCAAAAGGCAACAUGGGCAAACUAAGUUUCUCUAAGCCUUUUCCCGUUCUCAGAGUUUUCAUAUUCUCUGUUUUUUGUUAUAAGCUUGUACAAUGCCUUGUGGAUAAGAAAAUGUAAUCUCAUCUUUAAUAGGGUGCUUAUGAAAUAUGCAUGCAGAAGGGCUGCUUAAUAAAUUUUUUGUUUCUGCAGUAUUCAUACUCUUACACAUCCAUUUAUUAGGAGUAGGAGUCAUACCUCCACCCUACAGAACGUCUGGUAACAGAUUCCAAAAAUAAAUAAAUGGAAUUGAGCCAGAGAGUAGUUUGAAAAGAAUUGUUUGAAUUCACAGGAAUUAUAGAAUGGUGAGUCAUUUCACAGUUAUUAAGGUUUGUCCACAUUGAUUUUAGCAAUUACUCCCAACUUCCCGUAAGUGUUGUUAUCUCUGUAUGGGGUGCGGGAGAUAAAUAGAAAUCCAAAGUACUUUUUUUUUUUUGACACAGGCUAAUUUUAUUUUUUAAUAAUCAGUCUGCUCUUUAGAGGACUUUGUGUGCCUACCUGGAAAUUCUAAGCUUUUGAACCCAAGUAUUAUUUUUUCAAGUCGACCACUAGUGAAGAGUUACAUGGUUACAAUCUUGGUCAGGCUUCGUUAUGUGACAUACAUUAGAAGGCAGUGCCUGGUGUUUGAUGCCUUUGUAAAAUGCCCUGUGUUUGCAGACAUGCAGAUGAUCAUGGGGGGAAUUAUGCUGUUGCUUGGCAGUCCUGAUUUGAAAUCUGUAUCCCACUAUCCAGGGUAAUUAUUUGGAUGCUCUGCAUUUUUGUAACACCAUAGAAAAUCACCAAAAUAUUAGAUUCCUAAAAAGCAAAUCCUUGAAUUAGUGAUUUCUUGCCAAGUUGUGCACAGGCAUGACCAAUCUCAUCUGCCAAGUCUGUUCCAGGCUGACAUGCCUCCUGUGCCAGCUAUACCUGGAGAAGUAUGGCAACCGGUCUUUUAUAGGAUUACAAAAUUCUGCUGCAGUAACUUUUUUACUUGCACUCCCCCUUGUGAUGUCCUUCCUUUCUCAGAUGGUUUAAAGGGAUACUAUAGGCACCAAGACCACAUCAUCUCAUGGAAGUGGUCUGGGUGUAGUGUCCCUAUCCCCUUAACCCUGCAAUGUAAAAUAUUGCAAUUUCAGAGAAACUGCAGUGUUUACUUUGCAGCGAUCAGACAACCUCUAGUGGGUCUCUACAGCGUUAGGAAUACAGCUUUGUUUUCCUGAAUCUGUGGUGUUCCUUUAAGCUGUGCAGCAAAAUAGAUUUUUAUAUUGACACAUGUUGAUCAUAGAGCAUUACAUUACAGCAAGGGAAGUGUUGUUAUGGGAGAGCUGUGAGACACCUGGCCAAAACCUUCCCCAUUGAUUGAUCCAGCUGUACUAACACUACAGACUUUCGGGAUGCACUAUAGAGAAACAUUUGAAUUUAAAGUAAAAUUAAUGAAUAAAUAGAGGAUAACAAAUAAAAAAAAAAUGUACUUUGUGUCAAAAUCUAAAUAUACCAAAAGCUGAUGCCCCUUUAAAUAUGCUUGUUGGAGGAGCUUACCUGCCAUGCCUAGCAAUCUAGUUAUUUGUCCUGUUAGUGUAGCGGCUAAGCAAAUAAUUAUACUUUUUGGUGUUGACUUCAAUUUCCCCAGCAUGUGACAUUAUUAUAGUCAGUACUUCUGUGACCUCCAGAGUCAAAAGUUACAACUGGCUCCGUCAGAUAGAAACAUAGGAAAAUUCUUAAAGUUGUUUUGGAACAGCUUCUGGGAGAUUCCUAGGGUGCUUUGAGAACAAACUGUGGUCUUCACAUCUCAAUAUGCCCUUUUGCGGAGAAACACCUUUCUCUGGAUCAUUAAUGAGAUUGAAGACCGGCACAAGGCCAAAGAGUAAAUAGACCCAUAAUGCAUGUUUUUUAAUAGUAUUUAAAAAAAAAAAAAAACUUUUUUCCCUUUAUGAUAAGAUUAUUCUUGGAUUAGUUUUAAGGGUAUCUACCGGUGGGGAUGACCUCUUAGGAUACAAUGUUCAAUUUUUAGUUGCAGCCAAAUCUGGCCUUAGAAACAUUGCAAGGUUUUUGCAAUACUGUACUCUCCCUGCACAGAUGAGGCAAUACAAUUAAUAAGGAAGGAGUGGGUGAAAAAGAAACUAGCUCGAGGCUCAGGCCUGUGGUAUUAUGUGUGAAUGUAUUAUGGAUUUUUUUCCAACUUACUUUACUACCCUGCUGUUCUUCUUGCAUAUUUUGCGUGUUAGAACUAGUCAGAAUAAUCUUUCAUUCGAUUUGGUAGUAUAUACUCAUGUACUAGGGAUGGGCAUAUGUACAUAGCUGUUGUAGGAUUAAAACUCCCAUGGGGAUUUGCCAUCUUAAAGUAAAACAAUACCUUUUUUGCAGACAUUUUCAGAAUUGGUUGUAAUUACCUAGGUUUAGCAGCUCCCGGGGUUCACUAGCUUCUGUGUGAUCCCUUUAUCAAUAGCCGUAUACCUUAUGUGCAUACACUUAUACCAUAUUUUGUCCACAAACAUUGCAAACGCAUUGGAGUAAUUUAUACUACUAUAUGACCUCAGGAAUAUAUUCGCAAGCCAAACAAAUUUGCAUUUACUGUGACCAAAGGGGUAAGUGAGACAGCACAGGCUAAAACUAGAUGACUUGUCGCAGGGUGACAGGAAAGGCCAGAAUCGUGCGCUAAUUUACUGUCCAGAAGCCGCUUCUGUUGGAAAAUAUCAAAUUGUCUUUUCUCUCGGGGUUGUUAGAUUUAAUCUGAUGCUUCCUUGCUUGAGCUUUGAUGCUAUAUUUAGCUCUGAUUGCCUCCUCUUGUAUUGCUGUGUAUUUACUGAAUACUGUACAAAAAUCAGAGCUCUGUUACUAGGUUGGACUAUCAUUGUUAUUUUUAUUUAAAAAUCCCUAAUGCAACUCCGUGAUUAAAUAAAAGCCUUGACUUUGAAUUACAGUUAUUUGAAAAAGAAUGGGAACAGUUUGUAAAAAAAAAAAUGUAAAAAAAAAAUACAAAACCAAACUAAACAAAAUUAUAUAAAUGUCUUUUCUUCAGAUUUAUUGGCACGGAUACUCAAAACCAGAGCAGAGCGAUUUUAACGUAGUGGGGAUACUUUGUGAAUUAGUAUUGUGUCAGUGUUUAUCCUGCAGCCUUUAUAAUCUGUAGUAGGCUGUGUGCUGUCACCCCCAACCCUGGUCAGCUCCUCAUUGGGUUAAUCUGCGUUUUCCCUCAUAACAGUUUUAUUACUGAUAAUAGGCAAAGGCAUUGCUCAUCCCAAUUUCCUUUUACAGUAUGGCUUGAGGCUGCUGGCUCGGGCAGAACACAGUUCUCUUGCAUUCUUCCUACUUCCCUUGUUUGGUCCUCGCUGUUCAUCCUAACUGCCUUCACUUUGCUGAUUUCUCAUAAUGCUAGAUCCUACAGUGGGGUCCAAAUACAAUCUUUUGGUGAGAAAUCUGACACUAUAGACACUGUUAAUACACAUUCGUGGAUGUUCGUUAAUAGGAAGAAGAAAAACAAAACAGACACCCUCACUAGUAACCUCUCUAUUCAUUUUACAUGAUAGCAUGGUCUGCUUAUUUUGUGUUAGGGUGGGGAUUACAGCAAGGUUAGGGUCAGGUGAACCUGAGAUGAUGUGUUUGUUUUUUAUAGAGCUUAGCUAUGAAACAGGUGCUUGGUAUGGUGACAUUUGUCUUUGCGGCCCCCUGCCAUCAUUUAUAAAUCUUCUUUUCCCAUCUAAUCCAUUAGAGAGUGCUGGAGGGUCACCACAAAUCUUUUGGCAAGGUCCGCUUCUCUGUAUUUGAGGAACAUGCAAUAACAGAGGUAUUAUAACAGAGUCUCUUAUAAUAUGAUACUUUUUUUUUUUUUCGACAUACGUUAAAAAUAAUGCAUCUUUUCACUGAGGAUUCCGCAAACAGCAGUUAAUUGCAAAGGGGGAGUUUUUAGAUCAACAAAAAGAAACCACAGAGCUAAGGCUUUAAGAGAUGUUGAUUCUUUGGUCUACUUUUAAAGGAUCACUAUAGUGUCAGGAAAACAAAGCGGUUUUCCUGACACUAUAGUGCCCUGAGGGUGCCAUCACCCUCAGGGUCCCCCUCCCGUGGCGCUGAAGGGUUUAAGACCCCUUCAGCAGCUUACCUUAAUCCAGCGCUGGUGACCUCUCCUCCCCCGCUGACGUCAGCUCCCCUGGCCAACGUCACAGGAGCCGAAUGCGCAUGCGCCGCAAGCAUAUUCAAAGCAUUUCUCAAAGUUUCUCUGAAACUGUUAUGUUUGCAUCUGAAGGGUUAAACCCUGAGGGACCUGUCACCCAGACCACUUUAUUGAGCUGAAGUGGUCUGGGUGACUAUAGUGUCGCUUUAAUGGUUUUCAUAUACAGAAAUCUAUGGAUGUACUUAUUUUAAUCCAGGGCUUACAAAGUUUUACUAUACCUAAAAAACAAACAAAAAACAAACAGUAUUUAUAGGGCAAGGCCUCCAUUUUCCCUCUUAUUUAAUUUUUUUUUCCCAUUGUCGUAUGGUAAUUUGCAUGUCCUUCAUGGGUUAAUGUAAUUUUCGCUAAGCCGCCUUGUGUUGAUUUCGUACUGGUGUCACUGAGUGCAUGCAUGGAUGCAAAGUCUAUCUAGAGGACUUAUUGAUUAACUAUGUAGUGACUUAUUUACCUGCCACUGCGUACACAUAUAUCAAAGUAAGUUACUAUAUCAAAGUAAGUUACUAUGUAUAUCAAAGUAAGUUACUAUAAGCUAAUGAGAUCCUUCCAAGCAUUAUGGUCCAUAGUUUGGGCACUUUGGUAUUUAAGUUCAUAUAACUGAUGCAAAAAGGGGUAAAGGAUACUAUGUAGUUGUGCUUUUCUCAUAGUAGCUUUGUUCUGUUAAGCAACUGUUUCAUUUGAGCAAUCAAUGAACCACCUCUCCAGUGAAUGUAGAUAGAUAGUGCUCCAUUUUGAAAGAACAUGACCUGUUACACACAUACCAGAGUCGUAAUGCAGAAUACUUGCAACAUGGUGAAAGAUGUUCUAGGUGAAAUGUCUCUCUCGCUUGUUAAUAGGAAUAGUUGCCUUGAGGGAAUUGUAAUGUAAAUCUUAGUAAGUCUCUGGCCCAGAUAACUGGUUGUGUUGCCAGACAUACCGAUCCAUUGAAAGUGAUGUAUCAUGGCAUGUUGCAGUUCAAGUCGAAUACUGCAGCCUUAAAUUACUGUAAUUAUGAUGUGGCCAGUGUCUUCACAGGCUUACAUAUCAAACAAAAAAAUAAAAUAACUAAGGACAGAAUAUGUGUGAAAAAUGAAUUGGAAGGUAAGUGAGUAGAGAAGAAAUUAAGAAGCUGCUGAUGACUCGCUGUGAUGGGAGUUACCAGACUCACAUCCGUUAGAAAUUGUUGGCUUCUGCUGGCCCUUGCUUCUGGGUAUUUUAAUGAGCCAUGACUCAUUAAAAUGUUAAAACUAAAACUAACGCCUAUUUUUUGGUAUGUGUUAUAGAACUACCAGACUGUCCAUUUUAAUGGCUCCUAAGGAAAAAGGAUGGCUUAUGAACAGCACAGAGUAAACUUAUGUUCAGAUGUCGGCCUUCGAUGUAAUAUUUUUGCAUAAGCUAUCAAACGAGUUCAGAUUUUCAUAUGAUUUUAUCUUCAAAACAAAAAUACUCUUUGACUUUAAUUAAAAUAUUAAAAAAUAUGAAAUCGUUUCACAAGCUUAUCCAAACAUAUUAAAAUGAGACCAUUAUACCUUAAAACUCCAUGUCUCAUUAAAAAUAGAAACAGAAACAAAUUUUACGAUUCUCCUUUAGACUACAAUAAGACACAGCACCACUGUGAAGGUAAAGGCUGAGAGUGGAACUGCAGCAAAAAAUUGCUGCUUCAGCAGUAUUUACAGCUUAAUAAACUGCCCUUCAGCGAUGAUGAUUUAAAUGAAGUCACAGCUAUAACAGAGGCAAAUAAAUAAUGAUAUUGAUAAUGUCAAUGCUGUUGUCAUAAAGAGAUAAUUUUAAGAUCAUCUCCAAAUGCUUCCACAUUCUUAUACUAAAUGACCUCUGUAGAUUACAUUAGUUUCAGAAUGGCUUUAAUUAGGUUUUUUUUUGUGUGUGACUUAAACACAAAUAUGAGAAGAUUGCACAAUUAUAAUAGAAAAAUGGCACAUUGAUCUUAAACAUAGUUCAGUGGUAACAGGGUCUCUCAUAAUAUGAUACUGGGUGAAAAGAUUUAUUUAUUUUUUGCAACAUUUAUUGAAAAUAAUGCUAUAAAGAUGUGUAUAAAUAGACUUGAAUAGGCCAGAAAAUGCUUCCCACAGCUCCAGAAGAGUGUGUGUAUGUAUGUAUGUAUAUAUGUGUGUGUGUGUGUGUGUAUAUAUGCAUGUAUAUAUAUAUAUAUAUAUAUAUAUACAUAUAUAUAUAUAUAUAUAUAUAUAUAUAGGAUAAAGAGAUGCACUCUCAGGACUUUGAAAAAAUAGUUAAUUUAUUCCAGCAGGUAUAACAUCAAAGUUUGCCGACGUUUCGACCCAUUCGGGUCUUUCUCAAGGUCAAUGUACCUGUGCUUACAAGCCAUUUAUAUAGGACAUAAAAAGAAGUACUCACCAAUGUUAUAGAUUGCUUCAGCUAAAUGCCUUCUAAACUUGACAUGGUUGGUGAAAUGUUUUUAACAUAACAUUCUUUAUUUUUUUGAUCACUUCUUUAGAUAUAUGGUGACACUUUACACAGUAUAUUUGACCUUAAGAUCUUUGCUUAUUUUUUUAUAUUAGGCUGCAUUUUUGCGGAUUUAUGCACUCUGCACUUUAAUCAGAUUUCAUCAAUAGAUUGAUAUUAGACAUUUCACUUGCACAUCUAUGAGAUAUUUACCGAUCUUAUAAUUAAUUGUUUUCCUAUCGGAAGCAACACCACAUGAUCACUUAUGCAUGGAUCAUGUGAUGUUCUAUUUCCGGUUUCACUUCCGGGUGUGCACGGAGGGAUUCAGGGGGUUCUUCACAGAUUGGUGAGUACUUCUUUUUAUGUCCUAUAUAAAUGGCUUGUAAGCACAGGUACAUUGACCUUGAGAAAGACCCGAAUGGGUCGAAAUGUCGGCAAACUUUGAUGUUAUACCUGCUGGAAUAAAUUAACUAUUUUUUCAAAGUCCUGAGAGUGCAUCUCUUUAUCCUCUAUAUAUUUUAUCUACAUGGGAUUGCACCCAGGCGAUAUUGAGCUACACAUUUGAAAGGGUGAGUGCCAAGAAAAACAUUGUUUUAUAUAUAUAUAUAUAUAUAUAUAUAUAUAUACACACAUUUGAAUCCGUUGUGUGUGUGUGUGUGUGUGUGUGUAUAAUUUAAUAGCCGUUGCAAUGCUUGUGGUGCCAGGUUGUGAAAGAGGUACAGUCACAAUUCAUGGAAUGUGGAAUCUUUCUGCUGAUUUCUCAACUGUGGUCCUAAAAUUGCUUUUCAUCACAGGCAUGAACGUGUGUUUGAUGUUUGGUUUUUGCAAUAUUUCAACAGAACCAAAAAAGUUUUUUUGGUUUUUUUCAUAUCGUCACAGUGUCUUUUUCCAGCCCAUGUAAUAAUAAUGAAGGUUGUUAAUUUAUAAAUAAUUUUACCAGGAAGCAGACAUUAAUAUAAUUUUCAAGUAUCCCCAAGAGAAUGAACGAAUUAACAAAGUCUUUGUCCCAUAAGCCUUUAAUGUUAAGGGUGUAAUAUUAUAAACAUGUUGUAAAUUAACAUUUAGGCAUACUUUAAAAUUGCAAUGAAAAUACAAAACAAAUGGAAAACAAACACCCAUUAAAAUUCUUCUAGAUCUACAAUGUGAUCAGCAGCGAGAAUGCUGAGAGUUUAAUAUUUUGACAUUGGAGCAAUUUAGUCUUACUAAAAUGCUAGUGUUUCUGCCAGCUCAAACUGAAUAUUUCUAGGUAGAUGUAGUAUGUAAAUAGUGGUAUGUUCACAGGGUAAACAGUGCCUUGUAUGCCCUGCAUGUGUUACUUUGUAUAUAAUACACACACGCACCUGUCUGUGCAAGCACAACGUCGGUUUGGUGUAAACAUUGUCUGAGUGCAAACUAAAAAUGACUUAAAAAUAUGUACACAACAUUAUAGUAUUUAGAUUGACAAAUAUCAGUAAAGCCUCAACAUGUUACAUUAUGGAUCAUAAAGCAUAAUAUAAAUGUUUGGAAAGGUUGUUGGAACGGCAGUUAAAUGUCUCUGUGGAAUAAUACAGAGACGCUAUAUAAUAGAAAAACUACAGAUUAAUAUAGUGGUUAUGGUGGAAUCUUUAGGCUCAGUUCCAUUUUUUUUUCCGAGCGGUUUGACCAAGAUCAGGGUUUUCCCAGUUAUCAAAAUCCACCAAUAUCAAAAAUAGUUUAACUACUGCAUGAUCUGUCCAACUCUUUCCAACAUAGCAAUGAUACAAAUGAGCAGACCUUAUUGUUGCUGUCCAAGGUUAGACGAAUAAUGCGGAAGGGAAGAUGCUGUGUAAGCUGGCAGAGUUUGGAUAACAGGAAAGCAAUGGAUGUUGGAACCAAAAACAACUCUGUGUUCCAUAACCACUACAAUAUGCGGUACUGGUUAUAGUGCUUAGGGUACCGAAAACAUCUUGUGAUGGAAGCCUCUGAGCCGACAAACCAGCCGUACACAAAACCAAUUUUUUGACAAAGAUUGGCUUGUUUGCCAUCUAUCAUGACUAUCAGCCAUCAUAAACACUGAUAACAUCAGAUUUUGAUGUUUAUUAUAUUUUUAUCUCCACUGUACAAAAUCAUUAAUCUUUGUUAAGAACUCUGAAUGUGAAAAAAUGCAUUAAUUAAAAGCAGGUAAAAGAUAAUAUGGUGUCCAAAAACUGCUCCCACCUCUCAAACCUAGGUCUCUCUUUACGGUUUUAGAGGAAAGUUUUACACUGAGAUAUUUAAAUGGGUCAAUAUCUGACUCUGCUACUAUGUCAUCAUAUUUAUGCCUUAGAAUUUACGCAGUUUUUACAUACUCGACGUACAAUCCUUACAUUCUAGCUAUAUAUGGAAGUGAGUCUCGGCAGUGUUCCCCUCCACCCUGUAUCGUCACAAGCGUUAAGCAACCUACGGCAAUGCAGGUUUUUCAGAGGGAGGUGGCAGAACCCUGCUCCGCGUGCGCUCCAUCGAGCAGCGAUAAUAAAUGAGGUGGCUAUAUUUAGACACUCACUCUGUAGUAUUGUCACGUGGCUGUCAGCACAUUUUACUAUAGAGCUCAUACAGAGUCACCUCUGCGCACUGUCCUGGCCUCUCUCAAUGCAUCUUCACGAAGGCAUUUAGUAUUGUGUCAGUAGGAAGUAAUGCAAGGGACAAAGGUCUAGGAGAAAGCAAAUGAAUGACAAACUAGUUCAGGAGAAUUCUCUUCUCUCUGCAAAGUCAGUCUUCAUGGACUAAACAGUCCAAUAACUUAACCUUUGAAAAAAGAAACUUUUGCAAAAUGCUAUUUGUCUAUCUAUCUCUCCAUGUUAUGUAUGUAUAUUUGAUCAUAAUGAAAACAAUUUUUCAUUUUUUUAUUUUUAUUUAAAGCGUGCACGUUGUGGUUGUUGAGUUAAUUUGGCACUUCAGAAGCUAGUCUUGAGCAUCAUCCUUUAAACAGCCUUCCCCCUCUCUGCUGCGACACUGGGGGGUUAACCAGAAUCGGCCUGUCUCCAUUAAUCAUGCUGUCAUUCUGCAGUAUAUGUAUUUAGGAUGCUGCAGCUGCACAGGAUGAGAAACACACUCACACUGUCAUUGUCAUGGGCCAUACAGUAUUUAGCGUGAUACCCAGCAAAUAGUUAGUGCGGUUCAGGAUAGUGACAGGCAUGAAGAUGUUAAAUCUGCUGAACGAUGGAACAACAAUGUGUUUUCUUUAGAAAGCCUGUUAAUUGUGUCAGGUUUUAUGUGUGCUCGUGACUGUCGUUUGUUCCAUUCGAGAAGGUAAUGUUACCAUUUAUUGGAAGCUGGGUCACAUCAGCAGUAGUCUGAACGACAAAAAACAACUCUACAUUAAACAUCGUUUGCAUGCUUUCAGACAUAUAUUGUUUUGUGGCAUUUUUUAUUCUUAGAUCAUUAUUUUUUUUGGGGUAGUGGGCACUGUGAAGGCUUUCCUUGGGUGCAGUAUUGCUCUGUCCAAUCGAUUUUUAAAUCGGUUUACUGCCAAUAUGCCAUGUAGCAAAUCUUCUUCAAGAAAAGGGUUAAAUCUCUUGCUUCUUGACUACAGGCAGUAAAGCAUCUCUCCAGUAAAAUAGUUUACUGGUAAUGCAGGAGCUGGCUAUGCAUCAUGGGACUUGUAGUCCUACGGUAACUUUCUAACAUGGUAAAGCCACCCACAUUUGUUUUUAUUACUAACUAUUUUUCAUACCAGACGAAAUACUUGAUGGCCUGUGAUAAACGUAGGACUUUACAUUUUAAGCCCUGAAUUUAAAAUAUAUGAUUGCUUCAAGGUACUUAGACUGGAGUAUAAUGAUUUAUCGGCACAUUUUACUGACACAUCUUGUUUCUGUAGGGAUAUUUAGCAAACUCAAAUUUAGCAAACAAAUAUAUAUUCCAAAUGCUAUAGUGCCCCCCUCACCCCCUCUUCCACUCCUGUUUGUGGUAAAAAUGAGAAAAAAUAAAUUUUAUUCAAACUCUCUACUUUGUCUUAUGAUAUCUGUGGGCUGCAUUUGAAUUUCGGUGAAAUUCCAACACGGUCAAUGUGAAUAUUUCAAAAAGAUAAAAUCUUUAUGAAAUACAAAUUUUGGGGGAGGGAGGGGUAAGAGAGACACUUUAACUAUGCUGGGGGUAUCUCUAAAAACAGCUGAUAUGUUGGCUGCAACCUUUGCAGCCCUUAUCCUUUUUCCCCAGUACAGACUGAAAGUCUGGAGAAUAGCUCUGUCAGAUGCUUCCCACUGAAAGUUUUCUGUACGGGAGCUGCAAACGCGCCCACGCAUGCGCUAGAAGCUUUUCAAUCUGUAAAACAACCCAAAUGAGUAGGGUGGAAGGCAAGCAUUUGCUAGUAAAGUAUGCCUACUGCUUCAAUUAGCAAUUCUAUUAAAACUGACACAUUUAUAAACUGUCACAAAUGUAACCGGCUCCAGACAUAUAAAGCACUUUAGCAAGCUGAAGCACUUGAUGUGUGUUAAACGGAAUCUAUAGUGUUAGGAAUACAAACCUGUAUUCCUAACACUAUAGAGCCCUGUGGUCCCCCUCCUCCCUUGCAGCUCCCAGGCCAAUAAAGGGUUAAAAACCUUUUAAUGACUCGUCCGUUUCUUGGAGCAAUGUCCCUUGGCACUGGGUCUGCGUUCUGCCACCUCCGACAUCAUCCGACGAGGGGGGUUAAUGCACAUUCCCGGCGAUCGCUGUGAGUGCCUUAGGCCCUCCCCAUAGGAAAGCAAAGAUUCAAUGCUUUCCUAUGGGGAUUUUACUGACGUUCGAUGUCCUUAUGCAGAAUGUGAGGACAUCCAGCGUCAGUUAGGUGAUCUAAAGUUCAGUAAAAUUCCGAAAACACCUCUAGUGGCUGUCUGAUAGUGUUGAAAUGUAAACAUUAACCCCUUAAGGACGCAACUUCUGGAAUAAAACGGAAUCAUGACGGAAUAUUUCCGUCAUGUGUCGUUAAGGGGUGAUGGCGGGGGGGGGGGAGGGGCAGGGACAGGUCCCCCAGACCACUUCAAUGGGCUGAAGUGGUCUAGGUGCCUAUAGUGUUCCUUUAAGCUCUGAUAUAGCAUCCCCCACUUCUGUACAGUUAAACGUUUGACAUAUUUUUGUGACCACAAAGCAGAGUCCAGAGUACAUCUUGUGUGUCCAUCUAAAAUGGUGGCAAUACAAAGAGCCUUUCAUCAAACCUCUAUCAUUUAUUCUCUUAUCUCAAUGUAUGAUGCGUGUUACAUGGACAUUCAUUAAGUCUUUCUUUUGAACAAUGAAAGAUCACAGUGUGCACAUUGCAGAACCUUUGAUUUUCUCUGUUCUGUCUUCCAGCAAAAAAAUAAACCCCUUAAAAUGUACACUCACAUCGCUUAAAUAAAACCUUUCACAUUCACUGCAACAAUGAAAAAUAAUGAAAGUGGUGCUUAACAGCAAGACCACAUCAAAACAUAUAAUUCGGGACACAAACUCUCUUGUUGGCUUUCUUAACCUUUUAAGUACCAAAAAGCAGAAACUAUUCUUUUCACUAUUUACUGUAAGGGGUUUAUUCACUAUAUUGACAAGGAAAUUGGACAUUUUAAACAAAAAUAAUUUUUUCAACAUGGUUGUUUUGACCUAAAAAUUGUCAGUUUUCUGCAAUUCAUGAUUCAGUUAAUAAACCUCCAUAGGGUUAUGGAACACUAUAGCAUUAUGAAUACAUAUUUGUGUUCCAAAAUGCUACAGUCCUGAUGUCCCUUCUUAUUUCAGCUACACCCUGUGUAAAAAAAUGAAAUAAAAAGACCACCCCCCCCAGAAAAAAAUAGAUUAACUCACAAUUUCUCCGGUGCUGUGUCUCCCUGGGUGCUUACACAGUUUACUCCUAGUGUUACGUCAUCGAUAAUGGGCCAAUCCAAUGCUCCAUAGAGGAGCAUUUGGGGAUGUAGGUGCAUUCGGGGAUGUAGGUGCAUGGGCGGCACAUGCGCCUAUGAUUCUGCCAUAGAGUAUCGUUGUAUGCAAUUAUUCUCUAUGGAAGGUUUUGACAGCAUUGUGCAUGCGUGCCUGAUGCCACAGUAUGGUAGUUUAAUGAGAGCCAGGAAACGCAGUCCUUGCUUUCAUACCCGGAGAGCCUGGAAUCGUGGCUUAAAGCCACACUUCCAUGCUUUCUAAUUUAAAAAAAUUUAAGCUUUGGGGCAGUUUGGGUGGGGGCGGGGGGACAAAUGCAGGCACUCUAAAAACAUCAUCUAGUUGAAGUUGUUAUAGUGAGUACAGUGUUCCUUUUAACAUAUGUACAUUGUAUUGUGUUAAAACCCUUCUUGACAUUCAGUGUAGCAGGGCUGUCAUGAUGUAAUGGAGAGGUUAACAUUAAUGGGUUCUAUAAUUUACAUGUAGUGCUCUGAGUUUUUUGUAAAAACAAUAUAAACAUCCAAGCCAUGACAUAAAAUCCUGGCUGAAGUCUAGAACCUACAGGAUUAUGGACAUAUGCUACUAAGCCCAAAAUCCAGCCUGCCUUUAGGGUUCUAUCAGAAUAAAUAGUUGUAAAGAAAACUAAAGAGAGCAUGAUAAUGUAAAUUUGCCGUGACUGUUCUCUCGCAGCCAUGAGGCAUCAAAUGCAUACAGAAAACCUCUAUCUCCCAACUCUACGCAUUCCCUCAUUGUGCUUUGAUGUAAAUGAUUGUGAAAUGUUUAGUAGCAUCCAAUUCAUUGCGUAUAUGGGAAUCACUGGGGAAAAGAGAAGGGAGAUUGUAAUUCCUGCCCUAAUGCAAUUAUUAUCUAAUAACUUUUGCUACUCAGAGUAAUGUAUAAAUCUAAUUUCUGUGGCUGGCAGAGCAGGUAAUUUAUGUAAGUACUGGUUUAGGGAUGUAAAGAGCGUGGACUUUCCCAGAUACAGUGUCAGCUGAUAUUACAGGGUCUGGGAGUAAGGAACAAAUAGGACAUAUAAAGAGAAAUUUCAUCAACAUAUAAGUAACUUCUAUCUAAACUGUGUCUAGAGACCCUUACCGUUUGAGUAAUUGAAAGAGUCUGCCAGAGUAUGUGCAAUCUAUAUUUCAUUAUGCCAUUGGGGUGUAACAAAGUUAAUUUGUAAAGGUGCUGUUUUUGUAAAAUGCAUUACGGGUUUGGAGUGUCCCUUUAACAUGUCCAAGAUUGUGAAAGUACCCUGCCGGCCCCCCCAUCUCUUUACGAUCUUCCCACUCACAUAUGGUUGAAUGCAGUAGACAGUCUCCUAGCUCGGCAGAUCCUGGGCAGAAACCCAUCAAAAUUCCAGACACUUAGGCUAUAGAUUUUACAUAGAGGGUGUAAUUUAUUAAUGCUGGCAUAUUCAGGUCCUUCCAUUUAUUUCGUUAAAUGUGCUACAGGAAGUUUGCUUUGCAACAGAACAGUAACUGUAUACGUUCUCAGCAAAUUUGCAUUGUAUGUGUUAUAUGAAAUAUCAAUUCUCAUGUUUCAUGCGUGUUGUGAUAUUAUCAAGUCAGUGGAGCAACAGGAAGAGCUGAGGUUAUGAUAUUGAUUUUUUUUUUUUUACCAGUGAAUGUGUAUUGCAAAUCUGUAAUGUGUUCUAAAAUUGAAUUUAAAGGAACACUAUAGUGUUAGGAAUACUCCCUCCCCCCCAUGGCAGUUAAAUGGUUAAAAAAAACUACUGUUCUCUCAUAUUUCAGCGCCAAAGUCCAUUAGAGCUGGCUUCGGCUCUACCUCCUCUGUCAACUCCGAGGGGAACCCAAUAAGUCCCGAGCACCAUGCCCGCAUUAGGUGUUCCCCAUAGGAAAGCAUUGAAUCAAACAGAGUAGGUGCAAGGGAUAUCCUGAAACCAUAACAACUUAAUUCUGAUUGCGUUUUGAUGCUCGUAGAUUUCUUUUAAUCGUAUUAUUUUUAUUGAGCUUCACAAAUGUACCUCUCUGUGGAUAUUGCUAAUCACCUUAGUCUACUAAACCAUAUCUCUUGCAUUAAGUAAAAUAAUUUUUGUCGAAAAGGUUACGGCCAACAAAGUCUAGUGAUCUUUAGGUAAAAGUUCAAUGUGUGACAGUAUUGUUAUUACACAUAUAGUACGGGUGAAAAGGGGUGGAAGAUGCACACUUUAAUGUUCCCUCUCUCCUAAAAACACAAGGGGACACGUCCAAGCAAUUAUCUGUACUGUUUAAUAUAAACAUAGUCACUCACCCUCAUCUAAGUCACAGGUCGCUGCCCUGAUUCUACUCAGAGAGCCGAUUCGGAGAAUUGCACAUUUCAAAAAUGAAUAUUUAUGGUUUACCAGUAAAAUACCCAAACCAGCUAGUUUUUCCCAGUUCUUGUAGGCUUGUAAAGAUAGAUAGAACCCAAAAGACUGGUUUGUCAAGGAGGAACAAGAACCAACUGGUUGGUAAUGCAACACAUAAACGCUCACAGUUUGCUAAGGAUGUCAAGAUUGACAGAUCAGAUAGCUAGAUAGAAUGAAUGACCAGGAUCACCUUUUCUAGCCCUCCCAUAAACACCUGAUGGAGGAGCAUGCCCCUUUAAAAUAAUCUAUACAUAUAUAUUAUAUAAUAUGCCAAUAUACCAGAGUAUUGCAGUAAUGCCCAUGCAUUCGUAUUUGGCAUCUUGUCUUAAAAUUUACCAUUUUAAUAAUUCUUCAGAGGACUGUAAGACUGUAACUCUAAACUUAAUAUGUCUAUAAAAAUAUUGUGGAUCCCUAAGUAAUAUCACAAAACCGUAUAUUUGCUUUGGCUUCCUAAACCUGCAGCUUGUUACUAAUAUUAUCUCAUGUCUCAUUGGAGAAAAGAGUAGAUUAUGGGAAUCUUAACUCGAAAACCUGAUCAGUGUUUUAAACACGGUGGUUUAUUCACUUAACAGUUGGAGCCAUAUGAAUUUACUUGCAAAUCUUGGCAAAUGUAACUGAAUUGGAAAGUUCUCCAAAUCAUCAGGUUUGGAGAUAUUUCUCUAUAGGCCUAAAUUUCUUAUCUUAAGUCUCAAAAUGACCAUAUCUUGAUGUUUAGUUAAUAGACUCCAUGAUGGUUGGUCAGGUUCCCACAGCAAAUGGAUUUACUGCCCAUGCAUUCAUAUGGAGGACCAUUAGACAAUGUGCACCGAACUUUCUCCGCAACAUCCUUGUUGAUGCGUACUUUACAGAAGUCUGAUGAUUUCCUGCGAUAACCAGUAAAUGAGAUAUACAGAGCCAAGCAUCUUUUCUCAUUUUUAAUUGAAUGCAUUUAUUAAUGAAUCAUUAAUAUAAAUGGUAUUUAAAUGGCAGAAUCCCAGCCGUUAACAAUCCACACUAUCCUCAAACCGCCCACAUGCUGUUCUUGAAUAGCAAAAAUGUAAGGGUGUUGCUCUCAAGAUACUUAAAUCUUGUAUCUGAAUACCCCUGAUCUUGAUAAUAAAUUAGGAAUUAGAUAGUAAUAUCCAGCCUGGGGUGUACAAACCAAAAUAAACAGAUAUCUGCUUGUAGUUGUAGAAUUGAUUACAAAACCAUAAGGUUUCAGUUUUAGAUCACAUCAUUCUUGUAUGUCUGCCUUAUGAGAAAGGGAGAGUAUGACAGCUGCAUUAAGUAGGUGUUUGCAUUUCUUUGCUGCCUGAGAAAGUAUGUCUUUGCAUGUGGAAUACAACCACAAUUCCUGGGAAAUUGGACCAACAGUGGAAAAUCUUACGUGAUCGUUCUUUUUCAUGGAGAGGCUGAAAGAGUUAAAGUGGAUUUUGUAUGCAACUUUUUGGAGAGUAGAUUUUGUUCCAUUGCCGGUUUCCUAAUGACUGUGUUUUUCUGGAAAAUAUUUACAAAUAUCGAUGUUCUCUGUAACCUUCACAACUGAUGAUCCUUACUCAUAGUAUCAUCAGACAUGUGUUCUCUGAUCAUUUAUGUUCCGUAAGAGUGGAAUCUUUAACAUGCAACACUAUUUAAUGGAGAAAUACAUUUAGCUUUCCAGCUCCUGCUUCACUACAGUUCCCACCAUUCUUUCCAAAAACCUGAAAGACAAACGUGACAACCCAUCGGAAGUGCUAUCUACUUUAUUGGAUGGACUGUAAAUCAGAUUUUUUUUUCUUGUGUUUGGGACAUUAAACAAUUCUAUGUAUUAAAGUAUACAAGUUUCCUAAUAGCUAUAGAAAAUACACUCGGGACCAUUUUGACUCCAUCUGGAAUGACCUUGCCAUUACAAUAAUCAUCUGCAUGAUAUCUUAGGAAUAUCCUGUAUACAAACAUGCAUUUGCCAUAUAGACAGUUUUGCAUCCCAACAGUGCUUCCCUUCUGGGACGAAGUAUGCUGCAAUAUUGAUGUCUUUAUUCAAAGACACCUUGGUCUGUUCAAGGGCAGAUGCUCUUAUAGACUCCUUAUAUGCCAGAAAAAUACAUGGUCUGCCUUCAGCUUUUACUCGCUUGUACUAUUACUGAUAAUUGAGGAUGCAGGGAAAUGAAGGAAGGGCACUCCCAUGGUGAGUUACUCAUGGGGUCAACUAAUCACCAUGUGAGAUGAGUGCAAAGUAAUUCAUUAUUCUUGGUCAAUGGACUUGCUUUUAGAUUUCCCUUUCUGUACUGAAUAGAUUCUUAAUGGAGAGUCUACUAUGGAACUUAUCUCUGGAGCUAUUUCAUGUCCAAAAUAUUAUUCUCAUUCCACAGCACAGUAGUUCUAUUUUUAAUUUAUAUUGUUUGGCUUUCCUGCUUCAACCAGAACAUACUAUGCAAUUUAAUUUAACCUUUAUGGUGCUAUAUGUAUAGGAACACGUGGACGUAUGGCACAGUGACUGGACUGUUUGUGAACACGUGCCCCCAUAUGACAUUUCUCUGUAGAUGUCCAAGCACGUGUGAGUAUGCCUGAAGCAUAAACUCCUUAAUUCUACCAGUUAAUAUACUUUGACCUGUAACAUUCUAUUUCUUUGUCAAAUACCAGUCGUGAAUAAACCCCUCUAUGUAAAACAAGAAUGAAGACCACUCACAAACGUUAAGUGGAACUAAAUAGAGUUCCAGCAUAACUGUAAUGAAGAAAAAAAAUAACCCCCUCUAUGUUGCAUAGAAAUCUCUCUACAGAGAACCUUUUCACACCUGUUUUCCUGAACUCUGUUGGAGAAGAGCUUACUGCUUCCUACUAAACAUUAAAUAUUUAGAUAUGGGAGUGCUCCCUCCUUCGUCUCCCCUAGCGAAAGCCUCCGUCUCUGUUUAUAAUUAUAAUUCAAUGGUUGGUGGCAUUCAGACAAAGGACCCAAACGAUUUCUAUUCACUGUGACAUUUUAUCCAAUACCAUAGCAGGAGGUCCCUUUGCAUUUAGCCAGUGUUUGCAACUGACAUUAAAAGUUGACAAAUGCCAUUCUCUUGCUCAGGGUUUAUUCUUGGAGAAGUUCUUUAAUAGGUGUUAACUAGACAGGUAGCCAUGGCUCUGCCAAAGGACAUCCUGUGUAUAAGAAAAUCACCCGUACAAAAUUGUCGUAUCCUAUAAGGCUCAGGGCAUAUGUUGUUUUUAACGCUUUAGGGUCCAGAUAUAUGCAAGAUGUGCCAUGUACAUUGAAGUAUAAGUACUGUUUACAUUGUUUAUAUUUCUUAAAAUUUGCUGUUAGUUCUAUUUUGUAGAAAUUAAUAUGGUGCUAGAAUUUGAGGAGCUUGAUCUAUAAAAAUGGUACAAUUGUUUAGCACACUUUUGGUACGCUCUGUGCACGUACUCAAUAUUUGCACAAUCUUAGGUUUGCACAGUAAAGAAGAAAAUAGCUGGGGUUUUUUUGGUAUAUUAAAAAGGGAAGAUUAUCACAUAAAUAACUUCCGAACAAGAUAUAAAUGUUUAGUCUGCAGUACUCUGCUCCCCCAGGUCUACUUUCUUGGCAUAUUCGCUUAUCUGAAGGGAUAUAAUACCACUUUAGUUAAAGUGGAUAAGUGAUUGUAUGUAUAUAUACAGUAUGAUAAUAAGUUAUUUCAUAUCUAUGAAGAUUUUAUAUGCUCAUCUUUGUAAUUAUUGCCAAGCCUGCUUGGAAGAGGAUUAUAUCAGACCCUAUAGAUUAGAAUGAGAGUCUUCUGAUUGGUGGAGCCACUUACUGGCCCAGAUAAACUGUCUCAGCCUUGCUAGAGCAGACACUUGGAUUUUGCAAUUUUUUUGCAAGUUUAAAAAAAAAAAAAAACACUUUAAAAGUGGGGUGAGGGUUGACUGUUAUUUCCCUUGAAAGUGACCACUUUUUAAAAGACUAAUCCCUAGCUAAUCAAAUGCCCAUUUAUUUCCCAAAUAUGUGAAAUUACUGAUUCAUUUAUGAUGUUCCAUAAAUGUUGGCAGUGCAUAAUUUGUCAGGUGAAUAGAAUAAUUGUGGAAAUUGAUAGAUGUUAAAAAGUGUUUUUAUUAUGUUUAUUAUAGAUCUCCAAUCUACUACUGUAUGGCUGGGUUGAAUGGCCUGUGUGGUAGGCUGUUUUGAUACAUAGUUACUGUUGCAUUUGGCCUCUCCUUAGUGCAUAGUCCAGUAUAACCGGAUUUCUUAAGAAAAGCAGAGAGCCAAAUGUAACACAGUGACAAAAUACACAUCAAUGCAUGCUAUCAAAUAAAUGGACUAAAGUCUAGCUUCUCAAUCUGUGGUAUGUGCACCACAGGCAGGGAGUACGCUAAGAGCUGGCCGGAUGGCCAUCUUAGCGUUCCCAAGGAGGCGGACGACUGUGGGAGAACCAAGGCUGAGGUGGCGAGGGAACAUCACUCUUCGUGCUCUUCCAGCACUACUACUUUGCGCCCCCUGCCGGGAGCCGGGUUAUGACGUCACUACGGCAGCACUAAGCCGCUAGUGAGGGAGCAGUGCAAGAAGAUCACAAAGAUUACACAAGCUCCACGUUUCAUUCGGAAUUUAAACCAACAGAAAUUACUUUCCCGAGGCAGGGGGAUUUUUUGAUAAACACUGGACUAAAGCAUACCAAAGAUCAGUAUUAGAAAUGGUUAGGUCAUCUUACUUCUAGGAAUAUUUUCAAUUAAAUACCACCUUGUGAUGCCACAGUGUCAUACCAUAAUGUCAGUGGGUAGUAAAUCAGAACCAGAAGGGGAUCAGAGUAAAGUCCUCUGUUCUCCUCCCCCUGGCAUCUUUGUCUAGCUUCGCAAUAUUCUCAUUUUCAUAUAUACAAACAUUCAUGCAUAAACACAAGAUCACACAUAUAUAAAUUUACUUAUACGUGCAAUCCUGUCUCCCCAGUUCCCAUCCUAUCAUGCUGCAGUACUGAGGCACCUGCUGCCAUAUUUGAAUAGGUAUCUACACUGUGACAAAUUGAGUUUAAUUUUUAAAGGUGCAAAGAGCCAAUUCAGGCAACAUCAUGUUAAGUACCAGCCCUUUAACCCCUUAAGGACACAUGACGUGUGACAUGUCAUGAUUCCCUUUUAUUCCAGAAGUUUUGUCCUUAAGGGGUUAAAUAGGAAGGGACGUUCUAUAGACAUUGCCUGCUUGCAGAACUCAUUACUUUCAGCUACCCACACCUAGCCUCUUCACCCCCAGUUCAUGGCCCAGCGUGUUCCUAACCUUAUAUGUUACCUUUAUCCCAGUCGCCCUGUGUUUGCUCUCUUGAUUAUCCUUGGAAAAAUCGCUUUUCAGUUUUCCAGAGAGAUUGAGAAGCAUUGUGUCCACUCCUCUAUGCUAAAAUAGAUAAUCUGUAAACUCAUAUGUGUUCGUCAUGGCUGAGCUUCAAACUGUCAUUAGAAUAAUAAAACAUUAUAAUUUCCUUUCUAUCGUAAAAUAGAUUAGUGUCAAUAUAAACCAAUUCUCAGAAGCCUUGGAGCCAUGGCUCCUCAUAAAAUGAUUUGCCAUUUACAAAAGGUCAUCUUCACUUUUGUGCUAUAAUUGAAUCAGCGCUAGCAAACAUGCCAACACAUAUAUAGGUUAGAAUUAUACUUAUCUGAAGCUUGCUGUUGGUCAUUCAUGACUGAGAGUGUAGGUGUGAACAGAUCUUCCUACCCCAAAAUUAAUUUAGCAGUAUUCAUGAAAAGUUACGAAUUCAAAGGAAAUUUCAAAUUUAAAACUAAAUAGUUUUACACUUCCAGUUCAGCUAUAUUGGCCUCAUUUGAAAAUCAGUCUGAAUUCAUUUGAGUCUCAACAAUUCUCACUUUAAGUGAAUAAUCCUGAUUGUGUGGCAUCCCACAAUGCCUCUCAUGAAUGCACAGGAUUAUGGGAAGAUGGAUGCACACUAUAAACUGUGUUUACCUUACAUUUAUUGCAUAAGGGUGAAUGCUGAUACACAAUCAAUUUUGGUAGUCCACUGUAAGUAUAAUUGAUAUUGCUUGAUGAAAACAGUUACUGUAACCCUUUUUGUCAAACUUUUUUUUUUAGGGUGUUUAUGCCCUUUUGAGCACCACUUACUUGGCCUCCCCCUUAUUUCUGUUUAAAUCGCUCAUUAUUAUUUAAAAUGUACCUUUAGGAUCUUCCCCGCUCCAUUUGACAUUACUCCCUUCCAAUCUGUGGUUCAAUCAAAUGCGUCUUGUAGAGAAACACUUGAUUGGACUUUUUCACAGGCUCAGAGCGCAUGCACACUCAGGACUGGAAAGGGGAGGGAGGAUUUUUUAAUAUAGAUUUCUGCAAUGAAGGAAGGGAGAGAGGGCAGUGCACCCAGGGAGGGGAAAGAAGGUAAUUAUGUUCACUACCACUACUGACUACCAUUACUGACGACAGGCAUAUUUUUUGUACAGAAUUGACAUUUGAGAGUCCAGAAUGGUGUCCUGGGCUGUUAAAGUCACAUGUGCUCUGGGUGUAUCUAGCUGCUGGCACACAAAUAUAAAUAUCUCACUAUGUGUAGGGUUUCAAGCAGAAACACUGCACAUACAGAGUCCUACCACCAUGACCACUUCUAAAAGCAGAAGUAGCCAUGGUGGUUGAAAUAACCAUUUAAAACUCUGCAUGUGUGUGUGUUUUUUUAAAUUGGCUUGAAUAGGUUUAGCAGCUUUUUAAAUUAAACAAACUGCUGUCAACACCUGGUAAAAAAAAGAUCUGUCCAAAUGUAAAUUAUUCAGCUUUCGUUAUUCCACACUGGUAGCGUUAGCCAACAUUGAUAUAUCUUCCUCAUUAGUGAAGUAGUCAUGAGUCAUUAGUUAACUAUAUUCUUUUGUCCCGACUUCCCUCCUCUGACCAGAUUAAUUUUGACUUAGAGGGUUAAGCCCAUCUGUUAACUAUUUUAUGAAAUAUCUCUAUUUCCAUAUUCUUAAAUAUACUUUCUGAUGAGAAUAAAAGUCACAGCGGGCAAUACCUUAACCUUUUCUCAUUUUUGUACAAGCCCUAGUUUGGAAUAUACAAAGGUAUAGUUUGGCUUACUACGAUGUAGCAUAUUUAUUUUUGAGCAUAGAACUUUAUAAAAAGCCUACAGUUUACGUGAGUGUGCAGUUCAUUGUUUGGCAGUCAAAGAGUUAUUGACGUCUUGCCCUUGGCUUAAUAGGUGAAGCUCGAGCAAAUCACUUGUGAGCUAAUGGCAAUCUGCACUUGUGUAAACCUAUAAGAAAUUUGUCUGUUCACCCAUCUACAUUAUUUAUUAUUUUGCGCUGUAUCAAGUGACUGCAUGAUGAGGAAUCACCAUAAAGCUCUUGCAUUCCCCAUCCCUUUAAUGAGGGCCCUGGCUUGUAAUAUGGACAUUUUUUAAGCUUUAAAGCCAAGCAGAUGGUUUGUAGGCUGCAUUAACCAGGCUUUUACAAAACCAUCCCUGGGACUGCACAGCUAUAGAUCACGCAGAUAUUGAUGAUUUGCCAGCCUCUAUUCUUUAUGCUUCUUUUUUUAAAGAGAUUAUUAUACACACAGUCUGUAUAUCACAGAAAGCUUUGGUAAAAAUUUGCAAUGAAUAUGUGCUUUAGUCUAGUACUAAUUACACUGGCACUUGUUAAGCUGAUUUGGACCAUCUACUUUUGACUUAGAACUAUAUCAUCUCCUUAUACCUUAUCAAAGAGACAUUUAAAGGGAGGGGGUGAACACCAAAACUACUUCAAUAAGAUGGACCAGAUUUUUAGGCAUAAAUGCCACCCCAGUAAUUAAAACUUAGAUAAGCAUUGCAACAUAAGAGACAAUAUGCAUCGUCUCAGUACAAAACUCCAUAUCUUUAAAGAAAAGCAACAUAUUCACUCUAGCUUGCUGAUUAUUUAUAGCUUACCUUAUUCCCCCCUGCCUCUCUCUCGUGGUGCAGAAGGGGUUAAUAACUGGUAGACAGCCACUAGAAUAGGAGUUACAUAGUUACAUAGCUGAAAUGAGACGUCCAUCAAGUACAGCCUUCCUCACAUUUGUUUUUGCUGUUGAUCCAAAAGAAGGCAAAUCCCUUGUUGACCCCAGAAUGGCAGUCAGAUUUAUCCUUGGAUCAAGCAGCUAUAAAAACUACAAUAAUUAGACGCUCUGGUUUAAGGGUGAUGGGAGUUUGCACCCAGACCACUUCAAUGAGCUGAAGCGGUCUGGGUGCCUACAGUGUCCCUUUAAUGUAGUGUGUGCACUGACCAGCAUUAGGAAUGGGCUAGUUUUGCAGUUUGCAGAAUCUCAUUUUACUUAGUAUCCGUUCCAUCACUCUCUGGGCUUGGGAGUCUAUCCAGUUCAGAAAAUCUCAUUCCACCCCUGACACUGACAGUCACAUGAAUGGCCGCUGUCUUCUUUCAUUGUCUGUGCUAAACCGUCAUCCUGCAAUCAAUGUUACCUUGGCAAACAAUGUAAGGUCAGAGGAUUAAGAGACAUCAGAGAGACACAAUCUCUUUAGAUUGGCUUUUACCUGCUACAUCAAAGUGUAUAAUAAAUAAUUAAACAAUGGGCCUGGGCAUGCAAUAGUUAUUUAACCCCUUAAGUACCAGUGAUGACCCAUGUCAUCAUAAUCUGUUUUAAGAACCCAUUUUCAAACUGGAAAAACCCACAUUUUGGGCUGUUUCAGGGCUGUAUAGAGAUUGUGAUACUAAAUCAGAUAAUCAUUCCAUGCUGCCAUUAUGUAUUCAGGGACCCAGAUGUGAUGACGGCAAAGUGUCAUAUUUGGUCCUUAAAGGUGUUGAACGUGUAGACUUAAUAACUGUUUAGGCGUCAAGUCUGAAAACCAAUCAAAACAAGCCGUAAGGAACAUCAAAAAGUAUUUUGUUUUUUUUCUAUUUACUAAUUGACUAAUGAAUAUCUGCCCCGUGCAUCCAUUGUAUUUUGUAAAAAGCAAAAACUCUCCAAACUAAAAACAAAUGAUUUUGUUGCUGCCAGGCAGUUCUAUAAUAUUGAUCGACUGCUGCUAAAUGGCUGUGAGUGGUUGGAGUAAUAACCCAGUGAGCUUCAGGCUGCCUAUCCCAGCGUCUUUUAUUGGCCCAUAGCCCAGUCGUAAUCAGUUUAUCAUUGCUUCAUACCCUCAGUGAGCUGGUAGACUGUGUGCUAGUCUCUAAGGAAACUGGGACAAAGUUCACUACAAACUAGGAUAUGCUUUCAAAGGGAUUUUGUUUGAGAAAGGAAAAAAAAGUCAGCAUAAAAAAAAAAUGGAUAUCUAAAGAUUAAAAGUUUGGUGUGAAGCAAAAUGCACCCCAUUAGCUGGAACGUACUCUGUCCCCAGGUAAAUGGGACCCUGCGCCAAUGUUAGUUAAUGCUUAGCACAUUAAAACAUGACUUAUCAUGAUCACAAAUAGACUUUUUGCAGAUUGGGAUUUUAUAUUAAAGGACCACUAUAGGCACCCAGACCACUUCAGCUUAAUAAAGUGGUCUGGGUGCCAGGUCCAUCUAGGAUUAACCCUUUCUUCUAUAAACAUAGCAGUUUCAGAGAAACUGCUAUGUUUAUAAUAGGGUUAAUCCAGCCUCUAGUGGCUAUCUCAUUGACAGCCGCUAGAGGCGCUUCCGCACUUCUCACUGUGAUUUUCAUAGUGAGAAGACGCCAGCGUCCAUAGGAAAGCAUUGGGAAUGCUUUCCUAUGUACUGGCUGAAUGCGCGCGGGGCUCCUGCAGUGCAUGCACAUUCAGCCGAUGACGGCGAUCUGGAGGAGGAGAGGAGGAGGAGAGCUCCCCUACCGGCACUGGAGAAAGAGAUAAAUUUAACCCCUUCCACACCCUAGAGCCUGGCGGGAGGUGAGCCCUCAGGGCACUAUAGUGGUCCUUUAAUCUCUGAAUUAUCCCGUUCAUUUUCAGAUCUUCACCCAUGUAAAUGAAUGAUUUUGUGUUUGGACUCUCUAGGGCAGUGAUGGCGAACAUUUUUGAGCCCGAGUGCCCAAACUGCAAUAUAAACCAUCUUUUUUUCCUCAAAGUGCCAACACUGCAAUUAUACACACUGACACACGAAUACUCACAGAUACAGACACUCACAGAGACACUAACAGAUACACAAACACACACACACACUCACAGAUACACACACACUCAUAGAUACACACUGACACUCACAGACACACACACACACACUCACUGAAAGACACAGAGUGACUGACAGACACACACUCUCAUACACACACAUUAACUGACAGACACACACUUAUACACAUUUCCCCCAACACUCACAAAUUACUAUUAUAUAUAUAUUUUUUAUUUUAAUUUAACUCCACCCAGCCUCUGUGGGAGAACUGGAUUCUUCACCUGGGGUCCAGUGGGGCUGCAGGGGCUGCUUGUGCUGCUGAAGAGGCAGGCAGUGGGCGAACUGGCAGAGUAGGCAGCAAGGAAGCUAUGAUCUAACUGAUCAUAGAUCGUGCGCCGCUGAGUGAUGCUGGGACCCAGUCUAACGUCAUAUUCUGGCUACCAGCAUCACUAAGCGGCGCGCGCAGGAGCUGAGCAGUUAGAGCUAAGGCUACAGCACUCCCUCGCCGCCUGACCGCAAAUCAAGUCAGCUCUUGGGUACUCGAGGAUACGAGGCUAACAAUGCAGUGCCGCCCAAGGCAAAUGCCUUGUUAGCCUCGCAGUGAAUACACCGCUGGACACCCUACCGGCGACCUAUGGCCGUGUGCCCACAGAGAGGGCUCGGCGUGCCAGCUGUGGCAUGCGUACCAUAGGUUCGCCAUCACUACUCUAGGGCCUCUGAGAGUUGAGGACACUCCAUAGUGAGAUGCAGAAUGCUGCUGAUCCUGGGUGGAACUCAGUGUUGCUGACAGUACAUGCUUCAUUUUGCUGCAGAACCCAAGUCUUACUAAAACCUCUAGAAUGUGAGUUCCUAUGAGCAGGGCCCUCAACACCCUCUGUUCCUGCGUUCAACUCAUUUUGUUUGCAAAUACUUGUCUGUUAGUCCACCUAUUGUAUCAUGCUGCAGAAUUUAGUUUGGCCCUUUAGAAAUAGAAAUAAUAAUGAUAAUUAUUAUUAUAAAUCAGUUCAUAUCUAGUAUCUGUUCUGCUGUAUUAGCUGUACUGUAAAAUAGGACCCACAUCUACACUGUCUCCUUUUGGGCACUUUCUGUUAUACAAAGCACAUAUGGGAAUGGCAUUUUAUCUUGCUGUAGAAAGAAGACCGUAGUACUACAAUGAGGAAAAGGCAAGUAAGAUAAAGAGUACUGCACUAAUGCACACAUUUCUAACGCCCCUCUAGACAAAGUGUAGGUAGCCUUCGACACUCCAAAUGUUGUGGACUACAUCUCACCUAAUACUUUGGCAGCAUAAUGACUAUAAGAGCAUUAUGGGAGACAUAGUCCACAAUAUCUGGAGAGCCGAAGGUUGCCUAACCCUGAUAUAAACCACCCACAACCCUCAACUUCCUGACCUCAAAGAAUAAGUGCUGGAAGGCACCAGGCACUUAAAAUGGCAUCCACCACAGUCUUUAUAUGCCACUGAAUAAUUCCUAAUUUUAUUUACCGAAGUUCUUUUUCAUUUUUGCCAUGACGCCCUGUGUUUACUUGUCAUCGUCCUGAAUUUGUUUCCGCAGUGAUUUUUUUUACUAUUACAGCAAACCUUUCCGUACAUGGCAGAAGCAUUGUUAGAUCCAGCUAAUCAAUUGAUUAAAACCACACUGUCCUAACCGGUGCACUAUCUUAAAACAUUUAGUUUGUGCAAAAUCAAGUACAAUGCUUAUUACUGCAGAAAACUGUUCAAAUCAAACAAGUUACCUCGAGCCCUUUUAUGUUCUUCUGGAACUCAAAGUUCACAGAGAUCUCUAAACAGCCAACCCUAUCAUUAACCAUGCUGUGGCGUUACAGCAAAAUAACCACUGACCUCAACAUAUCAUUUAGACAAUUAUGUAGAACCUGUUGCUAUCACAGUGAGUGGCAAAAAAGUGAGAAUAAAACCUGUCUUGUAGACUUUAAUAAUACAGUAAAAAAGACCUUGCCAGAUCAGAUGUUCAGAACUAUAACUGGUUGGUCUCUCAAUCUUGACAAACCCUUAGAAUAGUAGAAAAAUUAAUAUGGUCUUACGCAUUGUAGAAUUUUUAAAUAAUAAAUGAAUGUAAUAUAUUCUGUUGUCACUGGAUUCCAGAAAAGAAAAUACACUUGGAUCUUAAAUAUACCUAUCUGGCUAAAAAAUGAAAGCAUUUGUUCUGAUUCACAAUAUUUAGAGGCAAAAGGCCCAUCAUGCAUCCCGGAGCAAUAUGUGUUCUAUAAUACUAUUGGUGUGAGAGGGGAUGUAUUAAAAUUAUAUUUCCUAAAGAUUUUAAUGGCUUCAGUGAAAACAAUACAGUGACACUUAAAAGAUAAAAUACUCUCCAUCCUACAACUGUCCUACCUCUCCUAAUUCUUAAACUUCCAGUUCCCUUGAUCUCUCUCAGACCCGCUACACUCACACAUAACACCCGCUGCACCCACACAUAACACCCCCACUUUUUUUUUCUCACAUGCCCUAUACACGCCAUGUGCACUACACAUGGGAUAGAAUACGCCUGACACAGGGGCCGACUGGUCAGGGUCUCUUGAGCAAAAGAGCGGGCGGGAAUACAGAAUGGAACACCGGGCCCGUAGAGAAAGGCUGCGGAGCUACUAUAGGGAGGCAUAACGGGCACAUCGGCCAACCGGUCCAAUAGACAUCCAACCGAUGUUACAGUCUUGCUCACGACAGAAUCAUACAGCAUAGGAUGAAACAGGCAAAGAUAGGAACAAACACCCUAGGAUGACUGCCUCCUGUACAAGACACUAAGACACAUAACCCAGAGAAAAUAAACUUAGGUGCCAACCUCGGCCACAACACCGGACAUUAACCUAGCUAAGACCCUACUGCCCAAAACAAGGACCUGGCCUAGAUCAAUACACCCACAAAACGCUGACUAGAAGGGUGGUAUAGGUUGGACAGUACGGCAUAGGGGCACAAACACGCACUCCCUAAUACAACACCAAUAGAAAUAGUUUAACCUUGGCGUAAGGGCGAGAUAACCUAGACAGUCCAGAUAGAUGGACGAUGUUGACUUGUUUAUUUCUUGUUAUGUAUCGCAAAUGGAUCCAAUUGUGACACGUUACCUUGUUAUGAUCCUGUUCUCCUACAUAUACCUCUGAAACAAUUGUCAACGCUGUUGAAGCACAAAUGGUUUACAUGCUUUUAUAAUGCCAUAUAAAAAAAAUAAAGAUAGUAAAAAAAAAUAGAUUUUUUUGUAAGACUUUGUCACUAAAUAUUAUUUUUCUUUUGCACAUAUUUUUAUAUUAGUGGUCCAAUAGGUAUACCAAAAUGUUUCCUAGGAUGCUACAAAAAGUAAAUGUACAGCAGACAGUCAUACCUAUUAGGUCUUACAGGGACACUAUAGGGGGGCCCUUCAAUGCCCCCCCUCCCUUUUUAACCCUGCUGUUUGAAUCAGCCAGCCUUUUUUAACCCUGAUGAUCUCUGCAGAACAUAAACCAUUUAAAUCGCAUGGUUUAAAUACCUCUAGUGGCUGUCAUUCAGACAGCUAGUAGAAGCGCAAGAGAUAAUCUGAUUGGUGCAGCAUGGCGUUUUGUCGUGCUUACGCUCUAGCCUCCCAAUACUCAGUAAUACUUAAUAAGAAUUGGAUUUGCUGAGCUAAUCGAUCUCGAUAAUCUCAGCCAAGGAGGCAGGAUAGCAGUGCCGAAUCCAGCGCUGGAAGAGAGAAAAAGGUAAGUGAUUACCUUUUUUUUUUCUUCAGGUGGAGGCUGUGGAUCUAAAUGACCACCAGAACACUAUAUAGCGUUAGGAAUACAACUGUGUAUUCCUAACGCAAUUGUGUUCCUUUAACUUGUUAAAACAGGCGUGAGCAAAAACAUGCCAAACAGAAUCAUGCAAUGGUGCAGGAAUACCGAAGGAGUGAAAUGCGAGGAUAUCUAGAAACCAGUCAAGGACCCAAAACGAACAUUUCAUUAGCUUGAUGACUCAUUCUUCAGUUGUAAAAUUAGCUCUGUGACCUACUUUUUGAGAGGAAUAUAAUCUAUGCUAAGAUAAAUUCUGCAGGACAUCUUUCCAGUGGCAAAUGGGUUCUCCUAAGCACCAGGGAAUGCAUUGUGCUACCAUAAGCAAUUUCCGGUAUACUGUUCCUUAAAGCACAAUAGAAGGAAUACCCAAUUCUGGGUCCUGACCCAAGUCUUAUGAAAGACUGGUAUGAAUGUUUAUACUGUUCUAGGUCUUCUACACAAUAACAUCCAUCAUGCAUUAUAGGCCUUUAAUCAUAGAAGUUAUUUUAAUCUAAUUAAUACCGAUUAUAUUUCAGUCACCCUGACUUGAAAAGUCAGCUCUCUGCCAUGUCUGUAUUUGUACGUGUUUUAUUAAUCCUUGGUUUCACUGGGAAUAACACUAAUUCUCAGAUAUUUGCACAAUGCUGUUCUGGCUCGAUUUACUGAUGUCGGAUGCAGACAGUAUUCUGUCCUUGCAUUAUGCAUUUAAUUCCUAAAAGAUACAAAAUGUCUCCGGCUUGGAGUCACUCAUUGUGUGUAAAUGCAUUCGCAAUUUCCAUUUAAUGUUCCUUACGAUCCUUUAUCUUAAGUGCAGGCUGCUUUACAAUUGAUAAGUGAACGCAAAAUUUUAGUCAUGGUUUUAAAGACAGGUAACGGUGCUAUAUUUAGCCAUCUAUAUUUAGGGGUAUAAUUGAACUGAGUGGGUGACACUUGUAAGGAAUAAAAAAAUACGUGAAACUCCUAAGUACGUUUGUUGCAGUGGCGUCAAUGAUUAUGGUUGCACAUAGUGGUUUACUUACUAAACAGUGGAUUCCCCCCCCCCCUUUAUUGAUAAGGACUACAUUUUGAACUAUGUUGUCAGCACAUCACAAUUCACUGUUAAGUGAAUAUACCCCACUGUGUCUUAUUUUUAGCACUGCAUCUUAUUCGCCUCACAUGGGAACAAUCGCUUGCCUUCAGUAACAGUAAAACCUUUGCUUUUGCAAGAGACGCUUUAGGACAUUAGACAGCAGUGCUAUUUGCAGAGGUUAUUUUGUGUAUUUACGCGCACUUGUUUGGGACAUGUUUGAGUUUCCAGUCACUGUGCCUGUUUGUUACUAUAUGCAUUGAAGGCAGGGGGAAUAAAAAAAAAAAAUCUUUGGGAUCCUGGCAGAUAAUAGCCAGCUAGCCAGCUACCAGAAGUCUAUAAUUGCGUUUGUUUCCUUUCGCUUACACCAUCAGAAUUUUUUCAAGUCUACUCACGUCACUGAAACCUACAUAAGCAAUUACUUGAAUUGUUUGUCAAUAAAGAGGUUUUUUUUUCUUUUAUCAUUUGAGAUGCAUAGUAACAACCUCAUCAGCGUACAAAGGAAAAUGCUUGCGCGUUCGGAGAAACUAGUACUUGAUACACUCGUGAAACUGUAAAAUAAAGUGUAUCUGAGUAUAAAACAUUGCACUCUGAUACACUCUUGAAACUGUAAUAUAAUUACACAGGUAAUAGACAACCAGAGUCCAAUAUUUAAUCCUCGGAGCUCAUCAAAGUCGAGCAACCCAGGGUUAUCCACAUUAAUCCAUUAUUUGAAGACACUGUACAAUAAAAAUGAUGCAGAGAGAUUAAAAGGACACUCCAUUGUUAAAAAGAAAACUAUAUGUUUAGUACAUAUGCCCACAAACAAAACAUGCAUGCAUAUAAUUAUACAUUUUAUUUUCAUUGGAGGUAGAUCUAAAAGCAGCCUUUGCAAGGGGUGGGUUUAGAAGGGGGUUCUAAACCCACCCAAACUUUAUUUGUCUCAAAUGAAGCUCAGUGGGAAGUCUUUGCAAGGCAGGAUUAGCUCCAUUGAGCGAACCAAACAAGGAAGUAACAGGACCAGUUGUCUGACAGCCAGGGGGUGUAACAACAAUUUGUACAUUAUAAACAAAAAAAAGAGGACACACUUUUUACAAGCAAAGCACAAGCUAAAGUGCUUUAGACCUGGUAGUGUCCCUUUAACAUUGCCUCAAUGUGGAAACCCUGUCCAUACAACCGUGAAAAAUACAUAUCGUUUAGCAUCUAUAAAUGUUAGUGUUGCUGUUUACUGAGCUCAAACAUUCUAAAUCACACACAUACUUAUAUGUGUAUGUAUGUAUAAUAUAUAGAUACACAACACAAUUUAAUUAGAUAACGUUUUAGUUGAUAUUAACAUAUCUUUUAUGCAACCAUAUAUAUUGGGGCAGACUACAGGAUGUGUCAGAAACAUAUUUAAUAAUAGGUCUGUUUUUUGGAGGGGGAUUAAUUCUUUAGUAUUUAAUAAUAUAUUUUAAAAAGACCCUUAGCCAAGCGCUAAUGGCGUAGCCAUAGCAUGCAGAUCUGACAAUCACUGACUUAGUUACAGGGUUUUUUUUUUGUUAUUUUGUUUUUGUCUGUGAAUUGAAACUACACACUGCAGUGUUACCACGGAGAUGCAUCAGUGGAUACAUUUGUCUUUUGGCUAUUUAUGCCAAACAUGUGACACACAAUUCACAAACACAACUCUUUAUAUACUGCCAUUUUCUCAUCAUCAUAAGAAAGGCAGAGUGGUUGAAUUUGUUAUAUGAUUAUCUGUUCUUAAGACAGAUUUAUGUGCAAUUGUCAUUUCUUAUAGAAUGGAAGAAUAUAAUACGUAUAUUUACAGAUCGUAAAAAUAUGCACAAAUUACUGGUUUUGUUUUGUUUUUUAUCUGAAGAAAAUUUGGAAUUGCAUUGUACAAGUGCCUGCAUUCAAGCCAAAUGUUUUCCUUUUCUUUGUUAUUUUUUUCAUUUAGUCAAGAUUCUGUUGGCAGCUAGAAUCACACUGCUCUGGGUAGUUCAAAAUAUGAAGCAUCCUCCAGUCUUGUUUUACACAUACACCUCCUGCUUUACGUAAUGCAAACAGGCAGUGAGAUUGAAGAGGAAACAGCCAGUGUAGGUACCAGCUGCUUUCUGUAAUUAGAAAGAUAUAUUUAGCUGUGUUCCCAGAGCAGAGAGCUGAGUCCUACACACUCUAUCCAUCUCUGUGCUUUGCAAGAAAGGAGGGAGCAGGGAUGUGGUGCAAAAAGCUCACUUCUAGACAUCCUUCUAGAUUUGUGAGUACUAGAAGCUAGUUUAAUGCAUUAGACUAGCCAAUAUCCAUCCAUUCUUCCUUCCUUCUUCUUGCCCUGAGUUUUUGUGGCAUUUAUGCCAGUGUUGUUAAAAUGACUAAUACAAAUUCUCAUCGAAGAUUUGCGUUAACGUUUUCUCACUGUUAAUGAGAAACCGUAAAUUUGCCUAUAAUUAGAUUUCCUGGCACCUUUUUCACGCACUGUUUUAGGUGCAAAGAAUGCUGUAAACACUUUGAACUUCAUACAUUUUCUAAUUGAAGACUCCUUCGUAAGAUGCUUACACUUUUUGAAAACCGCGUUUGUAAUUUUAUAUAUAUUUUUUUAACAAGCAAUAAUACAUUUGUUGACCUUCAAAAUAUAGUAGAAAAAGUGUGUGUAAUGGAAUAUGUCGUUCACAAAUAUUUAUGGUGCCAAGGUGAUCCAUUGCUGAUGCAAACAAUAAUUUUGUGCUUGAUAAGGAAAAAUAAAAUCUCCGUUUCACAAAAUAUAGAGUUACAUGAUAAAGUAUAAAGCCCAUUUAAGUGAGUGUAUUUCACCACCAAGCAUUAAUUAAAGCUUGCAUGUCUGUAGCUAAUUGACCAAGAAUAUAUGCCCAUAUUUCAAAAACUCAACUAUAUUAUGUUUUUAAAAAAAUAAUAUUUAUUAUCUCCUAAUCACCAGAGCCCAUUUGUAUUCUUACUGAACUGUCACAGCACUUUAAUAAGUGGUCCUCACAGCACUAGUCCUCUGUAGAAUGCUAACAAAAAGGAAUUGACUAUUUGAAAUUAUAUUAUGUAAUUUUCAUUUUCGUCUUCGGAACUCCUUAUUAAUCCCACACAAUAUGUUCACCCGUUGUCUGAGAAGGAUUAAGAGGGGCCUAAACAGGGUACCGGAUUGACAUUCAAAUAGUUAUGGUGAAUAGCCAUAGCAAUAUAAUGGUUCCAGGGACCCUGUCUAAACCCUGGGCCCUAGGCAGCUGCCUAGUGUCUGUCACUUUAUGGUUAAGCUCUGUGUAUUGACAUACAUGUGUUUUGUUACAUUAAAAUCAGGAUUAUAACAUGUAAUUUAGAACACUUCCUUUAUACUCUCCGGUUGUAUAUUUUUAGGUAAUAGAAAGGAUCUUUGAUGAAAUCCCUGCUGAUCUAAACAAAAGAACAGUAAAUUAUGCACACAGAUUACUUAUCCCACCAGAUUCUACUAUUAUAGAUAAAUUGCCCUAGGUUGUGAUAUCAUAUGCUUAUAUGUUUUUCUGUAAUAUAGAAUGUCAAAAAAGGAACAAUAAAGGGAGAUCUGUUUGUCAAUCAGCAUCUCCUCAUAGAUAUGCAUUGAAUCCCUGCAUCUCCAUGGGGAGCAUUCUGCAUCUCCAUGCAGUGCGUGGAGGUAGCACCUCUAGUGGCCAUCUAAGUGACUGCAACUAGAGGUGUUCCUAGGCAAAGUGCUUACAUUAAAAAGCCUGCAGGGACAGGCUGUAGACACCAGAAAAACGACAUUAAGCUGUAGUUGUUCUGGUGACUAUAGUGUCUCUGCAGUUUAAUUUUUGUCUCAAUUUCAAUCGUGUCAUUGAGGAAGGUUGACAUCAUUAAUUAAGUGUUCUUGCAUAGCAAGACCACUUAAUGUUAUCUCACAUAUAUAUUAUUCUUAUUCUUAUUAUAGCCAAAUUUACCACCCUAACUCCUCCCACAGUUUUUACACUACAUAGACAGUUAUAUACCGAAACGUGUGGAUUGUUCCAGAUGGGAUUGCUAUUACUUUGUGGAACGUUUCGCCGGAUGGUUCACGGAAUAUCGUCUUCUUGUGGCGAAAUUAGUCCCAUAGGAAUGAAUGGCAAAAUGUUCAAAACUAGAGUGGGAGCUGGCAAAAGCUGAAAAAUCAGGACAUGAUUUCUAAACUGCCACCACUCUUCACCACACCUCCACCACACUUCAGAGACAUACUAUGCAUCAAAAUGUAGGUCUGGGUCUUGUGAUUCUCACAAUAUAAAGCUCUUCGCUGUAGGAUGUAUCGUUUCUGAAAUACGACCGUUUGAAGAUGGCAACCACCAAAAUACUCUGACCUGUGCCAGGCUGCAGCAGCAAGUGAUGUCAUAGACAGGGCCUUUUGUACACCUGCUAAUGUUUUUAUAAAUGUAUGUUUUAAUGUAACUGUGAAGCACUUUGGGCAACAACGUUGCAAUUAAAUGUGCUAUAUAAAUAAAUAAUAACAGUUACUCCGCCCACUCCAGUUGUAGACUACUGGUGGGGGCAACACUUCACACAAUUUCCCCAGAAAUUGUAGCUUUUCUAGUUAACAAUGCUGUUUGGAUGAUAGAGGUCACAGAGGUACAGGACUCUGAGCUUUGCAAAUUGCUUUUGUGAAUCCUGUCUCACCAGUGGCCAGUGUACUGUACAAUGUAUUAGUUACGUACAGGUAGAUACUUUAUUUAUAGGUAUAUAAUGUUUGUAUUGUAUUGCGGGACACCACUUUACCCAGCCUGGCCACUCAGUGAAAGACCUAAAAAUCAAAGUACUAAAAGGGGGUUUUAAAAAUACCCAAGAAAGAAAAACCUUUGAAGCCAGAAUGAUCAAAUUGUUUAACAGCAAGAAUAGAGGACUAAAUAUUGAUUUGGGUUUAUGCGUUUGUGUGUGUGUGUGUGUGUAUAUAUAUAUAUAUAUAUGUAUAAAGUGUAUCAUCUUCUGCACUGUCUGCUUUUUUUUUAAUCUCCCUCUCCCCCCUCACUCUGAUCUUCAGAAAGAUAUUUAUGACCCUCUGCAAGAAGGUUGUCUAUUUUCUAUCAAACCUUAUCUGCACUCAUGUAGCUUUAGCCCCUGAAUUCAACUUUGAAUUCUAUGUGUCGUCUUGCUCAGAAAUGCUUCAGAUUUGAGAAAGGGAGGUUCUCCCAAAAGCUUGUCAUUAAAAAAUUCUAUAUAGACAUGUAGAUACAUAGAUACAUAGACAGGCUUAGCACAAUAUAUCCCUUCUAAUUUUUGUCAGAAUAUGCAAGGCACUGUGCUGUAUAUUCCCAGGUAUGAAUGUUUAAUCAAGGUAAUGACAGAAAUGUUUAACUGAGCGUUGUGUUUGUUCAUUUAAAUAUCAGAUUUAAUCGAUCUAAUAGCAUGUCUUCUCAGCCCUGCAUGGUGUGAUCUAAUGUGCAGCGACAAACCUAAUUUAAAUUGAUCAUCUAAAUCUAUGAUUUUUUUUGAUUUUUUUUAGCACAGCUUUAAAUCAGAUUUACAUUCUUAUCUAAGCACAAAUUGAUCAAAGAAAAUAUCUGCAUUUUUUUCAUUAGAUUGAAUGGGGAUCAUAGAAAAUGUUUUUUUUUUACAAACGUUUAAAAAAAAUUUUUUUAAAAAAAAUCAAACAAAAUAUUGAAUUCAAUGUAAAGUUUAUGGUGAUAGGACUGGUAAAAUUAAUAUAGACAUUAGCGAAUAUCGUUCACCACAAGGAGAAUACGCAUGGUAACAAGACAGAACUGAACACAUGGACAUUUUUACAUUUUAUUAUUAUUAUUAUUAUUAUUUAUUAUUAUUAUUGUCAUUUAUAUAGCACCACCAGAUUCUGUAGCGCUUUACAAUAUUAUGAGAGGGGGGAUGUAAAUAUAAAUAGGACAAUUACAAGAAAACUUACAGGAACAAUAGGUUGAAGAGGACCCUGCUCAAACAAGUUUACAGUCUAUAGAUUUUAAAAAGAAACUAAAUCACUGUAUUAUAAAUACAGAUUAUUACUGUUGUUGCUUUUCUGUAACGUGACAAGAUGCAUAUUAGAUUUGAGAUAUACUAUUUACAUCAUAGAGGAUCUGGACAUAAGUGGCUUGAAGUAUCUUCUAAGUUUGUGAAACUCAGCACUGGUACUUGCGAUACUUUACGUACGUGCUAAUCCAAAAGAUACAGCAUCACCUCUAAUGUCAAUGAUGGAUGUCAUAGAGGCGUUUAAAUCAGUGAGAGGAUCAAAAGUGUGUUAAUCUACUGGAGUCAUUCAUUAGGACAAGAAUAGAAAUGGCUUUUCAGAACUAGGUAGAUUUUAAGCUGAAAAAAUGCUGAAUAAAUGUGGAUGCUUAAAAUACCCUUCUCUAACUACAUAACCAGUUGCUAACCAGAUCUCACUGGCUGCACGUCAUCUCCAACACACAGGAGUUUAUUUAUAAAUCAAUUCAUUGAAAAAUGUGGGCCAAAAUUACUCCUAAAAUACUAUAACAACAACUUGGCUAUUUUGGCCUGAAAUUUUUAAUUAGUUUAUCACGAAGGUUUUCAGUUGAGGGAAUAAGCCUACAGUUUUAGAUGAUUCUUGUACUGUUGAUACCAGAUAUCCCAAACCGAUUGUUGGGGUUAGAAAAAUGAAUCCAAAGUGUGGCUGGUGGAGUUUGUUAUGAUGUAUUAAAUGAUAAAUGUAGAAGAAAACUAAUUUUCACAAGAAAUUGAUAAUCUCACUAAAUAACAUUUGUACAGGGCACUUAGGCCUUUUUUUUGCGCAAGAAUAUCAACCCGCCUCAGAAAACAAUACAUAAAAUGCAUAUACUUUAAUAUUUGCCGCAUUUAACCAUUUUACCAGACCUGCGACUCCCAUAAUGCUUAGCUAGAGAACUACCAUUUUGACUGUCCCUGUUUUGAUAGGUAUGUUACUUAUUGAAAAAUGGGGCUGAUAUGUUGUUAAUAGGAUAUGCUAUUUAUUUUUCAUCAUUUGAUGUUUUAUUCUUUUUUUUUUUCUUUCCCAGGAGCCUGGAGAGGGGAAUCUUUCACUGGACUUCCCUGAGAUUGAUCUGUCCCAGUUGGAUGCAAGCGAUUUUGACUCUAACAGCUGCUUUAAUGAGUUGCAGUGGUGUAAUAAUCACUCUGAAAACGAGUCCAGCCAAUACAGCACUGACGACUCCGAGCUGUUCCAGGUAUGUCCAGAUCUUCUCUUUUUAGUUUAGGAUUUCAGCAUUUUACUCGGAAGCCUGUUUUGGUUUCAGGUCUACUGGGGACAUCUAUUAGUAGUUAUGAAUAAACAGCAGUGAACGUUUAUAUAUUUUUAAAUAAAUCUCAAUGUAUCAUGUGUUUCAUUUUUUUUUUCUUGCCAUAUUUAGUAACAAAUUCCCAUUUAAUUUGUUGUGAUGUUUUUUUGUUUUGUUGUUUUGUUUCAAAAGAAAAUCUUUAAAAUAAAAAAACCUUGCUCUAGUACUCAUCGCUCUGUUUACGUUUACAUCAUUGGUUCAGGGGUUGACUCAGACAAUAAACAUGAUGAAUCUGUCCAGACACAAGAUAUGUGCUGAAAAGAGUUCUCAACAUAGUCCUUAUGGUGUCUUAUUCAAUACGAAAAACAUUGGGGGAACUUUUAGAUGGUCUCACAUUGUAAGAUGGGCAAGUCAGGACUCGCUGAUCUUCUCUCAGAGAAACCAUUAAAAAAGAUAUUACACAUAAAUUCAUUGUCUCUCUCUCUCUCUCUCUUUCUCUAUCUAUCUAUCUAUAUAUAUAUAUAUAUACACACGCACGCACGCAAACACACACAGACUUCAGUACGUGUGUUUUUAAAAUACCUGGUCUAGGUUAAAAAUAGUGGAGAUUUAAUUAUAGUUUAGUUACUCAGUACUCCACUAAUAUUAUAUUUUGUUGUCUUGACCGUUCCUUAAGUAGCACAUCUGUAAUAUUUGAUAGACUGUAGCAGUGGUUUCAAAUGACUGCAGGGAGUUUGGAACCUGGGUACCACUAGUCUGCCCCUAGCACAAAAUGUGAAAAGUUAAGAGGUCAGCGCUAAUAAUAAUAAUAAGGAAUAGGUAGGCAGCGGCCUAGCAGAGGGUAACCCUCUAGCAUAAGAGUAGAAAAUAACAACAGUAGUGCAAGGCUGCGCCAAAAUGUAUCAAUGUAGACUUAUAGGAAAUAAAAACAAGUAUAUAGAUAGAGCAUAUAUAUAAAAAAUAUAUGUAACCUGCCCCUAGCACAAGCCAUCUUUCUGGACAAUAAUUCAGGUUUGAAAUGAAAUUGUACUUGAGUCAGACAGAAGCAUUGUUUUUCCUCUACACAGAAUAAUCAAUCAAUUCUAUUUUGAUGUUCUCUUAACCCCAGAGUCAACUUUCAGCAGCUCAUCCAGUGGGGGUUUGGGGAAUCAUAAACAUGAAAGAUUUGGGAAGUAAACAUAAAAUGUAAGCGUACUGUUUAUUUCUUUUUCAGCUUUAAGUGAUAAUAUUUCAGGAUCUAAAACAGUGUAGUACAAUAUGUCUCAUGUGAACAGCUAAUAAAAUUGCCACGAGCUUACUGAGAUUUUUCUGCCUACUGUGAAUAUUUUAGUACUAUUUAGGUACACUAUAUGGACAAAAGAAUUGGGGCACCUGACCAUUACACCAACAGUGACUUUUAUGACAUCGCAUUCUAAAUACAUUGGACAUUAAUAUGUACUUUGCACCCUUUUGCAGUUCUAAACUCUUCUGGGAAGGAUUUCCACAAGGGUUUGGAGAGUUUUUGUAGGAAUAUUUGCCCAUUCAUCCAGUAGAUCUGGAUUAGAUCUGAGACUGAUGUUGGAGAAUACGUCCUGGCUCGCAGUCUCCAUUUCAUUUAAAGGAUCACUAUAGUGUCAGGAAAACAAACCCAUUUUCCUGACACUAUGACAUCCUUGGGGGACCCUCACCCUCACGGUCCCCCUCCCGUGGUGCUGAAGGGGUUUAAAAAACUUUAAAUGUUACUUGACCAACUGCAUUGUGCAAACUGUAAAGUUUGGUGGAGGAGAGUCAAGUGCAGGCCAGUCAAGUUUUUCCACACCAAACUCAUCUAACCAUGUCUUUAUUGACCUUGCUUUGUGUACUGGGACAGUCAUGCAUGAAUAGAAAAAGACAAUCCCCAAACUGUUCCCACAAAGUUGGAAGCAUAGCAUUGUCCAAAAUGUCUUGGUAUGCUGAAGCAUUAAGAUUUCCCUUCAUUGGAAGUAAGGGGCCUACCAUAACUCUUAAAAAACAGCCCCAUAUCAUUAUCUCUCCUCCACCAAACUUUACAGUUUGCACAAUGCAGUCGGUCAAGUAACGUUCUCCUGGCAUCCACCAAAAGACUCAGACUCACCCAUUAGACUGCCAAACAGAGUAGCGUGAUUCGUUACUCCACAGAACACGUUUCCACUGUUCCAGAGUCCAGUGGCAGCAUAAUUUACACCACUUGAUGGCAUUGUACUUGGUGAUGUGAGGUUUGAAUGCAGCUGCUCGGCCAUGGAAAUCACUUCCAUGAAGCUCACUGUUUUUGUGCUGAUAUUAAUGCCAGUGAAAUUUUAGAAGUCUUCAGCUAUGGAAUCAGCAGAUCGUUGGUGACUUUUACUCAUCAUGUGUCUCAGCAUUCGGUAACCCUGCACUGUGCAUUUACUACGUCUUCUGCUGAGUUGCUGCUGUUCCUAACACUUCCACUUUCCAGUAAUACCAUUUACAGUUGACAAUUAAAUAUUUAGCAGGGAUAAAAUGUCACGAACUGACUUAUUGCAAAGGGGACAUCCUAUCACAGUACCAAGCUUGAAUUCACUGUGCGAACCCAUUUUUUUUCACAAAUGUUUGUAAGUGCAAGCUGCAUGGGUAGGGGCUUGAUUUUUAUGCACCUGUGGCAAUGGGUCUGAUUGAAACAUUUGAAUUGAAUAAUUAAGAGGUGUGAGCCAAUACUUUAUGGUGCAUUUCUCAAGGCCAUUAACUAUUGGCGAACAAAAGAUUGAGAUUCAGUAGAGCAUGUACAGUUAUUUUUUUAAACUUUUGUAAUGUUUAUGGUUAAUCACUUUGUAAGCUCCAGCUGUUGAGUACAAAAGUAUACUCCAAUAUUUACGGAAUACUCAAAACAUUAUUUACCUCUCUGCAUAUUUGCUGGUGUUUUGGUUAUGCAUAGGAGUAAUAUAACCGUAAACGCCUUACAGGUAUUUGGGUGUUUUGUACGUACUCGCAUGACCAUAUAUGUACAUAGCAUAAGCAUUCUUCCUAUGUCAUAGGCCACUCCCAUUUUUUGAGAAUUAAUUGAAUAUUGUAAAAGAGGUAGCAGCAAUUUCUCCUACCUCACGUUUGGCUAGAAGGUCACCCUUCAGAAUUCUAUGUAGGCGUGAACUUUAUGAAUGCAGCCCAUCAGGUAGAAGUCUGUAGAUUAUUUUAUCCCUUUAAACAGCCCAUGAAUAGCUUUGUUUUGAAUGAAAUCAAAAUGUCUUCUCUUCACUUGUCUAAUGGCCUUUUUUUCUACCUUCAGAUUAUAGACAGUGAAAAUGAGGCAUUGCUGGAAGCCCUCACACAGACAUUGGAUGAUAUGCAGGAGGAUGAUAUCAGCUUGUCUGCCUUCAUAUCCUCUGGAGAUGGGGACUUCUGCCCCUUACCUGAUCUUCUGUCCAAACCCAGCUUCCAAGCUGAAUCCCCUAAGAGUCCAGAAAAUGAAGAUAAGCUGUCUAUAGUAAGAACCACUUCCUACUGUUUAAAGUGGAAAUGGAUGAGAACCCUGAAUAGACGCCUGCAUGGGUAUGAUAGGCAACAAAGGUCUGAAUUUUUUCAUUUAAGGCUUUAAAAAAUUAUACAAAUCUCAUCCAUAUGUUAUAUGUGUAAAUGUGUAUUUAUCUUUAACCGACACACAGCGAUUCUCUCAGGGGGGGAACCGCACCACUUCCGCAGCGACACUUUAGGAAGUGCCGUAUAAACCCAAGUAGCUGUCGUAGUUCCAUUGCUAGCUGUAGGUUCUGCCUCUUAAGGAAAGAUACUAUGUCUUUGUUGUGGGAUUCUGUGCAGAUGAGAGAUCUUUCCCAACCAGAUAUCCAGAAUUUUAAUUGUGUAAUUACGUGUUAAUUACAGAAAACCUAACACGCUGUCUUAAUUGCGACACUUGAGGGCCACGUUUAACACAUAUGAAACCUGCACAAACAUGGAUCCCAAAAUAGAGGCAUUAUUCACUGCUUAAGAAUUAGAUAACAUACUGAUCUUUUAAUAUAAAUCAGGGUGAAUUUUAUAAAAUCCAAUAUAUUCUGUGUGUUUUUAUUUAUUGCAUUUCAUGUAUGCAUAUAUGAUUGUAAUAGAGCCAUCAUAUAUGUUCUAUAUAAGUUCUAUAUAUAUUUAGUGGUAAUGUGUAUUUUGCCAUAGCCAUGUUCAAUUUUUUUCAAAGAUCAUGGCAAUUCUUUUAAUGACAUUGAAUGAUGUGUGCCAGUGUGAUUGUGGGAUAUUGUAAGAAAGUUGUUUUUAGUCAUGUAUUUGUAAUAGUUAAUACAUACUAGAUCCAGCCCAUACAACCUGUAUACAAAGUUGACAAAGACUCUUGAGUCUGUGUCAAAUUCAUAAUACAUGUCAUUUUUAUAGCUACAUGGGAAUUAUGGCUUCAUUAUAGAAAGAGGAAAACUUGCUUGAUUUAAAGAACCUUACUAGACAUUUUGACCACAGUAAAUUUGAAACCAUUAUGUUUUUUAAGACUCUGAUUAAUGAAUAGAUAUGAAAUUUUUAUAAUAAAUAUUUUGAGAUAACCCAUACCCGUCACCUUUGCAACUUUGGGUCUCUAAAAAACGGCAGAUUAAACUAUUUUAUCCCUAAUGAAUUUAUCCCCUUAAGGACCAACACUGUUUGAAGGUACUAUUCCAGAACAGAAUGAUCCAUUUAACAAUUUCAAGGCUGUAUAGUUCUAUAGAUUCUAAUUAAACAGGGCAUUGCAGGCGAGCAUAGAAUCUUUAUGGACCAAGAUAGGAUAUAGCAAAAUAUAACAUUCUGUCCUUAAUGAGUUUUAUUUAGAAUUAAAAAUAAUGUAGUAUUCACCUAUAUGGCAUCAUUAAUAAGGUCUGUACAUACAUGUGCAUAAGUAGAUAUGAACGCACACAAUAUUUACAUGCAUGAAGUAAAAAUGAAGUACAUGUAGAGCACUCUUCGGCCUUUCAAUAAAUUAUAAAUUCAGGUUGGUUUCUCAUACAUAAGUGGUCAGUCUUUCAGUCUGAUUAGAGAUUGUCACAUUGACCAGUCUGUAUUGGAAAGAUAUAUAAAUAUUUUUGAAACACCUAUUUUUCUAAAGACUCAUGAGUGCCUUUAUCUAAUUUUUAUCUAGUGGCUAUAUAGCUGUACAUUAUUUCAUUUACAGUGAGCACGGCAUUCAUCAUCUGCCCAUAUCUGUCUGUCCACAUACAUAUUGCACGAUAGUUGUUUUAGAGCAGUGAUAAACAACAACUGUUACAAAUGCAGGCUGUAUGUUAAUAAGGUGUAUACAUGGCGUAUACAUAGCUUGAUGGCCAUAUAUACAAUCUUUUUGCAAAAAAUUUCAGGCAAAAUAGACUCGCUUCAUCCAAGCAUUUUUUUCCCUUUGUUAAUAUCACAAAAGAAUGGUUCCCUUUAAUUUAUACUUUUCAUCUAGCAUGUCAGCCGUGCAUCCAAAUGAUUUCAUAUUACCCACUAGUAAAACAUUGACAAAUUGUCUUAUGAUAAGGCUCAUUUAUCAGGUGUUCACAAAUGAGUACUUUACUGAAUGUAGACAAAUUGAAACACAUUCCAUUUUCUAUUUAGAUAAUAAAUAUUUUGUGCAGAUAUUAUUUGUGAUUGGAUGGAGGUGUAUUCCGGCUGGUUCCUUCUUUGUAAAAAAACAUGUGUAUACACUCGCCCAUAUGUUUUCUAAUUUAGUUACACUUUUAUUACUGGGGGACCAGUAAUAAAAGUAUAUUAAACUUUCAAUUUUAGUAUACAUAUUUUUAAUACCUAUUUGCAUAAGCUCAGUUAUGAGCUUUGUAAUAAAUUAAUGUGCACACAUGGAGUGUUGUGAGGUAUAAUAAACAUUUAUUUAUUAUUACAGACACACAUAAAUUCUAUAAUUAGGUUGUCCAUUUUUAAUUUGUGUGAAAUGGUUAAAGCACCUAGUCAUGUUGAGAGAUUUUAUAUUGCAAUAGGAGCCUGUAAUUGAAGAAUUAUAUCUUGUUUAAAAAUAAAUUUCAAUAGCUUCAAAUCAGUAAACUGUAAUUGAAACAGUUCACACAGCAUGCCAUUGUAAAUUAAUGUGUUUAAUAAAUCAUUUGGAUGCAAGCACCAUGCUUGUUCACUGAAUAUGUUUCUGCCGGCUUUAUGCCGUUUUAAGGAUAGACGUUUCCAUAACUCUAGACAUCAUCAGACUGUUAAGAUGUUUGAUGGCCUCCUUAGCUUGAGUGUAACUUGAAACCUCUCUCUGACCUACGAUAUUCUAUGGAGCAAGUGCAACAGUGAAAGCGGCUUUGACCUUUGAUGGUCCAGCUGUUGUGGCCUAUUUUUCCAAGAUACUCAGCCAUCCAUUCAGCAAUCUGAGCAUCACUGGAAACGGUACUCAACAGCUGGAGUUCCAGAGGUUAGUCAUCAAGCAUAGGGUGGUUGACAAACAUUAGUUACUUUGAGAGAGCAAGCAUUCCAACAUAUCAUUGCAUUUAGCUUUGCUAAAAGGGUAGUGUAAUGCCCUUCGAGGCAAUUCUAGCUUUGCUGCAGCUAGACUGCACUUGCAUCUGUGUAAGCCUUUACUUGGGUUGUCGUUGACCGACUUCGAAAGUAGUGAAUGUAUGCAUUGAAUGUCAAUAUAUGUGCAUGCGUGCCGAUUACAUUGAAUAGAAUCUGAUGUGUCUUCGCAUAAUGUUUUACAGCUGAAGAAGUUACUCCUUUCUCCAGCUCAGAUGCCUGUGAGUAAUGAUGCUCAGAAUGAUGGCUGUACUCGGCGCCAAGGAACUUCCAAAUUCCGUCCUCAGAGAGGAUGCUCAAAGGUAUGUUUUGAGGUGAUUUUCUUUGUUAUAUUCUAGGGCAGAACAUACAACUUUGAAAGUAUGCUUAAAAUAAAAUAUGAUUCAGUUCUGAAUUUCCACUAACAGUUUACAGUGUAUGUAAUCGCUGAAUUUAAAUAAAAAAGUAAAUUUCUUAUAUUUAUUGUCCAUUAAAGUGGAGAGCUUUCUUCAUUAUCUCUGAUUGCUCUCCCACUUCAGUAAAACAGCUACAGUAUCAAUGCUAAUCAGAGCCUAAUCACUGCUUAAACUAUCAAUACCUACAAGUGUGCCACAUAUCCCAUCCUAUGUACACUAGGCUGUAAGAAAAUAUCUUUGCUAGUUACGGUUUUCAAAAAGAAAACCCUUCUAAUCAUGAUUAUGAUCAAAAGUACAAUAUCUCUAAGCACAUACAUGCAGUGUGGAUUUAUUUAAAAGGAACACGCCAGACCCCUAAAGCGCAUUAACUUGCUAAACAGCUUUAUGUAUCCUACUUUUUUUAUUUUGCAGAAAGUGCAGAUUUCAAUAGAAAUUGACACUUUAAUAAAUUAACCUGGUUACACCCCCAUGGCUCUCAAUCAGACAACAGGUCCUGUUACUUCCUGGUUUGGUUUGCUCGGUGGAGCUAAACUCAUGAGGCAGCAAUUGCCCAGAGCACCUGCCUUGCAAAUACUUCUCAUUGAGCUACAUUGAGAAGUCUGUGAUUGGACAGCUACAGAAAGUCUGGGCGGAGUUAGAAGAAGAGGGCUUGCAAAGGCAGCAGACAAGAAAACUGCAGUUUUCAUUUGGAGUGUUUCUACUAAACAAUUAUUUUUUUUUUACUUAUUUUGUAUUUGGGCAGUGGAGUGUCCCUUUAAUUAAUAUCUGGAUAUUAACUUUGAAGAAAACAGAUGUACUAGCAUUGUAUAUUAUUAUUAUUAUUGGCAUUUAUAUAGUGCCAAUAUAUUCCACAGCCCUUUGCAAUAUUAUCUGAAUAAGAGUAAUUCUUCUAUUAUCAGAUGAGAUUGGUAGGCUUAGGUGACUGGUUCUGAACCAGUUGAGAUUAAAAAAAAAAAGGAAUAAAAAAACAACAACUUUUAAUAAAAUUGAGAUUUCUUCAUAAUAUCUUUUAGAAGCCAUGGAAGGAAAUUUAUGCUGCUUAUGGUUGGGCAUAGUGUUAGAAUAGAAUGGUGCAUUAGAACAUCAUGUUGAAAAGAUGUGUAGAAUGUACUAGGACCCUUGAGCAGUGAUAAUUAAAAAAUACAAUAAAAAAAACGUAAUUACCUUUUUAUUAUGUUUUUAUAAUACAUUAUCUACAAAAUGCAUUAUGAGCAAAGAUUGCCUCCAGUGUAGACUGCCAUCUGUAUGUUUCUAGUUUAAGAGUUAAGAUGUAGGUGAAAAGUAGGUUGCAUUAGCUUUCUCAUUAUAUUCUUUGACCUUUUGCUUUGAGUAUUCCGAUUCCAGCAGAUCUUGAUUGCAUCAUAUUAGUAAGUUGAAUUUCUGUCCCUUCUAUCUUAAGUUUAUUCACUUAGGAUAUAUUGCUUUUAAUAUGCAGGUAGAGAGCCCAACAGACAGACAACCUGGAUUCCCACCAGCUCAGAGUCGAAGCUGUACGGAGCUACAGAGGCAUUUGGUAACAACUCUCCCUCAGACCAAAGUCUUCUCUUCAACGGAGAAUAACCAGGACAGUAUUAAGGAAGAAGAUAGUGAUUCACAGGAUGAUGAACAGUGUGAUGAUGACUCUGUGCCCUCCUUAAUAUCUUCUGCUUUAGAAGAUAAGAAACCACAGUUUACCUGCGAGCGUGAGAAGCGCGCAGUGGUAGACCUUAUUCGGUAUAUGCACACCUACUGCCUUCCGGCAAAAAAGCAACAUUCUAAUGACAAACACCAGCAUUGGAACAAUAUUUCAAAGAGACCUAAACUGGAGUCUACUCAACAAAUAUCUUGUUCAAAGGAAACCAGCAAGGUGGAUUCCAGAAAUACCAAGGUGAUUCGCCCUUUGGCUGACAAGUAUAAUUGUAUAAAACCAGUACGUUUUUCUAUCUUGAAAGAACUUCUAGCAAAAGACAUUUCUGGAGAUGUCAGCAAGCCAUACAGAUUGGCUCAACCAGUGUAUGCCGAAUUCUCUGAUUCCUGCGGCAGUCAUCUGUCCAGUGGGAAAGAAGAACUAGAGUUGGGCAAAAAUAAAAAAAAUGAAUUGGGGACAACUCACAAGUCAUGUCUGACUGUUAAGAAAGAGAGCAGACAUCGUGAUACUUCUGGAAAGCCAACAAUUUCUUCUCCAGAAUGUGUGACUGUUAAAUCAGCUCCUAAACCAGAGAGCUCUGUCUAUGCCGUUAGACGGUCGAGCAGAUUAAACCCAGAAUUCAGUGGAUGGCUCAUGUUUGACGAUGAAUCAUUUCCACACACGAGUAUGGAGAAGGCUACAGCUGACUUAAAACUUACAACAGCAGAGGAACCUUUUAUUGAAGAAGAGCAGGUGGCUGAGCUUGAAGUGGGAGAAUUAGGUGAUCCCCAUGCACAAGUGGACUUUAACAUGGACAAAGUAGAUGAAAUUGAAAGGGACUCCUGUGAAGUACAUUCUGACAUUGUUGCCCAAAAGUUUCAUCCCUCAGGUAAUUUGGAUAGAUAAUUAGUAAAUGCACACACAUAAUUAUCAUCAACUUCCAUUAGAAUGAUGCAAAGAGUAAAACACAGGUCAAAUGGAUCAUUAGACAAACAGGUUUUUUCAUAAUUUGUCUUAAGACAUCAUUUCUUGCAUUGCAAAGUGAAGCUCUUAAGUGACAGGUUCACUUUAAGUGCUAUCUCCAUAUGUAAUCAGUAUAGCCUUUGUCAUAGUGAUACAUUAUAUCUUUAAAUGCAUAGGAGAUGCUAGUUUAAUACUUACCUCCUCACCAAUGCCACAAGCAGCACCAUGAUGUCAUGUUUGUGGGUGUUCUUCUCAUGUAAAUUUAUAUUGGCUUGGGAUAAUAUAGUAGAGCACACCUCCUCCGUUAUGCUGACAAACAGACAAAUGCUCUGUAGUUGCUCUUACAGCAGGAAAACAUCCAUGGGCCAUACUAUUUACUAGAGCAGGGGUUCCCAACCCAGUCCUCAAGUACCACCUGCCUGUCCAGGAUUUAGGGAUUACCCUCUUGUGUCUAAAGUGUUUUUUUUUUCUUUCUAAAACACCGUAGACCCAACUGGGUAAUCCCUAAAAACUGGACUGAUAGGGGAUACUUGAGGACUGGGUUGGGAACCACUGUACUAGAGGAAAGGUUUGUAGUUUCAGGAUUUUGGGUGUUCAUGCAGCAUUUCUGCAUGUAGGAACCAUCACAAAACAUUUGUUUGUUGCUUGAUAUACGUGAAUUAAGUAUCCUGUCCCGACAUGCAUAGCUAGGCCAAACUAACUUUCCAAAAGUGACUAUCUACCUUAAGAUAGACUGCAUUAUAGAAAUGUGUUUAACCAUUUACACUGCCACAUGCCUACUCACAAUCGGUAAAUGUGAUAUAGCUGGUUGAGUAGUAUAUACUGAGACCUGCUUUAUUAAAAUAGCCCUGAGGCCACAGUUCAAUGUUUGAUGAAUAAUCUACGCAUAAAUCUACCAAGUGUAGGUGCACAAAUAUCCCCUCCAAAUUUUGCAGAAAAAAUGGCUAAGGUCAUUGAAAUAUUAAAGCCAACACGGUUAUUGUAACAAGUGGGUGCACAUAUUUGCAUACAUACAAAACGCAUUCCACCACUGUUUCUAUCAUUUAUGCUUAAAAUGGUUCCAUUCUGUUACUUCUGUUUUGAAAUGAAAACUUUGUGCUUUUACAUUUUCAGAAAAUCCCAGAUGCCCUCCACUCUCACUGUCACAAAGGUAAGAUAAUUCCUACAAUUUGCAUUUGAGAAUAUGUAAUAUAUAUUAUAAUAUGUAUAAUGCAGAUGCCUGGGAACAUUGAUGGUUCAUUGAUCCAUAAUACAGCUUUCUCAGAUGAUUACAGAAACAUAAUGGCUUGACCUUUGAAUAAAAAAUAUGAAAGUUUUGAUCAAAGAGACGGUUACUCUUUAAAACACUAACACUUUAAAACACCUCUGAUCCAGUGCUUAACAGGAGCUCCCAACUGCUAAAAAAUAAUAAUAAUAAUAAAUAAAUCACUGCUUAGUAGAUAUACCCCCUAAAUGUAAACAUGCAUGCAUUUAAUUAUGAUUUUUUUUCCCAUCGGGGUAUAUCUAAAACAGCUUGCAAAAGCUGUAGUUCUCUUGUCUGCUGCCUUUGAAAUCUUCCCCUUCUAAGCCCACUCAAAUGUUCUGUGACUGUCUAAUCACAGCCUUUAAAGUGCUUUAAGAAUCACUGUUGGAGACUUACAAGGUUUUUCACUAAAGUGAGAAUUCAAAAUUAAUUUAUAGUGAGUUUCAAAUUUAACCUGACUUAGAUAAUGUUUCCAGUUUGGCUAUUUUUACCUUGUUUAUGAAAUUUGAAUUCUCACUUUAGUGAAUAACCCUGACAGAUUAUACCAUCAAUGUUAACCCCACUGUGCUUUCUUUAACCCCUUAAGGACCAAACUUCAGGAAUAAAGGGGAAUCAUGACAUGUCAUACAUGUCAUGUGUCCUUAAGGGGUUAAAGGUAUUUAUGAAGAAUAUUUAAAGGGAUUAUAUAGUGCCAGGAAAACAAAGCCAUUUUCCUGGCACUAUAGGGUUAAUAGGUCCUCCACCCCACUCCCUCAGGGUUCCCGUCCUGUGGGAUUGAUGGGGUUAAAAGCCCCUCAGCCACUUACCCUCGGCGCUGGGUCAGGCUCCCCCAUGCUCCUCCCCUGCUGACAGCUGGCGAGGGAGACCUAAUACGCAUGCGCGACAAUGGCCACGCGCGCGCAUUAGACCUCCCCAUAGGAAUGCAUUAUUCAGUGCUUUCCUAUAGGGAAAAUCUGACGCUGGAGGUCUAUAAGGACGCCCAGCGUCAGAUAACGGACCAAAAGUCCGUUAGGAUUCCGAAAGUGCCCCCAGUGGCUGUCUGGCAGACAGCCACUUAGGGCAGACUUAGAGCUGCAUGUAAACAUUGCAGUUCUCUGGAACUGCAAUGUUUUGCAAUGCAGCACUAAGUACAAAAGGGACACAGUACCCAGACUACUUCAAUUAGCUGAAGUGGUCUGGGUGCCUACAGUGUCCCUUUAAGCAGUCCAAUAUAUUUAUUUAUUUUUUUACAAACAAUCUCUGUAGAAUUUGCUUUACUAAAAAAAUACAGUAUAGUGAAUGUUGAUAGAGUACAUCUGUGCCGGAGUUGUAGAAGAAUAGGUGCAAUCAUGAAAAUUAGCCGAUGGAUCAUGUUGAUUGUUCCUUUGUUAGAACUUUGCUCCAGAAUUGACCCUCCCCCCCAUAAGGGCUCCUUCAAUUUGUGCAUUGUUUCUAAAUAUACACUCUGAUUCAACUGGUGGUCCAUAAUCAUUUAAUAAGCCUCCCCCCCCCCCCAUCAUUAAACCUCUGUUCCAGGUGUGUGGUUUUUCUUCUUUUUUUAAUAAUAUAUCUAUAUUAUGAUGUAGCACAUAACAAAAAAAAUAGGAUGAAAAGAUACAUUAAUCCUUUUUUUCUGUUACACCUGAUGCAGAAAUGUUGUUAAAUUGUAGCAAAAGGUUAAGUACUUAUAUAAUAUGGUGACUUGCAGUGAAUGUAUUAUAAUUGUCCCUAGGAGGGGAACAAGUAGAACUUGUUAGUCAUCAACCUAGUUAACAUCUUCAUCAUUUUCCAUUGGCAACUCACAUAUUUUGGAGAACAGACUUAGCAUUCUAAAAAGUGAUUGACUUUAGGGCACACAUAUUGAAAUACGUCUCAGGGCUUCCUCUAGUGGACUAUAUGAGAAGUUGCAUGUUCUACAUUAGUAUAAUCCCAACACACAUUUACUAAUUUUUAGUGAAAUCUUAAUGACUUUUAGAAGCAUUGAAACUUUGCAUGUGGUCGCCCACAUUCACAUUCUUUUUUUCAUGUUAAUUUCCAGUGUUUCUACAUUCGAAAAGAGAAAUUUUGAGCAAGUACUUGCCGUCGAGCUAUGUGGAACAGCAGGUAUUUCAUUUUAUUGAAACACUAGUGUUUUAUUCUGUGAGAUUUAAACGUGAAGCUGUAAUAAGCCCUGCAUGAUCAAUCACAGAUAUUUCAUAAUGUCAAGACUCUGAUGUAUGCAUUCUGUAGAAGGCUUAUAACUAAACUGGAAUUUGUUUGAUAAAGUAUUUAAAUUUAGUAUGUUUAUGUGCUAAAAAAAAAGCUAUAGCUUAUUUUGCAAUAUGUAAGCAAUGUCUUCUAUUAUUUACCAUAAAGGCCUGACACCACCAACCACCCCACCUUACAAAACCCCAGAAGAGGACCAUUACAAGCCCGAGCUUAAUCAGGACACUGUAGAUAGUGGAGCAUUGAUUUCUUGUCCUUCCGAAAUAGAGACAAGUGGAGAACAUGUGUUGAUAAACAGGAAGCAAACAAAAAAGCAACCAGAAAGGACUGAGCUAUUUGCUCACUUGAGCCGGACGGGGAACCUUCCAGCAAAUUGUGAAUCACAAGGAUUAAAGAGACCAUUUUCCAGAUCCUUUGGAGACCAUGAUUACUGCAUGGUCAAAAAACCAGACACUGGCUUUCAGAGGAAAGUUAAAUCUCUGGAUCUGCCUGGCUACCUGGAAAAGAAGGAAACAUUGUCUAUUAGUCAGGAGCAGCAGAAACAGGUUGAAGACAAACCUGACAGAUGUCAUAAAGCAGGCAACAAACUCCUGAAGGACCAUGAAAUCCGAGCAAGUCUCACCAAGCACUUUGGCUUUCCUGAUGAUACCCUAAAGGAAGAAAAUCAAAGUAUCUGCAACAGUCCUGAAUAUGAUUCUGUUUUUGAGGACAGUGACAGUGAAAGCAGCUCUCCCCAAAAAGACUCGGUCUGCCCGACUCCUCACAGAACCAAAGUAUGCCCUCCAAUGAGCCCACCUUCCAAAUCCAAGUUCCAGUACUAUCCCCAGACACGUACCAGUCCACGAUCAUCACGGCACUAUUCACCAGAAAAUAGGAGGACUUACAGGUAUAUUUAGUGGGCUUUAUUAUAGCAAAAUACAAAUUAACAUGAUUUUACUUUUUUAUGAAAACCAUUACAAACAUUAUUCAAAACCUCAUACAACAGUGAGAAUGGAGAAAAAUAUAUAUGUUUUGAUGAUGGGAACUCGCGUGAUUUUAAUACAGCUAGUAUGACAAGAUAAUAUAUAAUCAAAAAUCCUAAAGUUAUUUUGAUGAGUUCAUUAGAGACACCUAACAAGCUUUCAAUGAGAAUAAACACAUUGAUUGUACCAAAGUUUAGGGAGAGAUAAUAGCAUCUACAGUAAAGGAGAGAGUUUAUAGAUAAAAGACACUGAUUUUUUUUUAACUCGUGUAGAGGAUCAAGAUUGCUUGUAAAAUUUAAAAGACAUUAUAUAAUAACCAGAAAUCUGAUUAUUUUUUUUUAAUUCUUUAAUUCUUUAUUUUUGGUUGACAGGAAAUACACAUACAUGUCAGGCAUGGAUUCUGUCACAUUGUUAUCCCUUUUAUGUCCUUCAGUGUUCUUAAGUUAGUUGCAUUAAUUCAGGUUAUUUUUUUGUUUGUUUUGCUUGUGAAAAAAAUUACAUGCCCAUUUUUCGCUCACUAUGCAGAGUUAAAAGGUCAUAUAGUAGACCCAGAAGACCGCUGUAAAGCCUUAGCGGUAGGAGUAGGAAUGCAGUGUUCACUAUGGCUGUACAGGUUCUAUAGACCAAACAAAGAUUGGCCUGGAGUUAUUUCUAAGUGCUGCGGUUAUAGUUUUUAAAUUAGUAAUUUAUCUUGUUACAUUUAUUUCCUUUAUAAUAUGCCUAGAGACUUCUUCAAUCGUAAUAGCACAAUGUGAAUAAAUGAAUAUAUAUAUAUAUAAUUUUCACUUUUUUUAAAUUCACAUUUGCCUUUUAUCAUUUCCUGUUUAUAGAGUCGAGAGCAAUGAGAAGCACCAGACUGGAACCUUAAGCCAAAGGCAGAUUCAAAAAAGGAGACAAAAAGCAAUUGUAAGUAAUUUUUCAUGCUCUCACAUCAAACUUUAAUAUGCCUCUCAACACCCCCGAUUUCAUUGGGACUGUCCCGAUUUCAGAGUCCUUUCCCGACUUUGUUUCCAGAUGUUCCCCAUCAAAUGUGCUUAUUUGCAGUAUGCACAGGGCACAAAGACCCUGCAGAGAGCACUGAAACUGUGUUACCUGCAUGAUCUGAUCACUGCAUUGAGUUAACCCUGCAAUGUCAUUAUUGCAGUUUCUGUGAAACUCCAAUGUUUUACAAUGCAGGGUUAAGGAGACAGGGACACUGCACCCAGACCACUUAAAUGAGAUGAGUGCCUAUAGUGUCCCUUUAAUCCAACAGUACCUAAAAUAAAUUUUCUGCAUUUACUCGGUUUCUAUUAAUAGUUUGCUUCAUGGAGACAAGUGAUUAAUUCUGUUAUUAAAAAGUUACGUGACUGAAUGUGGGGUAUUGGCACAAUGGAUGCAAAAAUAAAAGCUUUGAAAUUAGAAAAGGUGGUGUGUUCAGGGUCACAGUUUAAUGAAGGCUGGAAGCAUUUUUCCUCUAGGUAAGCAGAGAAAUGCUCCAGAGGCCAGUGAACCUGCCUGACACAGCAGGCGUUGGAUGCAGAAUAGGUAACAAGUGCUAAAUUCGCUGAGCGUGCAAUCUGUGUGUGUGUUUCUCAUGGCUCAGAAAGUCACACUGAGACUGUUUACAUGUAGGAAAAUAUACUCUGAUUCAGGCAUUUCGUCCUUUAAUUCCUGCAGACAUCACCCACAGAUUGAACACAAUAUAUUGAAAUACACACACUGUUCUAACAGGGAUCACAACUAACACAACCUCAUAAAACAAUUUACACUGCAACUAUGUAUUUCAAGAGAACUCUAUAAAUAUCUACAUAAUCACGUGUCUAUCUGUUACGAGAAAGAAGCCUUGUAUUGUCCCUGCAGAAAAUUUGAAUAGUAAAAUAAAAAGUAUACUUUAAAAAGCUAACUCCAUCUUAUGCAUCCUUCAUGAUUUGUCUAACAGAGUGUAGUCACAAGUCCCUUUAAAUAUCACAUUCUGGAGACAUUAUAAUAAACAAUGAGACUGGAAGUCAAGUGGUUUAUGAGUGGCUCCACAGCCAUAUUUUCCCUAUUUUGGCAUUAUGUAUCAUUCAUAUUACAUGGGUUUUUUCAAUAUUAGAGAUCCCUUGCAUAUUCUGGCCUGAUUCCCACUUCUAGGCAGCAGCUGUUAUUUAAAACUGCUCUUGAUAAUUAAUUUACCCUCCUUUAAUGAUAGGCUGGGAGAGCAGGUGAGAAUACAGAAUUUGCUGGCCCUCCAGAUAUUCUUGAACUACAACUCCCAUGAUUCUCAGCCUAUCUAUUUCAUUCAUAGAAUCAUGGGAGUUGUAGUUCAGCAACAUCUGGAGGACCGGAGUUUGGGGAAGCCUGGUCUAGUCCCUCACUCAGCAUAUCACGUCAUUUAUUUAUCUACAGUGCUAGAAAUAGAUUGUCAAAGGUUUAUUUUAAAAACUCAGCUGAAUGCUCAUAUUUUAUACUUGUAGAACUUAAGCUGAGCAGUACAAUGUUCUUUAAAAUUACAAUGCUACAAGCCAAAUAUAUUAAAAGUUUAAUAAAGAAAGGCUCUUAUUACCUCUUUCCUAUUCAUAAACCAUAUUAAAUUAUUCAGGAGAGUAUUUUUUUUUUACUCUCCAUUUAUCUUCAGUAUUGUCCCACCCUGCAGACUAAACUGGAAGACAAUACAUAAUAUAUUUUCCUUCAAUAUUGAGGAAAUACAACGUAUCGUGUGUGUGUAUAUAUAUAUAUAUAUAAAACUACUUUAAUAAAUUUUGAGCGUAUGUGCAUAUAUUUAUAUAUGCACAUACGCUCAAAAUUUAUUAAAGUAGUUUAAAACUAUAGGUUUUGCCAGCACUAGAAGCAAUUUAUAAGAAACUUGUAUACAAAUUGUAUAUGAAGAUUGAUAGUGCAAUACAUGAUAAAUGGAAAUAUUUAACCACACAUAAUGGGCAUUAAAGGAGACCUGUCACAUAGCAGGAUUUUUUUUUUUAUAAUCUUUACUCAUAACCAAUAUUUAACUAAUAUGUAUUUGCAUAAUGUGAAAAAUAGAAUUAAAUGUAGCAAUAAACACUUUUUUACUCCGUAACUGGGUACCACCAUCUUAGCUUUAUCUCCUUUGCACCUGGUAGUCAGCAUAGAGAAAGCUUAUGGAGGAGAUGAUAAAGUUUAGAUGAAAAUAAAGAAUUAUGUGAAAUAAAAAAGUUCAUUGCAAGUUAGAGGGGAUUUUCAAUAUUUUAUUGAAUUGUAUAAUUUCCAGAGAAGUAACAAUUCACCUGUAAUGUGUGUUGUUUUCCAUUUUAUGAAGGACGAAGGCCGUGUAAUUUACAUCAGAAAUCUCUCCAACAGCAUUAGUGCUAAUGAGCUCAAAAGAAGGUUUGAAGUUUUUGGCGAAAUCACUGAAUGCCGUGUUCUUAGUAGAAGCAGGUAAGAUAGGGAUCAGCGAGCAAAACACAAAAUUUCAUUCUUUUUAUAGUACUGUCUAUUUUAAAUAAAGGAACGGAGUUAACAUUCACAAAGGUUUAUUCAUUCAGCAGUGGACCGUAGCGAAUUUCAAAGCCAUUUCCAAAAUAUUGGCUAAAAUAACUGAUUUGGGAACAUUUGCCAACUCAUCUAUAGACACAGCUUGGCUAUUUCGGCCUUCAUUUUGCCAUUUAUUUUUCAGGUUACUGUUUAAUGAGUAAAUCCUGAACUGUUUGCAUAUAUAUAAAUGUAGUAAUUUUUUUAUAUUUAAUAUACUGUCAUCAAUAACUAGAUAAUGUAUAUUAUAUGCUUUAUAAUUUGCCCACACCCCCAAAAUAACACUAGACUUGUGUAUGAAUGUGUUUCAUUUGGUAUGGGCGAAGCAAAUUUAUAAUAUUUUAAACGAUAUAUGAAACGAUUACAUGAUCUAUUUGGGAUUAUUCAUUGAAUUAGACCGCAGAGGUAAAUCCCAAAUGGAUCGUUUUGUUUGGACGUAGAUGAAUUUUAAGUCAAGUAGUGCAUGAUGAGACAAAUACCUGACGUUUGAUGAUUAAAAAAAUAUAUAUAUAUAUAUGAAAGUCUAAAUAUGAGCUUUUCACUAAAUUGAGUAUUGUCAGGGAUUCAGAAUAAACUUCAAGCUCAAAUGUUGAACUGGAAAAAAUAUCCAAAUCAGCUAUGUUUCCAGUUCAGCCACUUCGGCCUUAGAUAGAUAUUCAAUUUGAAUUUCCGACAAUCCUCACUUUAGUGAAUAAUCCUGCCAAUGUUUUAAUUUUCAAAAUAAUCAUAGCUGACUUACAAAGAAAUUAAAACGAGUUAUUGCUGUGUCACAAAGCUUCAACCUGGGAGAGUUAAUGCAUUUUUCUUAUGGAUGUUGCAUUUUCUUCUUAGGGGAGAAAAAUAUGGAUUCAUAACAUAUCGAUGUUCAGAGCACGCUGCCUUGUCAUUAAAAAAGGGCGCUUCUCUGCGAAAAAGGAAUGAACCCUCUUUUCACCUGAGUUACGGAGGACUCAGGCACCUCUUUUGGACCAAAUACACUGAUCUAGGUAAACAUAUUCAUCAUGUAAGUGAGCACUAGAGGUCCUUUGCAUGAGAGCAUAUAGAGUAGAGUAGGAGAAAGGAAUGAUUUCAGGCACCCAAAGCCCACAACCUCUGCUUUGGAUGAAGUAAUGAGGACAUUCCGGCUCCUCAUUAUUUGUCAAGUCAUUGUCUAGUUAGAACAGUCAUAACAUCACUGCCUUGGAACUGGGAAAUCAAGGUUCAAAGCCUGGUCAGACUAUGAUGCCAGUGAGUGUCUCUGGGCAAGACAAAAUAUAUGUCUGCCUGCCUCAAAUCCUCGUAGCUUGUAAGCUCAUUUGAGCAGGGCUUUCUUCAUAACCCCCCUUUCUAUGAUUGUAAAGUGUUGUGUAAUAUGUUGGAGCUAUAUGGAAGCUGAUAGUAAUCAGCUCGACAGGGAUUAAAUGCAGCUUGAUUUCACGGAUUCCUGCUAACCCAAGCAAUUUCUGCAUUAUUUUAUCCAAAACAGAGGGGAUAUGAUUUGGGUCAUAGGAAAUCUGUUUUUUUUUUUGUUUUUUUUUUCAACACUUGAAAAUGGUUUCACGAAAACCAAAGGGGAUCUUGGUUUCAGCCUCCUGCCACUUUGACUACUAUAAUAUAUAUAUUAUAGUAUUUACUGUACAUUAUAUAUAUUAUAGUAUAUACUAUACAUUAAAAAUAUUAUAGUAUAUACUAUAAUAUAUUUCUAAAAAAAAACUAUUAAAUCAUGUACUGAAGAAUAAAUGUAGUUUAACUUUUAAUCAAGAAAAGUCUUUUAAAAACAUUUGGUAAUACCUGACAGGACAUGGAGAGACCACCCAGCAUUCUUUUAUGAAAGUAGGAUAUCUGGGUAUUAUUUUGUUAUCUAGGUGGACAGGCAUAUAAGUUCCUUCUAUUUGAUGCAAAAAUUUGAAAUGAGCACAUGAUGGGGUAUGAACGUUUUCUAGCUAUAAUAAGUGGUGUAGUUAGUAAAUAGACAUUUUCAAGUGGAAAACAAAAUGCAAGGGAAAAUCUAUAUUUUAUAGAAAGACGAUGACCAAAGCAAGAAAAAAACAAACUGUAAAUUUAAGGUUAUUUCUGUGAAAAUCACUUUCCUGUAAAAGUGGAAUGAGUUGAUUCAGUAAAUUGGUUUUUUUUUGUUUUUUUUGUUUUUUAAAAAGGGCCAAGAUUUGGAGUAUGUAAAUAGCAAAAUCAGCAAUGAUAUAGUCCUCUACUUUCCAAUUCAGUUUGGCACUUGUCAAUAAUUAAUGUGUUUUUGCCUAUCUCGAUUUUAGUGAAAAAUUUGAAAAUGUGUCUUUUCACUUACCUUAGCAUACAAAUGUAGGACAUCGAUACUCAGUACUGUUUAAAUAAUAUCAAGAAUUAAGAUAUGCAAUGAGGAGAUCAAGGCUAUAGGCUAUCUUGUUCAUAAAUACGAUCAAAUUCUGCAUUCUGUGUGAUCUGUAUCCAUAAGCUGCCCAUGUCUAAAACACUUUCUUCUCUCUCGUUGCCUCUAGAUUCAAAUGCAGAGUCCUCGCCAGCUUUAAUCAAAAGUAAAUAUGAGUCUAUGGAUUUUGACAGCCUUCUGAAAGAGGCACAGCGAAGCUUGCAUCGAUGACAGCCUUAACCAAGGAGGAGACCUCAAUACCUCAGUCAAGGCACUUCCGACAUGUUUACGUUUUAAAAAUAAAAAUACAAACAAAUGGAAUACAGAAACAAAAAAAAAAGACUUUUAACCUUUAAAUUGAUGUUUACAUUGAACAAAGCUGCUUCUGUAUGUGAUAUGUUUCCAUGGUGUUGCUGUCUCACUGCCACAUUUUAGAAUUCUUGCUUUUUUCGGGGCGUCUCUAGGCAUUUGGUCUUCCCUUUUCCUCUUUCCUAAUGUAAUUGCAGCCGUGUUCUCCAUAACAUUAUGUCUGUAGUGUGUAAAAGGAAAACAAACAAAAAAAGGACAAAAAAAGGACAAAAAACAGUCAUUUGUGAAUAGAGCCUGAAUUACAAACUAAUUUGAAUAGGAAAAAUAUGUAUAUUCUAAAAAUGUAUUUAAAGUUUCACAAGUACUGUAUUUCAGUUUGUCGUAUGCUUCGUUUUAAACUAUGCACUGUAGUGAGGUGUUUGCAAAAGAUACCAAUUAAUCCUCAUACAUUAAUAAGAAAACAUCACCUGGCAUUUGACACCGUGUCAAACAGCAUCGGGCAUUUAUAACUCACUUUACGGAAUUAUUGUGGGAACAAACACUAUUUAUAUACGUGACUGGUUUUUCGUUAAUACAGUGUGGCGUCUUUGCAAUUUGUAAGAGCUCUGCUGCUGUUUGGGUCAGGAUUUCAUAAAAAAACAAAACAAUAAUAAUAUUUUAAUAUAUCCUGAAAGUUGAAUUUUUGUUUUUUUCCUUGCUUCAUCUCAACAGUUGAGUUUUGCCUAUAUGUUUUUGUUUUUUUCUUCACGAACAUUACAUCUUAUUUCCCUAUCAUGUCCGUUGAUGGCUGAAUUAAAAAAAAUAUUCAUGUAAACACUUUUCAUAUUUGAGAACAUGAAUCCGAAGUGGACUAUGCAAAGUUGUGAUAAAUAUAAUACCUGUAGCCAGCUAGAUAGCUUAAUUGUUGAGUGCAUCACCUACAAAAUCAAACGUCAAAGAUACAGAUUCUGUUUCUAUUCAGCCUUUUGAAUUCCGAGGUCAGAAGAGAGAGUACCAUUAAGUUGGGUAACAAUCCCAUCUCUAAGAUACUUGAAAAAGAGAUAAAUCUCAAUGUAUGUUCUCUGCUGAAAGUCUUGGAUUAUAUGCAUAUAAAAUUACUACAGGAACUCAUGUAAAACACUUUGAUUCCGUUUGUAGUCUAUAGUGACCAGUGUGUGUAUUUGGGAGUACACAUACCAGGAAUUAUAAAUUAAUACAUUUUAAGUCAGACGUACGUCCUUGAAAGCAAAGUAAUCAGUGGGUUUUAACUUAUGGUAGCAUACAGUAUAUGAAAAGGAUAAAGUAAUUGCUGAGAAAUACCUCAAACUUAUCACAAUUUUGUAUAUCUCUUCCCUUUACCUUUACAUCAUGAUCCAUCAAUAUGUUUUCAACUGUUCUCACAUUCCUCUGUCAUGUGUUCCUUUGGGUUUGGGUGACUUACUUUGUUGCAUUAAGAUCGUUAUUCGGGAAAUCUGUCAAAAACUGACACUUUUUUAAAAGCACUAUGCGUUAUGCAUUAUUCAACUAACAGCUUAAGAACACUUGAUUAAAGUGUUUUUUAUAUCAGUUAAGGGGUUCAUUCAUUAAUCCCUUAAGGACCAAUGGCAUUUAAUUCCAUCAUGAGAAUCUGGUUUCUUAAGUAUCUGGACUGACCUUGCUUAGCAAAGGCAGCUAUAUACAACUCUGCUGUCACUAAUUCAGUGGGACAUUCCUAUGCAAUGUAGGAUAUUUAACCACUAGAAUGUUAUGACGGGAUUUUAUCGCCUUUGGUCAUUUAAUUGCUUAAACACUGUUUAGUUGAUGCAGACUUAAGGCCAAAGUAGUUGAGUUGCAAAAGUGUCUAAAUUAGACUAAGCCCAAAGUAGUUGAGCUGAAAACGUUUAUAAUUUAGUUUGGCCUUAAUUGGGCUUUCGGAUUUGGUUCUUACUUUCAAGCAUUGAUUUUUCAAAUUAUGUCAACUUGCUGUUUUAGGGUACAAACCCAGAGGUUACGUUUUUAUUUUUUAGCUACAUAUCAGUAAUCACCUAACUAAUUCAUGUAGACAUGUGAAAUUUCUUUUUUUUUUUUUUCUUGUAUUCUGUAAAUCUUUACAUAUAAACAAAACCUAAAAUUCACCAUGCAUUUUAUACUAUGUUUUAGCAAAAUGCAGCCUUCCAGUUGGUAUUAGAUCACAACACCAGUCACUGCCAGCCAACUUAUAUCUGUGUGGCUGAGGGAAUUUUGAGUUCUACGUUGAAACCACUGGAGGUUAUGCUGUUUGCCCAAGCCUUGCAAACGACAUAAAUCUGCAUCUAAGAGUUAAUGUUCAUUCUCUGUUGUAUCUAAAAUCAUUUAACAAUUGUUCUGAAAGUUCAACAUUUUCUCCAAAGACUAAAAUUGAGAUUGGUCUCCUUGUCACCUUCAUAUAAACUGCAAAUUCAUAAAUGCAUCAUGUAACGCAUAGCAAUAUACUCUCUCCAGCUGAAAUACCGAAGGCCUUUUGGCAGUAGGGGCAAUGAUUUCAGCUUUGUAUAAAAGCCAUUAUUUCCACUUUUGUGGACUAUGUCAUGUAUGUUUUGGGCAUUGGGGCUGCUUAGUCGCUUAAUAUUAAAUAUAUAUAUAUAUAUAUAUACAUAUAUAUAUUUGUUCAAAUACUUACCAGGGUAGCAUAGAAUGUAGGAAUAAGCCAUUUUGUGUAGUCUAGGAUAAAUAGCCUUACUUCUAUAAACAAUUCUUGUUGGAAUACAGUUUUUGGGUUUCAUCCUUGGUUUGCCAAAGUUCUCCGCAAUUCCCAUUAACACCUUACUCGGAUUAAGUGUACCUCUUUGACAAACACCUUAUUGUAGAUCUGCCUUUCUCUGUCAUAGUACUCCCACACAACAAUGAUGUUUACAUGUGAUUGCUAUAGUUUACUGUAGAAAAAAAAAUAUAUAAAUAUAUACAUUUAUGAUAGCCCUUUACAGGGUGAAUAGUACUGUCCUGUGCUGUGAUGAUAAUUUUUUCAGAAAAAAAAUACGUGGAUUAUAUCACCUGGUUUGCCAUAUAGUUUAAUCAAAACAGGUCUAUUGUCUCUUUUUGAUUUAUAUUUUCCGCAACCUUUUAAUCCACUGAGUGCCAUAUAUUGUUACACCGCUGGCACUUACGAAGGUAAUCAGAUGAAAAUUGUAGAUCACUAAUCCCAAGUGUGGCCAGCUUUUGGUGUGGCAGGCUAAUGACUCUUUGAGAUCUAUAUUUGGCAACUGUAUCUGCUCUGCUGCUUCCGAAGGUCAGACGGACUUGUAUUGUAGUCCAGAAUUAAUCUGGCAUUCAUUAGACAGGUGACAGGAUAGGCAUUGCUUUACCAGACGUGUUUAUAGAGCAUUCCUCUAAGAAUAGAUGUAUUUUAGGAGUUCAAGAAAAAUUCCCUGAGGCCUUUAGACAAUUAUUUAGCAAACUUUUUGUCCAGCACUUAUGCAAAUCGUACAUACCUGCACAUAGCAUACGCACAGAUAGUUUGAAGCCGUAUGUCCAUAUCUACAUUUGUAGAACCGGGUUUAAUUUUGUGUAAAAAAAAGGUUUGUACUGUAUUUAAUACCUAUGAAUGUAAAACCAAGGUAGACUGUGGCAUGUGAUGAUGUUUAAUCAGUGGCAAAAAAAUAAUUUUGAUGUUUUAUCUGUAUUACCAUUUUUUUUAAAAAAAGGAAAGAAAAUAGUGUUUCUGAAAAAUGCAAUUAUCAUUUAUAAAAUUGAUGGAAAAAAAUACCAGUUUAUCAAUUGAGGAAUAAUAUCCUGUUUUACAAGGAAAACCUUUUUUUUUUUUUUUUUCUUUCAUUUCUUUGUAUACCAUUAGAAUUUUUAUUUAAUGAUUACAUUAAUCUUCGGUGGUGAAAGCUACAACAGAAAAGCAUUUUAUAAAAUUACUAGUAUAGAAUAACUUAAAACUUUUAAAAGAUAACAUAAUUACAUAUUGCUAAUAUUCACUGAGCAGUAAAUUGUAGUGAUUUGGAAAACGUUUUACAAAUUUUUACAUUUGAGUUAAAAUAGCUGAUUUUGAAAAAUUCUGCCCACAUUUAGCGACUUGGUUUUCAUUUCACCAGAAUUCACUGCUUAAAAAAAAUAAACCCUAUUGUGUUGAUGAAAGAUUGUGUACAAUUCCUUUUGCAGGAUUAAUGAGCGUAAACAUGUCUUUAAAAUUAAUGAUCAGACUAAGAUGCUGGAACCAAGUGCCAUAAGUUAUACGUUUUAAAAUACAUGGCAACCAUUAUGGCCGGGUUCCACUGCAUCCUUCUUGAAACGGAUGUAAAACAGCAAAAUUCGAACACAGGCCUGUUAAAGUUCUGUUUGCCAGGCCAUUUGACUGAUACACUUAAUAUAGGUAAUAUCUGCUUCUACACUUUGCAGAUUCUGUCUUAAAGGUGCUAUGGCACUAAAUCUGAUAAAUCCAACCUUAGCCAUUUAUCUCUGAAUUGGCUCAAGGUUAGUUUUUUUUUUGACGUUUCCUAAUUUUUAUGAUUGGAUAAUAACUGUUUCUCUAUGAGGCUACACUUAUGCACAGUUGUAAGAUAAAACAUUGUUUAAAAUACUCAAGCACAGUUGGGUAGAUUUAGCAUUAAUAUCACAAUCUGUAUUAGAUUAAUUUUUCAAACCUUCAACGAAUGGAACAGUUAUUUCUAGAAUUGUAAUUAUUCCAUACGGUACCCCUCAUUUAGGUAAUCCAUGAUGUUUAUCCAACCUAGAGGCUUAGCACCUCAUAAAAUCUAGUUCAUGACCGGGGUACUCAUCAAUGCUGUAGAACCACAGGAGUGCUGUUCAUUUUAACACUGAAAAUGAAAUAUUUGGUGUUUGUGUUUUCUUGUUUUUUUCUACCUAAAACAUCCUUAUGCAAAAAGGCACGUGUUUCCGAAACUGCUGAUGAGGUACAUGGAGAGGGCCCUUAAAUUACUGGUAGUCAGGUAUUAGGGAGAGGCAGGUGCUUGGAAUUAAAGUGCCUCUAGCCCAAUGCUUCCCAAUCCAAUCCUCAAAGUGUACGAACAGUCCAAGUUUACAUUUCGCAAAUCUGCUCCUAUGGGGCUAUUGGCAAAACUCAAACUGUUGGUGUGCAUUGAGAACUGGUUGGGAGCCACUGUUCUAUUUUAAGGAAUGCUAGUGACAAUAAAUAUGGCAGGUAAACCAGACAGACAUGCAGGUUUGCAUAUUUAUAAAACGGGUAGAAAUAUUGGUAUGUCUAUAAUUAUAUAUAUAUAUUUUAAUUUUCUUUUUUUUUGUGGUUACAGUAUUAAUCCUUACUUUCCAAAUCAAGACCUAUGCCCUUUUAGAACCAUUGGCACUAAGUGCCACUUGCAAGAAUCUACCCCAGGUCAUCUCGAUUGAUCCAAAUUCAUUUUUAAGCUUUACUGUUUUUAAUUUUUAAUGCUUUCCGUUAAAUAAAUUAGUUUUUUUCACUUUCUUCGUUUUGGUUUGGCACCAAAACUGGCUAAUUGUACAAAAUUACUUUUGAUUGGAUUUAUCCUUUUAAAUGUACAUACGUUACUUUUUUGUGUGUUUGCCUUUUUUUCCCAUUUUAGUAUCCUUAGAUUUUUUUUUUACUCUUUUUUUCGCUAUCUGUUCUAAAGAACAUUAAGCAAUAGAUUGGUAGAACAAUAUGUCUUUUUUUUUCUGACUUGCUUUUAGAAUACUCUAGAGUACGGAAUCUUGUAUGUUAUACAACAAGCAGGGCUGGUCAACUUUUCCCUAAAAGGUACUUUUUGUUUACAUUUCAAAAUGCUGUUCAGCAGUUCGGUGUAGGCAACACCUAUUAGGGAGGAAGGCCACAUCCUGUUAAAGUUGGAUAGUCCCGUUCUAGACACAGAAUCUAGAAUGUAGUACACUAGUUUUGAGCACUAUUAACAAUUUAAUAGUAAUAAGGGUUUAUAAUGGUGACUUGUUUAUAUGUGAUUUAUUUCUGUUCACAAGGAAUGUGUAAAAAUUUCACCACACUGGGGCACAUCAGUUUUCUUAUUUAUAAUUACCGGAUUAAUCAAUUUUAUUUUUAAGAAACACUGCUUAUAAUUGACUUGAUGGUUAAUAAGAUUAUUAUUUUUUUUAACGGUAGAGGUUUUUUUAUAUUUCACUGUUUAAAUUUAGUUCUGUUUUGCCUUUAUUUAUGCAUCAUAUUUUUAACUUCCAAUGGCAUAAAGUAUGCCUUUUUAUUUUUAGUGUGAUUUAACUGUCUACCUUAUAAAGAAGAAGAAUGUUUUAUUGUAUUUUUACAUUGUCAAAUCCUAUAGUUUCGUAGAUAAUUUAACCAAAAUGCUCAGUAUAUUAUCCAGUGAGUAUAAAGUCUAUUUUAAAUUGUGUAAAUACUUUCUGGACUGGCUUCUUUCAAAUUCUAUUCCUCUGGAUAAGGAGUUUCUUGUUUACAUCACAAAAUAAAUUGUAGAAUCUCUACAUUCAUGUACUGUAAAUAGCAAAUGUGUUCAGCCUACGAAUAAAACUAAACCGUGUAUGGUCUAAAUUAAACCACUAAAA